AAUCAGCGCUCAGUCUGCGGAGUAAACGGACACUCAGCAUCGGCUCCUUGCUCUGCUGCCUGGAUGUACCGAGCUGCUGUUUAUGGCAACAAAGAAACCGUCGUUUCAUCGUUGAACCACAUGUAACACCGCUGGAAUAACACUGUUGUCAUCGGCGGAGAGGAGGAGAGGCGUCUGUUCUUCUCAUCCCGAAAAGAAAUCCUCAGAGGAAAGUGUAGUUUGGAGACGAGCUGACUUUGUGAUCGGUGAGUGUUCCUGUGUUUACACCGGAUGAGAUGACCACAGGAUUUGGAUCACUGGGUUAUACAGUAUGUAGGCUGGUUGGAUAAUAGGUGUUUUUUCUUUGUAAAGUCCCUUCAUUGCACGUUAAAAUAUUGUUAGAUGACAUUGUAUCUAAAAGAAACUGAGAAAAACACCCGCUAUCUGAAACUCUUUGAACAUAUUGGCUGGAGUUGUUCUUGUGCGUUACCUGACUGUGCCAGAAUGAUGUCUUUGCUUUUACACAUGGUUUCCUCUCAUGACACGGCGGUGUCCUCUCACCUCUCAUCAUCCAUCACUGAGUAAAGGCUGACGACACCUUUACUUUUUCAUUGGACUGUGUUGAGGGUGAGGAAGUCUAUCGCACGGAGUUGUGUAACAACAUUGUGUGUUCCGCAAUUUCUAGUUUAAUCAUACAUUCAGAUCAAUAUUCUACAGAAGUGCAUGAAUGUUGAUGCUGUUAAUUUCUCUUUUUUUAUAGCCUCAAUAGGGCUGGGCAAUAUGGGAGAAAGUUCAUCAUGAUAUAUUAUUCUCAUAUCAGUCGCUAUCAAUAUUUAUCACAAUACAAAAAAAGGAAUUUAACAGUGCUUAUUGGUAGCAUGUCUUUUGCAAUACAAUAAGAUACUGCAUCUGUUUGUGUCUCUUUGACAUUUUGUCAUAAGGUGUUGUGCUCAUAGGCUGUAUACACUAUAGACAACUUGGUUCCGCCUCCCGCCUGUAUACAGAUUUGAACCAAAAAAGCUCUCGAUAUUUCCGGGGUUUUUCUUCAUUUCCUGAAACCAGAGCUGCGCAGUAGCGUUGUGCACUUUCGGCGGGAGAGUUGCCUAGAGUCGCUUUGAUGACGUUCGGCUCAAACAGCGUAUCCCCUGGGUGAGCUACGCAAUCCCUGAACGCCAAUAGGCUGUAUCAGGUGUCAAUCAAAGAAAACAUGAAACCCCUAAUAACUUUUAAAAAUGGAGCUGUACAGAAAAAAAGACGACUUGAACACAAACCAGUCUUACUGUAACUACAUGUCAAAAUCGCAAGCAGGGGGGAGAAAAAUGUAUGUUCUGUGUAAUUAAUUUCUUAAAUUUGUCCACAACUCCAUAAGCUUUGCUGGCAGAGGUGGGAUUUAUGACCUAUACUGCAGCCUGUCAACAGAGGGCGCUGUUCUCGGAGUGGCAUCACUCAGAAAGGAGGCAGACGCUGUCCAUUCUAUAUACAGUCUAUGGUUGGGCUAGAGAAAGCGGACUGAAUGGUCGGCUGUUUCGGCUGCACAGGCGCGAUUGGCUCCUUGCUCCGCUCAGGGUUUGUAACCUUUUGCGUUGCGUGUGCUCUGCCACGCAACGCAAAAGGUGGCACUGCUUCCGGUGGUGAAAAAGAUUCGAGUUACUCCCUGACUUUGUGAGAACAUGUACUUGACAUAGCAGUUAUUUGCUACUUUGUUCUAAUUCAGAACAUGAUUGGUUCGGUGCAAAGCAGAGCAACUCCCCUUUCCAUUGGCUAUUAGUAUAGUCUACCAAAACAUGGCAAAUUGCUGUCUAUAGAAAAAGCAUAUUGACCAUGUUUUAUAUUGAUAUUGAGAGAAAUUAAUUUUUAAUAUAUAUCGUUAUUGUUUUAUCGCUCAGCCCUAAGCCUCCAUGUAAUACAAUAUCAUGCAUUUUUCACAUCAAACAUUAUUGCACUGUUGCCUAUUUUUUAAAUUUGCCACUUUUAGUUGUUAGCCCAGGUGUGUUGAGUGUUAUGAUGUUGUUUCAAAGUGAUAGCCUGAGGGCAUUUUUUUCAACUGGCAUGGUGUCACAGUAAAGGACUGUGACACUGAAAAUAUGCUUAAUCAGUGUUUGAAAAGAAGUGUUGCUCCAUUGUUUCCGUUUUGAGUUAUUCAGGUCUGCUCACAUGAAAACACCCGGCUGGAUCAUGUUUUUAUUAAGUAGAAAUUCCUCUCCUGGUAGGGAUCACUUGUCUCUGUGGCUUCACCUUGACAUUUACUCAGCUCAGAUGGGACAGGUGACAAGCGAGCGGGUGGUAAGAGCAGCAAGAGGAAAGAAGAGUAAAGAGAGAUGGAGAGGGGUGAGAGUGUAAGGAGAGAGAAAGGUGGCACACAGAGGGAACUCGUGCCCUCCUCACAUGUACCAGGUGCUGUGUCUCCUCAUUUGGUUUGCUAAGUGAAAAACUGAAACUGUGUGUGUACGUGUGUGUGUAUGUGUGUGUGGAGCAGGUUUGUUAAAGUCUGCUGGUUGAUGGAUGACCUGUCAAGAUAAGGGAGGGGAGAGAAGUGGAGGGAUAGAGAGAUGGAGAAGGAGGAGGAGGGGGUGGAGCCAAUGGCAGAGGGUCAUUUAUCUGUCUGCUGGAUGUGAGUAGCUGCUCACUACAGGAGAUCAGGCUGCACACCUCCUACUUACUGUUUCUUUUCACUUCCUCACUCUGCUUUUCCUGUUGUCACAACACUUCCCCUGGAGGUCUCCAGAAAUCCUCUCAACACACUCCAUUCUCAGUUUUUGUACAUUAUGACUGAGACAGCUUCUUCCGGCUGCUUUUGUCCACUAAAUUGCGUCCUUCCUCUUCAUCCUCUCUGUGUCUGUUUUCCCUCCUGCCUCUGCAGUCCAAAACUUUUUGACACUUCAGUUCAUUGUUCAUUCUUAAGCUUCCCUUGAUGCUGUAACUUCAGAACAACUUCUGCAGCCUGCACUACAGCUGAAACUCUUCAUCUGACGUCAUAGUUGCCUUUAAUUCUUAUGUACUGAUGGGUAUUUCAACUUUUCUUGGUAAUUCACUUAAUUAUCAGCAACUUAGUUCAGCCAAAGUUGCUUAAAAGUUUUGGUUGGUUUUCAAAGUUCAAAAGAUUCCAAUGAUUUUAAACCUUCUUUUAUUUCCUCUUUUUACCAGGCAGGUAUUCAUCACUACAACUCUGUGCUCUAGGUUAUGCUACUAAUGCCACAUAAUGCCUUGACUUUAUGCUUAGAAGCAUGCUACAGGUUCCUUGUUAAAGGGAUAUUUCAAUAUUUUUGAAGUAGGGUCAUCUUAGUCAAUGUAUGAGCCACAAUGGAUUUCGGCCAGAUCUGCCCCUUUAUUGAUAGACUGCUGGAGUACUGGACAUGUUAACUAUACUUCCACUUUCUGUAGACGAGGCAAACCCUGCCAUAUAUCAGCUUAUUUUGAGUGACCUUGACCCCAAGCACUCAUUUCAGUUUAAGUUAACACUUUCGGCACCGUACUUUGCCUUCAGAAAGACCGUUUCUUUUUGCACUAGGGCUGGGUGAUGAACCGAAAAUUUACUGAUACCGAAACUUACGACAAUAACCGACAUCAUUUUUCCCAUAUUGGUAUAUUUGGUGUCAAAAAAUAAGUAAAAUAAAAGUUGGUUUUGGAUGUGUGUAGGUAGGCUGUGGUCUCAUGUCCCUUUUAAGACGCUGUCCUACAUCGGAGACAUGACUCCGCCCCAUCCAAUCCGUAACAAAGAGGGAAAGACAGGUGAGGAAAUGGAGGACAGUUCAAAAGUUGUAGCGGCUGGAGCGGCGGCUGAAGUAGACGAAGUUACUGUGGGAAAGGGUGAGCAGCUUGUGGAGUAGUUAUCGUCCAUUUAUCGUUAUCGAGGUGAACUGCUAAAUAUAUCAUGAUAUUGAUUCGAGGCCAUAUCACCCAGCCCUAUUUUGCACUAUUUGCAGAUGCAACACAUAUACAUGACCUACCUCCUUCAGUGGGAUUAGCUAAUGUCAAUGCAAUAUCACUUAAUGUCAUAAAAGUCUACCUCAUGCAACAUGAGCUGCCUGAUCCUACCAGUGCUUUAUUAUGCUCCAAACAUUGUUUCCCUAUUAAUGACCCUUCAUGCUCUAAAUAUCACAUUGUGCUGCAAAACCUACCUGCAAAUUCUGGGUUUUGCUGUCAGUGUCUGUAACGUUAUGUGGCUUUGAGAGUUUGUUUUGUGCUGGUUGCUUGUUGUGGGAAGUCCUGUGGUUGCAGGGAGCUGAAAAAGCAUUUGUUUUGGUUUAAACACUUAACCUUGCAUUGUCUCUCUACUAAUUUAUUCCAUGGCAUUGAGGAGACAUAAUGCUGGUCUUUCCCACGUCACGUGCCAUCUCUCCCCGCGUGCUUGAGCAUGUCCUCAGCCAGAAUAAGGGUCAGAGCAGGUACCUCACCUUGUGCCAAUAUUUUUACUUUUGUAGAUAUUUGUAACUUAGCAACUAGACACAGCUAAAGGACACUACCCCUUCAAAGCUCUCUCAAGUACUCUUGGCUGUCUCGGCAAAAAGGAAAAACUCUGAUGAGCGCAGUCGACAUGUUCUUUAAAUGGAAGUUCAAUUGUUUCUGUUCAUAUUUAAAGAGUUUGAGUCACCUGCCAGUGCUGACAUUGCCUUAUUUUUACUGCAUCAUACCACACAUGUCAAACAUGACUUGAUAUGCUGGCUUCCUUUUUCAUUUUUACAUCCUGGUAUUCUUUUUGUUACUGUAAUAUGAUGAGAAUUUACUAUUUGCAUUUACUGCAUUACCCAGUUCCAACAGCAAAAGCUGUAUCAUGCAAUGGAAAACAAGGCAGAACAUUAAAGAUAUAUAAUUUAAAGGACCUAUUUGAGAAACAAAUUGACCUAUUCUACUCAUUUUCACCUUUUUACUAUUUCAGUAACUCUGUAGUUCACUUGUUAAGUAGCUCUGAAUGAUUUGCAGUUCAAAUAGCUUCUUAUUUAUCAUAGGGGUGUUACUUUUUGCACAGCUUUGUAGUCAUGUGACAACCUGAAAAGAUAUGCUCCAACAGAAAACGUCUGAGGCUAGCCUGCAAUCAGGUGAUGUAAUGGGUAAGAGCAGGCUUGAUAAAAAACGACCACGCCUCCUUUUGGACGAAAAUGGUCCAUACCAAUGAAUUGUGGUAAAUGGAAAUUCCAGGGCGACUCGGUCGUCUAAAACAAGAAAACAGUAUCCUUUAUUGGCUACCAAGAGCCCAAAUCUAAUGGCCUGUGAGGUAAUGAUUAAAAUCAUGACUUUUUGAUCAGCAAUCCUGAGUUUACAUGAGCUCCUCUCAGUCAGCCUCCAUCAAACUGGAUCAAUGACCCCAUUAAGUGAUCAAAGCUGGAUUAACACACAGCUUUUCAUCUUUGUGUUGGUACUCUCAUGUCAACCAGAACUUUAAAAUGUUUAUUUAAAAAGUCAGGAUUCAGGUGUUUGCCUUACUGGCUCUUAGAUUUUGGCUCUUAAUAGCCAAUAAAUAACACAGUUUCUUUAAAGCUAAUUUCCAUUCACUACCAGUCAAUUCAGAUUGACUGAGAUUAAGGGGGCGGGGCGUGGAUACAUUUUAAUGUCAGCUGCAUUAGGCUUUCACUUUAAAUAAUACAGCAUUUAAGGAAAAACUCUAAUCUGUUUGCUCAUGCACUUCGCUGCUAAAAUGAGCCCAAAAUGCAAAUUCCUGCUUUUCCUUUCCUAAUACACAUUCUUUGAAUUUUUCUUCUUCCUGCUUGGCUCACUUUCUCUCUCUCUCUCUCUCUCUCUCUCUCUCUCUCUCUCUCUCUCUCUCUCUCUCUCAGCUUUUCCCUCCCUUUUCAAAAAUCUUGUGUCGUCCCCAUUAUCUCUCCAGAGGGACUAAUAAGCAGUAUUAUAAGUCAGUAUGCAGAGAAAAGCAGAUGGGAUUCAGUUUGUAGGCCAGAUAAGGGUUUUUAACUUGGCUCUGUCUGACCAUACCAUGUCACUGCUGCCUCACGUGAAUAGACACGCCUGUUUAUCCAGUAUGGAGUGUUUAAAACCCUCGAACUGAGAUAGUGGGGGAUCUGUUGGAGACAUACAAGAGUAACCCAUGCACACUAAAGGGUGCCAGUAACGUUACAGCACUCAUUUUAAAGCAGUGUUGAGGACAUGGGGACUUCUCCAGGUUAAUAAAAAUAACAAUCACAAAGCAGUUGACGCGGUAUUACUGAGACUUAAUUGAGUGAGUUCUCUUUGGUGCCAAGAGUGUCACCAUGCUUAGCAGCAUACAAGGAUGACUGGUGAUAACAGAGAAACAUUUGGCGUCAGUAUGAGCUCCUUUGAAUGUGGCAUCAUUAUUUUUAAUGACUUUAUUUCCCCCGCCCCUCUCCCACUGUGCUUGUUGUGCACCACAGCAGAGAAAGUGGCUCUUACAGGAAGCAGGCUCAAAGCUGUGAACCUGGGAAACCUCAAAUUAGACCAAAUGAGGACACAAGUACAUUGUGAGGAUUUUGUGUUUUUCACAAUUUGGCAAGCAGGAACUAAAUGUUAAAUUAAUGCUUUGAAAGGAUUUUAAUUUAUCUGUGUUUCUAUCAGGGAGAGCAAAUGGCAGUAAUUUUCAUUAUUCAGUAGUCAUCAAUAAUUUAGUCUUUGUUUGUUUUAUCUUACUACCAGUUCAGAACACAGACGUAUUCACUUUGGCUUUGGACUUAAAAGGUGGUACAUCCUCACAUUUGUCAAACUGGAACCAGUGUUUGUUUGUCAUAGAGAUAUUGUUUUAUUUAGAGCUCCGAUCCUCCUCCUCCUCUGCCCAUCUCCUCACCCCAAAGUCACGGCCCAAGCUCCGAACCUGGGGGGAUAGGGCAUUCUCCACAGCUACCCUUUCCCUCUGGAACUCCCUACCACCCUCCAUUAGACACUGCCCUGACCCCACUACUUUCAAAUCCCUUUUAAAAACUCACUUAUUUAAAAUUGCUUUUAAUAUUUAACUGUUUUAUUCAUUUUACUGUUUUCAUGUUUUUGUUAUAAUAUCUUGGGUUUUAUGCACAAUGUAAAGCGUCUUUGAGUGUUUUUAAAAGCGCUGUACAAAUAAAAUGUAUUAUUAUUAUUAUUAUUAUUAUUAUUAUUAUUAUUAUUAUUAUUAUUGUUGGUUGGUCAGCCAGCUGGUUGGUUUGCAGUUUUGUGUAUUGAUUUCUCUGAGCUGUUGCGCACACAUUUAUGACUUUCUUAGGAUGAAUUGUUUCUACUUAAGCAAGGGUUAUUUACCCUUAAUGAAAUUUGAUAAAAGAUAUAGAGAUAACAUCCUCACAUUUAACAACUGCAACUAACAAAUUGAAAAAAUGAUUUUUGAAAUAGUUGGCUGUUGAUUUCCCAUCCAUUUAUUCAUCAGUUAUUCUGCUCUUCUACUUCAACUGCAUUGAUUCAGCCUAAAAGCUGCUACAAGAAACUUUUGGUCUGAGUCAGUUUUGACACCUCAUGUAUGUGAAAGUCAGUCUGACACCUGCCCCCUCAGAGCCGUUUCAGGUACCAAAAUUUUAAACUGAAAGAUUAUCAGCCUUGUUUCUGAUGGUUUCAUUUACUUUUAAAGGCCCGAGUUUCAGUUUUAGCUUCUUCAUCUCAACCAGUGCCUUUAAAAAAAAAAAGUCUGUUUUAAUGCAAAGGAGCAAAUGUUGGCAUACUUACACCCUGAACGAAGGAAACGUGAUACAUCCGCAUGUUGGCUUUGCCAUCGUGAAGAAAGUCCUGUAGAAAUACUGCAACAAAGCCCUGCUUCUUUAAACUUUUCCAUACUUCUGCCCCAGUAUGUCAUUUUACAUAGUGUUGCCACAUUGAAGACACAAAAGAGCUGUGACAUGCAGUAUAAACUUAGAAACCAAUCUUUAAAUACACAUGAUGCAGCUCUGUCCUGCUGGCCUCGCAGAAAAAGCAGAUGCUGAUUUAGCUCUGUUGCACCCUACAAUUCUGACUCUACCUUUUUGUUCAGCCGGCAUGAAGCUCUUUUUACGCUGUUGGUCUGUAGCAGUGAUAACCAACUUGCCUUCGUAAUUUUAAAUUGAAUCUGCAAUCAUGCAUUAUCAUUGUCACAGUGUGGGAUUUGGGUUGGGAUUUGGGUUGGCAUUACAGAAACACAAUGGGUACAAUAUGGGGGGGGGGGUGCAAAUUAACUUACACAAACUACAUCUGCUACAACUUUUACCAUAAGGAUAAUAAUAAUACAUUUUAUUUGUGAAGUGCUUUUCAUAGAACUCAAAGACACUGUACAAUGCAAUAAGAAAAACGAUUCGAUUACCAAUUAAUCGGGCGAUUUUUACAGAUAUCUACAGUAUAUAUAUACGGCCGAUCGGUGCCUUGCAUCUUAACUCACCUUACUCUUUUCUGGUUGGGUCUCAUCUGGAGACAUGCCACUGCCUUAGUAGAAGUAGCUCGAUCAUGUGUACUGUUGUUUAUUCUGCCGUUACUGGCAUGGCUAACAGUGUAGCAAGGCUAAUAGCAGGUGGCUAACUCUAACUUUAGCUUGCAUAUUACAUGGUGCUUCAUCGUCAACUCGGCGUGACCGAGACCAGCACAUCGGAGAACAUUGUGAAGUGGGUUGAACUGAAACUUGUUGACUUAUUGUGUAUUUCACAAGCUGGUUUAUUUACUGUUGAGGCGGACCACUCUCCUCCAAGCGUCCCUGCAGCUGCCGGCUGCAAAUCCCUCACUCUGCUGUGCUGUGAGGUAGUUAGUGGAUAAAGAUUGUCAUGAGGUCGCUGCACCAUCUACAAGAUAAGUUGGGGAACUUUUCAAAUGGUGGAACAUUUUCGAAGUAAAACCGGAUCUUAUUCUCCACAUUUUAUUUUUGAAAAUAUCAGCGAAAAUCGGCGAGUUUUGGCCGAUUACUGAUUAGUCUCAAAUGAGCUAAAAUUGGCCGAUUUAAUUGGCUUGCCGAUAAAUCGGUCGGGCCCUAGUACUAACAAAGUACCGAGGAAUAGGAGUGAUGUCGGCCCUGUGGAAAUUUUUCAUUAUAGUCCGAAAAAGACAUUGCAGCUGAGUGCAAAACUUGUCAUGCACAGGUUUGUGCUAGCAUGAGAUCGAUGUUGAAAUCGGCCAAUAUUGAAGGCUACAAUAUCUGUAUCAAAUCAAAGGUAAAAAAAGUUGUAUCGGGACAUCCCUAAUUUAAAAGCAUUUAAAAGCAACACAUCACAGACAGACACAAGCAGACAGACAGACAGAAAAGACAAAACAACACAAUCACAGAUUAAAAGUCUUUUUUAAGAGUUUUUGGAGUGAUUUGAAUGUGGGCGAGUCCUUGCAGUAGUAAUUGGGACCCCUGCAAUUUGACAACAGAGUUUGGAGUUCUGCCGCCACUACAUGUAUGUACCUACACAUUGGACUCAGAUUAUAUAAAAUGUUUAUCAUAAGUUUCUGUCUGGCUUGAGGCUCAAACAUUCAUCUCUCCCUGUGGUGACUGGCUGCAAUAAAGGCCAUGAAACUCUGUAAUAUAAACAGAUAUGGUCAAUCUACAGAGUUAAUAAAAUCACUCAAUUUAUAUUUAUAUUUAUUUAGUGCCAAUUCUCAACAAGAAGCUGAAAAGGAAGAGCUGCCCCAGACCGUAAGCUUCAUUAUAUUUAAGUAGACUAAACAUCAAGAUGGGACAAGUUGAGUCUCGCCUAGUAAGAUCAUCGAGCCUGUGGAUGUGAUCUUUUAAUUUUACUGCUCACAAUGAGUGGAAAUGAAGUGGUGUUGUCUAUUCUACAUACAGCCCAUGAUUGAACCCCUCACUGGUGCUGUAAUGGUGCCCCAGUGUGUGAUUUCACAUUUCAGUGGCUUGAGGCUAAUGCUCUGUUGAUUCUGCUGGUCUGCUGAUAGAAGGCUGAGUGCAGGUCUGUCUGUUUUCCUCUUUAUCUUCCCACCCUUGUAGCUCUGGUCAUUUAUUUCUCCCCAUCCUUGGACAGCCAAGCAAAUAUAUGCGCUUUUGACUGGCAGAUGGAGCAGAGAUUGAUUUAUAUUCAGCUGCCUUUUGUAAAGUCAGUGAUAGACUGCUGAGCUUACAAAAAAAUGCACACAGGCACAUUUAAGGGUCACAUGCACACUCACAUGCACGCACACAUGCAGAUGUCACUCAAAGAAAACAGCACGCAGUUAAUGACUUCAACUGCUGCAGAGAGAAAAAACAGGAUGAAGAAAAAUAGUGUAUUUAACAGUUAAAGUGUCUCUAAUUAAAGCAGCACAUGUUCCUGAAAAUGUGAUGUUGUUUGCAGCUUCACAUGUGUAUCUCCUUGUGUUUUUGCUCGCUCAUCACUUUACCAGGGCGAGGUUGGGGCUGCUUGUCAUCUUGUUGUCGUCCCUUGUGACAUGCGUCAGUCUUUUUUUGGAGGGAGUGCGGUAGUGAGUUGUACUGGGGCUGGUUCCCUUGGGUGAGGCAUCAGGCAUCAUGAAAUCAUCAGAGCUGUGGCAGACAGACCUCAGUUAUGUCACCUCCUCGUGUCCCAUCUUGUCACGAAUCAUUUGGCUCCCUGUCGUCAUCAAAUUAUCUUGUCUGACAUUUCGUCUGAUCUGGUGGAACCUUGCUCCAGCAGUUUUGAAAUUCUGGGGGUAAAGAGGGCUGGAUGGAUGAAGCUCGUUUGCAUAUAAAUGACAUAAGUGACUGAGGUGAAGUGCUCCUGUUUGUUGAUUUAACGUCUGUGUUUUUGUUUGGAUGUAUGUGUGUGACCCUGCAUAUGAUAUAUAAAGGUUUUUUUUUAAUCUCUUUCUGUGCAUCAGUGCCUGGUCAGUAUGCGUCAAUGUGGCGGGACAGUCGGCUCUGAAUCAGCUGCAGUCUGCUGGUGAUUUCACGGCUUCCAGGAGACUCCAGGUUUCCUGUUAGAUAAAAUCAAUUGACUCAUCCUGGAAUGUAAAGCAGGCAUGUGAUUGUUUUAUGGCUUUUGGUAAUUGUGAGUAGAGACGAUGGUAUGAUAGCUCAGAGGGUGUAAAAUCUACCAUAAAAUAGUCUGCAAAUAUUGUGCUAGAGAUGUUUUAUUUUCAGUCUGCCAAAGUCAAACAACAAAAGCCUUUCCUGCCGGAGCCUCUCUCUGAAAGCCUUCAAGUGUUCUCGUGUUUCAUCUCUCAGUGUUUUUGUAACAGGAAUCCUGGUUCUAUUCUCCAGCUAUUUACUCAAAAAUCCCAAAAUAGAGCAGACAGCACUCUGAAGACUACUCACCACACAUCAUAUUCGCACUAAUUUUAGAUGUGAUAUUAGAUGUGUCCUCAGGCUUUAGAGGGAACGCAGUUAAAACUGUGCCAAUGCGCUUGUGGGAAACCCAGCCAAUGACACUUUGUUGUUGUUGGGCACUCUGUGCCUUUAUUCAGAGAGGAGAGGACAGUGGAUAGAGCUGCAAACCAGGACAGGGAUUGGGAACUGACAUAAACCUGUCCUGCCUGACUUAGGACUCAGUUCAUGGGUGUUCAACUUCACCACUGGGCCAAAUUGGUACCCCAAAUUAAACAGUUUUUGUACUUAUGAGGACGUCUAGUUAACAACAAGUACACAUUUUGUGAUCUAGUGUUAAACUUGGGGUAUGAAGAGUCAAAGAAGUAAAGAAAAAAAAAAAUCAAUAUUUGUUACAGAAGCUUUAUCUGCCCCAAGUUAUGUCAGAGUCAGUUUUAAUUAAAAAAUAAUGAACACCAAGUAGACCUACAGACAUCCAUAGUUUUAAAUACAGAUUCUGUGAAUGGCGCUCAAGGAAGCUGUUACUCCUCCUUGUUAGGGAUGAGCAUCCAAACCUGGUUUUAAUACAGACCUGGUUCCACAUGUUUUAAAACCCAAAAGUCAAUAACAUAUGAGUUAAAUGAUAGUCAACGAAGCAAAGAUUUCCCGAAGUGACUUAUUUUCUGGAUUUUCUUUAAACAGGAAUUAAACUUUAAAUAACUGACCAGCGAAAGGAAAGAAAACACUCUGGAAAAAAGAUCAAUUUCAGCGCUUGAUUAAAAAUAGCGAAGCACAGGAUUACAGAGUCUGUACUCAGUUUUAAAACAGGACUCCUAAGUAUAGCUAACACCAGCAGAGCUAGCACCACCCACCUCUAGCGUUUUUAACGGGUUAAAUUCCACAUUCCUGUGCUGGUGGUUACCCAUUACGGUGGUCAUGUGAUUAUAUGACAGUUUGACUAAACAGCCUACAUAGAACUUAACCUUUCUUUUUCUAGAUUGAUGGCAUCGUUCGUCCGUGCGCCUUAUUAUCCAGGUAGCAGAGCAUCAUAACAUAUUGGACACCACUUAUUAUAGGUAUUUCAAGCCAACAAUAACAAAAGUAUCAAUCAUUCAUUGCCCUGACUAUAGUUCUGGUGCCAACAAGCAAUGGUUUAGUCCACUAGAUGCCCAUAGGAUCAGUUAUGGAGUCUCAUGGAUCCCCUGACAUUAAUAAAUAGUAUAUCUCAAGUCAAAUCACAUCAUGUUCAAUCAGUAGUGCUCAUGUGUGCAUUGACUAACAAAGUGUUAAUUCAUAACAUUGAAAUGUUAUAGUAGAGAUCUGGUGGUCAGGUGCUUGUGAUAAUGUCUGGACAUGCAAAGAAAUCUAAAACUUAACUACAUUUUAUCCAGACAAAGCAUAAAUGCAUGAUUAACAUAUGAGCCAUUAGGGAUAAAGGUUCAGCAAAGACGAUUCAGAAGAUUUUAUCAAAAAAAAAAAGUCAAAGUUAGAUCCGUCAGUAGUGGGUACAAUCUUAAUGCCAUCCUAAUAUAACCCUAUGAGUGGGUUUGUGAUUUUUGUCCACCGUCACUUGGCAGAUACCCUGAGUCGAAUGAGGAUCAACUAAAAGAUCGGGUUUUUUAAAGCUUGGACAAAAACAAUUGGUUAUAGAUUUGGAGUCUUUGGAUGGUUGAAACUUGAGGGAUUGUUGUGCACAGCUGCCCUGGAGAAAUCUUAUGAUGCUCCACCUCCUGACAGUGCAUCUGACAGGAUCCUUUAAAUGUAAUCAUAUCAAGAGAGCUCUCCAAAUCAAACCAAGUCUCUCUGCACAAAAAAUAAGAGGCUAUUUUUUUUGCACCAAACAAAAACUGUGAAAUCUCCAGUAAGAAGUAUGGCAGAACUGUAAACCAUUGAAACCCCUGACACUGUGGAACAGUCUGUUUGGAGAAGUGUGAGGGCAUCCCCUCCUCCUGCCUCCUACUCUCUCUCUCUUUUUCCUUUCUUUGUCUCUAUUUUCUGGCCAUAAUUACAGAGCUCAUGAAAGUGUUUAGAGGCUCAUGAAUAUUUAGAUCUUGGAGGGGAAGUGUCAGGGGAGACCCAUGUGUGUGGCUGGUCUGCCCUAAUUAUGGAGAUAGACCUCCACACAUGCACUCUUAACACCCACACACACACACACACACACACACACACACACACACACACACACACACACACACACACACACACACACACACACACACACAUGGACAAGCUCUUCCAAGGAAGGAGCGAAGCCAGAACAUGAUGAAAAGCUGCCAAAUUGGGCAGAGUUAAUGUAGGCUUUAACCGAAGUCUAAACAGCACACACACACGCACACACAAAGGAGUAAGAUAAUAAUAGCACAGCUGGUUGUGCAGCUGGUAUUUUCUUCUCCCUGAAGUUUAAUGGUGAGCUAAUGAUGGACACGAGCCGAGCGGAUUAGGCAAGGUGUGUGUGUGUGCGUUCUGAUGUCAUAUAACAAAGUCAUAGCAGGGGUGAACAGAAGCGUGACUUGCAGGAUCUAUGACGGACAGCGCUGAGUUGGAGGUGUGUGUGUCAGGGGGUGGGAGUCAUGCUUCCCAGCUGCAGAGAAGGAGGGAGUACAGGAUAAGUACUUUUCAGGAACACAUUUAUUAAUAAACCACCACAAAAAGAAGGGUGGAAGCAGAGAAAAGAAGAAAAGGGAAAGAGGGGAAUAAAAGUUCAGAAUAAAAAGUCAAGGAAAUGGAUGAUAUGAAAGAUAUGAAAAAUCAUUACAGAUAGUGGGCAGGCUCAGAGAGGACAUGUAUAUAGCCUAUAUGUAAGAGGAAAAUGGAUGAAAAUGAGGAAAGUGAAAAGCAGGUUACAGGUGAGAAGAGGAGAGGUUUGCUCGUAUUGAAAUAAGUCAUUUCAGGAAAUAGAUGCAUGUGAAAUAAGAGAGGAUAGUGUAAGGAAAUGUGUUAAAAAGAUGAAAGACCUCUGCAGCAUAUAUUAGGAGGAGGAGGGCGGGUAUGGUGUCACUGCAGAUGAUGAUGAAGCGAGGGUGGUUAAUUCAAACACACUCUGUUUAGUCCUAGAAUAGAAAACAAGAUGAUAGUAUAAAUGAUUCAUGGCUACAGCGAGGUGUACAUACUGUGUUUUUAUAAAUUCAUGAUACUCAUACCCUGAUAGUCAGUUCAGAGGUCGACGCUGGUCCCUGAAGCUAUAUUUCCAUUAGCAUGUAUUACUGAAAGAUCACUAGAAGUUGGCUACGCCGGUUGGCCUAAAGCAUCAGAUCAUUGAAUAACAUUAAUGUAUGGAGGGGUUAGGAAUUGAGGCAAAACUAAUAUUAGCAUUCAAAGUGAGUACAGUGUUUUAUCUAUUCAUUUGUGCAAAUAUUCCUCAGUGAGGUACAGCAUCUACAGAGGAGGGGGAAUAUUUAGUGAUGGAAGUCUUUUGGUUUUGUAUUUCCAGUCUUAUUUCUUCUUGGCAUUGGGGCAGACUUUACCUUUACACAGUAAAACAGUCCCUGUAGAGAGAAACACAGGCUAUGGACUGUACUGAAAGAUGGAUGACAUGUCAUCUCCCUGGAAGUGAAACCAAAGGUUAUCAUGUUCCCAAUAUCAACAGAUGAGAUGUAGAUGAAACUUAAAAUCAAAAUACAUGCCAAAGGGUUUACUUUAUAGUCAGCUCUUAUCAUACUGCUUUAUGUUUAGCUCAGUUUAGUUAUUUGAUACCACAGAAAGAAGUUUAACGCCUUGAUUGAUUCCUAGACCAGUCGUUUCCCAUGCAACAGACUCUGGGAAGGAGAGUCUAAGGAGAGGAAUAUACCCCUCAUCUUUGGGGUAUAUUGGCUACUUUCACCUGACAUCAAUUUAGAAUUUUUGUUGAUCUUCAUAAAUAUCAUCUGCUGACAAGUCAGCUAACUAUCUAGACCUAGAUUUGGUCUCUUAUAUCGAAGGAGCCCUCCCUUUUCUAGUUGGUUGUUGGACAGUAAACAAUGAUGAGCACACGAUAUUGGAGCUGUUGGCCCCCCAAAAAGAAUAACUGGAAGCCCAUCAAAGUUGGUAGUUGUUUACGAAAAGAGACCUCUUUAAGCUCUAACUGGACCAACUCUAUUUGCCAACAUUUCCUAUAUGAUAGGUAAAAGGCAUUAAAAAAAACUUAAAAUGUUAUUAUGAGACACUAAGGAUCCAGUGUAUCCACUGAAUGUAAUCUAUGCAAAGAACAAACAAAAUGAUCUGCAGAAAAUUCAAUGAUGAAUUAACGUCUUUGAGCCAAUUGGCUGUUGCUGAACAACUAUGAAACCUUUUGGAGCAAGGAGUGUCUCAACAUCCAGCCAAGACUUCUUUUCCAUGUAGUACCUUUGAUUACAGUCCGACUAGUGACUUGAAAAGUCAGAAUAGGGAAGAUUUGGCUGCAAAGCCUUAAGAUUGAUUGUGAGCCCAAUGUAGCCCAAAGUCUAUAUGAAGAUGUUGAUGAAAAAGUUUAUUCAGAUUCUCCUGUUUUGCUCUCCAUGAUCUACAGUCAGAUAAUUGCAGAGAUCAUGUUACAUCGGCUGUUCUUUCACCAUGCUUUCAAAUUUGAAACCACUCAGAUCAUUUUGCACCACACACCUCAUUCACAAUUUCACACACACAUCACAUCAUAUUCACAAACUAAUAGCACAGGCUGCCAUGCAAAGUGCCAACUUGUCCAUCUGCAUUUAAUCUUACCCAUUCACACACACUCACACUCUGAUGGCACAGCCUUCAGGAGCAAAUGAAGCUCCAAUAUUCUGCCUCAGGACACUUGGACAUGCAGAAAAAAGAGACGGGGAACAAAUAGUCGAUCUUUACAGUACCAGAAGACUCCUUAAACCAAAGCUAUCCAGCCCCAAGACCACUCUAGCCUUAAAAAUCUGUCUUGUGACGUCUAUGCCCAACUGUUUUGGUUUUGUUUGUUGCCUCUGUGAUUCAACAAGCUUUGUAUGAUAAAUAUGACCAUCUUUCAAUGCUGGUUUUUUUUUAUGACUGAAUGCAAAUGCAUAUUUUGUGAAUUUGAAAUAAUCAAACUGACCCCCACAUAGUGUGUUGCAAUGCAGCUGCUCUGUGAUGUUGCCUCUUGGUUGGUGCAUGUCUUUUUUUAAACGUACACUGUUUGUUUAUCUUGCGUAACAUGCUGUGUCUUGAGUGUUGAAAUGGAUUGGUGGUAAUAACUUUGGUUGCUGAAUCUCAGGACUGAUAACAUAUAGUUAAAAAAAUCAAUUUAUUGACUUAGUCUGACUGAGACUGGUCUUUUAAAAUUGACGUAAACAUGUAAGUCUGGAUGAACUCACACUAUAUCAAAUUUCUCAUAGUCGGGCAAACAUACCUAGAUAAGGAGGUAUUUAUGUGCCUCCCUUGGACUGAAACUGACUGGACAUACUUCAUAGUUUGCAUGUUGCAUUUUAACCUGGAAGUUAAAAUUGCAUUUUUUGCAUAUGAUGUAGGACAAUCUAGUAGGAGAUUGCCCAAGAUGAAAGUGGGAAUAUACAGUGCUGUCCACCUCGGCUACAGUAGGUAGUGGUGGAGGUGGACAUACUCGUACUGUUAGUAAAUCUGUUCUUGCCUGGUGCUUGUGAACUAGGAUGCAGAUAGAAUAGAGCUGGGCGAUAUGGCCACAUAUCAAUAUUACAAUAUAUUGAGAAGUUCACUUCGAUAACAAUAAAUGGACGUUAACUACUCCACAAGCUGCUCACCCCCUCCCAUAUUAACUUUCAGAAAAUUAAAUGAUGAAUAAUGAUGAAUUAACUUUCUCCCUCCACCACCACUCCAGCUGCUACAACUUUUCUCCUCUCCUCACCUGUCUUUCCCUCUUUGUUACAGACUGGAUGGGGUGGAGUCACGUCUUUGACAUAGGACAGUGUGUUAAAGGGACAUGAGACUGUAGCCUACCUACACACAUCCAAAACCAACUUUAUUUAUUUACUUAUUUGACACCAGAUAUAUUGACUUGGGCAAAAGGAUGCCUGAUAUUGUUAUAAAUUUUGGUAUCGGUAAAUUUUCGGUUUAUCACCCAGCCUUAAAACAGAAGUCUGUUUGACUUUUCUAACUAGGCUAUAAUCGUAGCCUGACUUAAGGUACUGACUGUUUCUUCAGAGUUACACUUGACUUCUUUUCGUUCAGUGUCAUUUUCACUGAUUAUUCAGACAAAAGGUGCUGCAUUUUUAUUUGAUGAUAUGAUAUUAGGCUCACUACAGCAGUAAGAGGCUCUGAGUGUCAUUUUGUGUUAUUUUCUCUUCAGUUGCCCAACCCUACUUUAUAUAUUUCCUGCUAACUCUGAUUGAAAACGUCCUCAUUUGCCCUUUUUAUGUCUGUCACCCAUUAAAGAAGAGCUCAUCCCCAUGACUGCAGUCUUUGCUAACUGCGCUGUCACUGGUAAAUGUCUGUGUCAGUCCGGGAACUCCACCCAGCUUUUGAGCGCUGUGGUCAUGACAGGAGAUCAGACUUCUCUCACUGACACCAUGUGGGAGCUUUCAUCAGACCAUUUCACAGCCCCAUGAGUGGAAACCAGACCACCAGCUCACACUGUGAAGGCCCGUCGCCACAGUGACACACUCACACACCACAUACACUGGCACGUUUAUGAACACAGACAGGCUGACACUCAGAGAAACAAACGCACGUGUCAGAGCCACUUAGAGCAGACCACAGUUUGAUGAGGUCUGCGUGUUUGUCUGUCUCCAAUAAUUGGUCUGUAAUCACUUAAUCACAAAAUAGCAAUCACCGUUCAUCUUCAUCGAGACAACUGCUGCAAAAGACAGGCUUAUAAUGUUAUUCAGCAGCUGUGUGUCUGAGAAUGCUUUUGUCUGUGUGAGUGUGUGUCUGUAUGUGUGUAUCUGUUGAGUAGAGGAAAAUGGCUGAAAUAAUGUAUUUAUUUUCAAAUGGUAUUUUAUUUUUAAUUUGUGCAGUGAGCAGAGUUGAAAAGCAGACACUUUUGUCAAAAAGCUUUUGAAGUAUUUUUGAGGCUCCUCACUGCUGUUUGUUGCUGAGGUUUCUGAUCGACUGAAGGACUUUUUUUUCCCACCUCUUUCAUGAUUUUAAGCUUGAGUUGGUGGAUGUUUGUGAACCUCCAGAGGGUAAAGUAGAACGAAUAAUGAAAAUGUCAACAACAACAACAACAACAACCUGUCAAAUGUCCACCCCUCACCUCUGUUUGUUGGGAUGCUGAUUGUAGCUGAAAGUACGAUGGAGGAGGUGAAAGCUGAUAUGUUUGUAAUAUAACAAAAAAUGUGACUUUCUGUCCCUCUCCCUGCUCUCCUUUCCCCACCUGUGGCUGCAUGAUUGCUUAAAACGCUGCAGCAUAUCUUGUAUGUACAGCAGUCCAUGCUGGAUUUGAGUCGCAUCUACAACUUCUUCAUGUUCCCGAGCUUUAUUGCACAUCGAUUCAUGAUGAAGUGAAACUAAGAGCUGUUAGAGGAGAAGGGUUCAUUUACCUUAAAUAAUAAAACAGUGCAACAGAGCAGGCUGCACAGUAAUUGUCAGUCUUGAUAAUCAUAUUUUAAUUUUUGUGGGGAGUAAAAUCAUAACUGAAAUUAAAAUCAGUUUAAUUACCCAGCCCUGACAUUUAAUAAUAAAACGCAUUGUUAUUCUAUGCAGAUGACAAUCUAAUAAACAUGGUUAUCCUUGGCAGAGAUAUGUUUCAGAUGGAUUUUAAAUUGGUUAAUGAAAUAGAAAAUUACAUUGCUGUGGUUUAGACUUCAGGACGUGACAUAUUUUUGUUCGAGGCAAUUAAAAUGCAUUAUUCUAUCAUCACAACAGAAUAUUAUCAAACCCUGGUUUGUAACUGUUAAAUUGAUCUUUACAAGCUCUAGAGUAAAACUUUGGCAAAGAGUAGGGAUGAGCAGAUGUGAGAGUGCAGCAGGAAAUACAAAGGGAAAUUCACUUCAAAGAGGUGGGCGGAUGUAAUAACAUGGAAACUUAGCAAACCUGUAGGGAGGGGGGACAUGUAAGAACAGGAUGAAUGGAAAUGUCCAAGGUUGUUUUCAGCACCAGAAGUGCAAAAAUGUCAGCACAUCCAUCUGUUGACACAUAAAUGUAGAAAGAUAGCAGUCUACAUAGACAGUCAUGUUGUUAACAUUUCAAUAGCCACGUUUACAUGUGUAAAAUUUCUUGAUCCAAUAAAAAAUUGGAGGUAUCAGAUAAUCUGAAUCCUCUGUUUAUAUGGAUGCAAAAUCAAAUAAUCUGGUCAUAGCGUGCGUAUACAUGCACCAAGUUGUAUUCAGAUUAGAAGCAUUUGGACAUGCGCAGAGUUGUCUAACUUUGCUUAAACAACCGCAGAAGAGUUGUGUUUACAUCUUUGCUGUCAACAAACCAACAAAUGCGGUAGUGGCUCAAUCCAUCCUAUUCAGAAAUUUUUCCUCUGUGAAAUGUUGUCACUAGAUGGCGCCCUUGCGUAUUUAUUUUACUGUUUUGUCAAAGGUUGCACUGUGCGUGCAGAUGUGACAUCAUUGCGCUGUAUGUACUGUAUUGUUAUCGGAGGGGCAGAUAUAUUACACCGGGAUGUGUUUUAUGCCAGAUUGUUCAUAAUGAAACCUCCUGUACUGACCUCAAUAAAUAAACCAAAGGCUAAAGAGUGGAGAUCGGGUCAGGUCAGAGAGUCACGAUCGGAUAAGUGUUUACAUGGACACAUUUAGGAAUGACGAUCGGCAUAAACCACCCCUCUUGAUCAGAAUACAAUUUCUUUCUGGUUGAGCCGAAUUGGAUCAGAAUCUUCCAAUCGACAUGUUGUACCCAUGUGAAUGAAGCUCUGCAGCCUGCUUUUGGUGGCUCCUUAGACCCCCUGAUUGGAGGUUUAUCAGGGAGUAAAGACUUUCAGUUGGGGAGAGUGGGGUAAGAUGAGCCAUUUUUCAUAUUUCAGAUCACUACAUCAAGGCAAUCAUAGUUUUGUCUCUAACUAGUGUAUCUGCAUAUAUUUCAAGAUGUUGUGCAUCCCUGCAAACCAACAGAAUGAGUGUAAACAUAACUGUCUUGAUAAUAUAGCAUGCCAAAAAAGAGUGGUCUACUAUGGUCAACUUACCCCGUGUAUGGGGUAAGUUGACCAUAGGAGCGGGGUAAGUUGAGCUGUAUCCCUACUACCCCCCCAAACUCUCCUCCUCAGCCCUCCCUCACCUCUUCUCUCUCUAAAUAACAGUCACUUCUUCACAUUGAUGUGUAUUUUCAUCUAUUAUGCACUAUUCAGCUGGUACAAUAAUUCUUUUUAUUAUUAUUGCACAUAACUGCUACAAAGCUGUUUUGUAAAAAGUCAUUUUAACAUGAGAAUGUCUUUAAGUGAUUCAGAACAUUCACAGCUGUAUUUUUGAAAAGAAAAAGUAACACAUUUCAACAACCUGAACUGAAACUCUGAUCCUCUCGUCACACUCCUUUACUUUUCUCAGAAAUUCACUUUCAAGAGUGAAAAAUGUUUUUUUGUAAAUAAAUGUCUAACCCCUUCACCCAUGUGCUUCUAACCUUCACAGACUCCGUGAAUUGAUGCCCAUCUCCUAAAUAUUUGGUCACAUGAUCAAUUUCUUUUACCAUUUUCAAGCAACAGGGAGUGGCUCAACCACCUUUGGCUCCACUUACCCCCCUCUACCCUAUAGUAUUUACACCUUGCUGUAUAUUUGACCAUGUUUAGGAAAAAUAGUAACAUAUAAUAAAAAGAGAAAUUCCAGCAGCGUUUUAAGAGGACUCUCAGAGCAGAGAUUUUGUCAGCACGACAACACUUUGUGCUCUUUGGUCAGAACCAACUCAGCGUGAAAUGUAGUUUCUGUGUGAGCAUGAGGGAAGAAAAGAGACGGAGUGAGGUUGGAAGAAAACUGUUCUUGUGGAGGAUUAGGAGACAGGAGCAGGUGUGUGGAUUAAUAACAGUGUGAAGAGGUUUAUAGAGGAGAAAUGGACAAGCAAAAAGCCCUCAUAAGAGAUAUAAAGGGCAACAAGUUCAUGUAAUAUAGAGAUGCUAUAAUUUAUUCAUUCAUUCAUUUUUGUUUUUCAUUGCUGAGGAUCUGGGUCAGACCCAGGGGUGUGAGUCUGUGUGUGUGUUUCCGUGUGUUUCUGUGUGUGUGUGUUGGGUGAUGACAGAUGUAUCUAAACCAGUUCAGAUCAGAGGCUGUAUAUUAAAAUGAACACUGUAUGUGUUCACAGUCUGAAGUAGGAUAUUGGAAAAAAAAACAAAACACAAUAUUGCGUUGGUUUUCCUUUCAGCCUUAUGUGUUGUGAUAUGAAAAUAUCCAGUAAUUUAUACCGCAAAGCUUCCAUUUAUUUGAAGUACCUCUGAAUAUUUUUCAAUAAUGUUUCCUUCAGUCCACAAUCUGCCGCUCUCCUCUUUAAUUCACACAGUCCAGCCCUUUGACAGCAGCACAGUAAAUAAAAAUCAACACGUUUGUAUUUAACAGUUGAACUGAUAUCAUUGCAGGAUAGUUAUGCCAUGAGCUGACAUACAGAACUAUUUUAUGAGGAAAUAUUCCAAUAUCCUGCCUUCCGACAACAGUUUUUUUUUAUUGUGUAAGAAAAGCUUCCUGCCAUCACAUAAUCGAAAACUCCCGGUGUAAUAUAUCUUUUUCAUACGAGAGAGUGACCCUGGGGAAAUAUUUGGUCCAGUCAGGGGGAAGAGAAGGAGAGGACAGAUGACGGGAGAUGGAACAAUGAGGGAAAGCAGAGGAGAGAUGGAAACGAUAGAGCAGACGAUAAGAGGCUCAUUAUUCCGUUUCUAUUUCCAGCUCUCUGUAUCCCCCUCACUUCUGCUCACAUGUAAAAGUGGAGACCUCUUCUGCGUAGGCCUACAUCUCACAUCCUACAUCCUCCCCUGUCUGCCUCCAUGUGUGUGUGUGUCUCCUCAGCUUUCCUGUAGUAGUCAUAGCAACAUGAAUGAGAUCAUUGUGGCGUAUGAGGAUGUUUUCAGUGAAGUUGGCGUAUAAUGAGCUGAGGUUGCCUGUUUUCAAAGGGAGAUGUUGAUCAGUUUGACCUUUGCCCUCCACAGAGCUGAAAAGCUGUCUGAAUGAGUGAGUCUUUUUCUGUUUCUGCAGUGAGUUUUUAGUCUGUUGUUUUUUUUUAGCAGCUUUCAUCUCUCCACAGCCAGCUCUGGCUUCUUUUGAUUCGCCAGCACAAAGCUGCAACGCAUCACUCGGCACUUGCUGUGGUUUUAUGUUUGCUGAUGCUCUCAUCACUCCGCUGGUGCUGACUUGGAAGUUUGGGAGAGGAAGACAGUUGGUUUCAUGCAAACAAUCAUCCAAUAAAGGACCUUGAUCUUUUUCCAAUAAGAUGGAAACCCAUAUCAAAGUUUUAAAUUCCAACAUUGAAUCUACAAAAGAAAAGAAAAUUUUAAAAUGGACUGUAACAAGUUCUGAGAACCAAAAAUGAUGAAGGUUAAAAGCUUCUGUUUGUCUAUAGCUAAACCUCAUGAUACUAAUAUUCUAAAAGUGUUAAACCAAAAUCAACAGAGCUCUUAUUUCUGGAACCAAAAACAGUUCAUGUUAAGGCUGGGCAAUAUGGCCUCAAAUCAAUAUUACGAUAUAUUGAGCAGUUCACCUCGAUAACGAAAAAUGGACGAUAACUACUCCACAAGCUGCUCACCCCCUCCCACAUUAACUACGUCUACUUAAGCCGCUGCUACAACUUUUGAACCGUCCUCCAUCUCCUCACCUGUCUUUCCCUCUUUGUUACGGACUGGAUGGGGCGGAGUCACAUCUUUGACGUAGGACAGCGUCUUACAGGGACAUGAGACCAUAGCCUACCUAGCCUACCACACAUCCAAAACCAACUUUUAUUUAUUUAUUUUUUUGACACCGGAUAUAUCGAUGGGGGCAAAAUGACGUUGGUUAUUGUCGUAAUUUUCAGUAUCAGUAAAUAUGUGGUUUAUCGCCCAGCCCUAGCUCAGGUUAAGAGAUCCUGGUCUUUUAGUUUUAUCAACGAACAUAUUAUUGCAACAUAGCUUUGUGAUAUGAAGCGAUAGCUUGACUGUCAUUGGUCAACCAUACCCCUGACUGUGCCUAACAAUGUGCAUGUCUUAAAAACAUAUAUAAAUUAUAAUCCCCCCCCUUUCAGUGCAGUGUGUCAGAAUAGAGAAAUGGGCGAUUAGGAUCGAAACCAUUUUUGUUCCAGGCUGUAAACAUGUUUAUUUCUGCUGUAAAUCAGACAUUUUUACAGCGCUGUUAAUGAAGUCUUCUGGGCUUUUGGAGCCUCAAGUGGACAAUUGAAACCUGCCGUCCUCUGCACUUCUGGCACCAAUAAUUUGGCAUUAAAGGUUGCUGAUUGGGGGAAAAAGUGGUUAUCGAGCUAUUACUGUAUUUACAAUGUCGGCUGACAAGGUUGGAUGGUCGUCAACUGCCUGAAUGAUCUCAUUGUGGGAACUUAGAACAAAAGUCUAAAAAAUACAAAUGUGCUGCAAAGACACAAACUAGGGCACAUUUAUCUCUUGCUGUGCACUUGCUGUUGAUGUUUUAAUGUUUUUUGGCUUGAUGCAACACUUUCUUAUGUGCAGUAUUUUUAAUUGUUGUAUUUCUUCAAAAAUUUGUUUUAAAAUGAGUCCAUUUCUGAUUAUGGGGACUGUCUGGGCCAUGACAGAUGCUCUGCCUUUGUUAGCCACUGUAGUUCAUAUGCAAAACAGUUCUGAAAUCAUAGGUUCAAAUGUUUCAUAACUUAUUUUUCUCUCACACACUGCUGGAUUGUUUUACAGUCAACUGCAUGAGUCAAGCGCUCAAAUAUCAGCAGUCACACUAGAGUCAAACACAGUGAGUCGGUUCAUACAUAAAGCGACUUAUCUGAGCUACUUCCUUGGAAAAUGUAAAUAAAAGGUCAAAUUCAUUGCAGAGCCUCCUCUGUGUGUCUGUUAAAGUGCAGAGCUGUUUCCUUACUGAACAUUGAUUUAGUGGACCAGGCACCGGUGUGAUAUGAUUGGCUCAAAAAGUAAUGUAGCUUAGAGAUCUGCAAAGUGAUAUUUAAAAUCAGAGAGACUUUUGCUUAACUAAAUUGCUUUUCUUUUUCAACUCAAAUUCAGUGGCAUAAAAUAAAAUAAAAUCUUUAAGGUGCACUUAUGGUAUAUUAUGCACUUGCAAGCAGGUUUAUGGUCAAAGCAAGUUGAUUUCAGCAGCAAAGUUUAGUUGUUUUGUUCCCUCCUGUGACCAUUAAUUGUUGCUUCUAUGUGACACAGACAGAUUCUCACUUCUUCUGUCCUCGUCUAUGUGAAUCAGCAAGACAAGCCUUCUGAGGGUCUAAACUGGUGCUGUAUAUAUGACCUGAUAUUGUUAAGUACAGAGGAAAGUCAUUUGUCUAUAGUCAAAAUAAAACCAUCUCAAAGUAAGAGUUAUUACAACUUUUACAUUUCACCUUUAUUUUUGCAAAUAUUGGAACCAGGCAUAACUUGACUAUAAACAAGCAUAACAUGAGAGCCGGGCUCUGUGAAUGAGUUGUUAAGACAGGGAGUUAAGAAGUAGAGACAUAUCUGGACUGACAGACUGACUGAAGGACAGAGAUUGACACCUGCAGCAGGCAGCUAAUCCUGGAGGAAAGUAGAUUACAGUAACAGGCCGGAGCUUCCUCUCAGUCUGUCUGCAGGAAAUGGAGCUGCUAUAAGCUGCUAAGUUGCUGCGGGCGGACAAAGUGCUGGCUGUUUGUGAGUGCUGCUCGAUAUCACUCAGCUCUUCCUGAACUCCUCUGGUCCUCUCUGGCCCGUCUGUCUCCUCCAAGUGUCACUUAACCUGCUCUGAUCCAUCCUGCUGUUGUACACAGGCUGUCUGAGUGUGCGGCUAAUGAUAAUCUGGUUAUGUGUUCCACGGUUUAAAUGAACAAACUGUGCGUAUGAAAUAGAACAACAAACACCUCAGUAAGUAUUAAAAUAAUUCCCUGUUUCACAGUCUUUUGAUUGGUCUUUAUAAGUGUGGUGGUCGAGUCACUAAAUCUUGAGUGAAAUCUUUGUUACCUGAGUCUGAAACAGUGUUGAGUCCUCAUUGUACAUUAAUUAUAAAGAGUUCAACUGUUUCCCUUAAGUAUUAACUGUUUUACUCUUUACUAACUUUUUGGGGAUCUUUUGGAUGUAUGGGUAACUACAGGACGCCAGGGUGAGCAGCAGGGCAACACACAGAGUAAAGCUCUGAUUUUCUUUUUUCCAGUAAUACAAAACCACAAAUGCCAGGAACUCAACUUAAUAGAUUUAUCAUGCAGCCCUGCCUGUAAGCAUCCUAAGAAUAAACAUCUUUGUGAACAUGCUGCAGGUAAACACACGUGUUGGUACUUGCCCCAGACUGGAUAGAGUAUUAGAAUCAUAUAAAGUGGCAUAAUGAAAAUAGUCAAUUAAUCUGGUCAUUACCGGUAAAUGAGUCUGGUUUGUUUUCUGUAUCUUCCAAAUCAGAGUGUAGUCCAUGCCUAAAUCGGAGUCCAAGUCUUUCGUCAGCGUUGCAUCCCAGCUUCGUCAGACAGAAUUGCCCACUAGAAGCCUGUUUGGAGCGUAGUGGCGUAGUGCAGCCCUGGGCAGACCACUAUUGCCAUUAUCCGAUGAAAUUGUAAGGUACUGUAAUUAUCGUUCCACAAUUAUAAUUUAAAGACGUGUGGCAGCAUCACUCAGCGGAGGCGACAUUUUAUUAGGUACAAUUAAAUAUUUCUAUUUUGUCAAAGGCAGAUAAAACAACAAUGUGAUACGCGCAUUAUUGGCAUGGGCUGUUGAAAAAAUGAUAUCUGUUGACCAUGAAUGCUGAUUACUGAUUAUCUUUUAGUGUCACAUUGAAAAAAGACCCACUUAACUCUUUUUAUACAAGUGUAAUGUAGCGACCCUUUGGUUAAAAGUUAAUGUAGGUUGAAAAUCUUUGUUAACAGUGAAUGCAUCAUGAAAUAUCUCUAAACAUUAGAGGUUCCCUGAGGAGUUCUUGUCCACUAGCAGUGUAUAGAGCUAUGUUUUUGAAAGUGGAUGGAUGCCACGCAGACUGACGCACCAACCAACCAAUGAAGCAAAGUGAAAUCACAGACAGAAAAGAAGAACACUGUUAGCUGGUGAACGUGGGUGUAGUCACACGAGAUUUGAAUAAAGAGAGCAGCUUUGAAGAUAUUUCACCUCGGAGAUACAUAUGAUGUGUUUUGAUUGUAAAACAGUGAAUGCAAACUGUGUUUACAGGAAACACAGGAAUGAAUGAUAAUGAAACAGAAAUGCCUGUCUUUUUUUAACUUAAACAUCAUCAGCUGUAACUUCUUUUUUAUUUGUCAGGAUUUAGCUCUUGGUCAUGAUUUUCUCAUAUGAAAAGUGAUUUUUUUUUGUCUGCGUGGUGACAAGCAAAAACAGUAUUCAGCCUUCAGCUUGUCAGUAUCACUGGAUGAAGGCGCUUCAGGCUCUGUCCUUGAAUCAUCAGGACAAAUUAUGAACUACUAUGAGAUGCAUUUCGCCACUAUGUUUUCUGAGCAUCACAUAAACACAACAAAUGUUAACUAGGCGAGUGUAACAGAUGAAAACAACACGCACAUCAAACCUGGCAGCAAGAAAAGACCUUUCUCUGGGUCUCGGCAGCAUUGUCGUCACGCAGUUUGACAACACAACACAUUGCAUGUCACAGAGUGUGACAAGGCUAAUACCACAUUUUGUAAAAGGUCUCUUAGCUCAACAAGACAAGCGGUAAAUGGAAAAUGUGAAACUACAGGAUGGUGGGAACAGUGCUGCUUUAGCUGACAGAUGGAAUGACCCUCUGUGGCACAGUUUGUGAACGCACAGCAGCACAAAGGAGAGGAGGAAAAAGAACAGAGGAAAAUAAAGGUUCUGCGUGUGACGUUUGUCUUUGUUAACGUUUCAGUCCUCAUGAUUCUCUCUCUAUGUGUUUGCUUUAUUGACAGGAAUCCCUGAAUUAGUCUGACCUUUCACCUUCAGCCCUGACCUGGACACACACGCACAGAGGAUUCAGACAUGUCUCCGUAGACUGAACUCUGGGUAAGAUGCACGCUGAGCAUAAUUUCUGCAGAAUUUCAGUCCAUGACAUCAUUUCAAAAUGUUCAAAGUGAAACAGCUGGACGUUUUCUGCAGCCGUUGGCGAUCAUCGCAGCAGUUUACUUGACUGUGUGGUCACAUUCUGCUCAUAUCUGUCAUGACGAGAGAUAAAAGUGAAUCUAUUCUGCUGUUUGUGUGUGAUAGUGAAGGAUAUGCCUUAAAGCCAGUUUCCAUUUGCUUGUCCAUCCAGCAGCUAGUGUGUGCAUCUGUGUAGAUAAAAUAUAUCUGUCUCCAGUGAUCACCUCUGUCUCUUAAACAGAUCAUCUGUCUGCUUCACUCUGACCUGCUUUCUUGGUUUUGAUCGGUGGUUGAUUCAGCUGAAAACUUCUCCUGCAAACAUUUUGCACAGUUUUCCAACAUCCAUGUGCGGUGCAAACUAAGCGCCCAAACAUGGUGUGUGAGGUUCAGAUAAAAAAAAAAGAAGUGAGGAUGUGUCCUGGUGGUUUGUAGGAUCCUAUUUUCUGUUGCAUUUAGAAGCGGAAUGAAAGAUGAGCUCAAUUCACUGGAUAUGAAAUGCUCAUACAUACAAUAAAAACAGUGCUGCACACACAGCAUAUCAGGAGGAGAUUGCUGUGUGCAAGAAGCAAUUUGUGGACCAUGUUUUCUUUUUUUUUUUUUAUCCCAGUGGUAAACUGCUGUAUAUUGCAAUACGGCAAUAAUGUUCUUAUUGCUGCAGCCUGAGCACAAGCUAAAUUUAUAAUGCAGUUUUCAGGUGACACUGACAACCCCUGGCCUUGGACCAGUAAGACAGACUCCAUCCAGAUACAGUCAGUUUGUCACUCUUCAGCUAGUAGCGUUUACUAAAUUGAUAAAAAGUGGAUACGUCAACUGUGUAGUAAGCAUUUGCUUUCUGAACCACACUGAUAAUUUGGGUGUCACUAUCUGUUUAUAGUAGAGCCAGAUGUGACAACAUUUGUAAGGGAGUGGGGGUGCAUUGCUAUACCCCUGUGUGACUUACAGGAUUGAAGAUGGUGACAGCUAGUCAAUAAGGUGAGGGGCAGCCUAUUAGAAAAAAAAAAUCAUUAUUUACAAAAGGCACACCAUGCUGCAGUGAAGAGGACUUAAACUCUCAAUUGUGUACUUUAAAUCAUUAGGAAAAUAUAAAUUAUGGUAAUAAUCACAUGAGGAGUGAGGUUUUUCUGACAUAGAGUUUAUUCAGGCAGUUUUCUAGCAGCCAGUGCAGUCGCCCCCUGGUGGCUUUUAGAACCGGUGCAGUCUCAAGGCUCCCUUUUGAUUUGCUUCUCUUGUGAAACCAUGGACGGCACAGCCUUCCAAAGUGAAGGCAAAGCUCAUGACCUGGUAGCAAAACCUGGUGACUGGCCGUAGUAGGGGUCUGAAAGCAUGCCUAAAAUUUUCUGAACAGGCUUCAAAGAUGGCUCAUAUUUUGAUUAAUAGUAAAUUGAACAGCUGAAGUUGUGAUUCAUGGAUGUUUGCUGCAAGCAGGAGUGAGGCUCUGUGCUUCAGCCGUACACUCUUAAGCAACCGUGUUUAUGGCAAGCUCUCAUCAACAUUUGAAGGGGUCAGAUCAGAUUCUGACUGACUUAAACCUUCGAUGGUUUGAGUGGUCUUUGAGAAUGGAUAAACUUCUUUCUGUGUUUAUUAGUUGGUCGUUUUUCACCCCUGAAAACGUUCUUACACUGAUGGUUUCUUCCAAAGCAGAUUAGCCCUCUGAAUCUGUGUGCUUGUUACAAGUUUUUCCUGAGUUUAAUUGAUAAAACACACUCAGAUUGGCUUUAAUGGUAAUAUCAGUCUAGAUUUUGUAGAGGAAAAUACUAGUAAUCAAUGUAGUUUAGGAAAUGCUGAUGAUUGAUGGUGAAGAAUUUAGCCAAAAUUGGCUUUAUGGAAAAAGCAGCUAAAAAAUGAAUGUGGGCUAGUUCAUUAUAAUCGGUGUGAACUAAACUCAGGGUCAGCUCAUUUUUAGUCUGAACUGGUUUCCAAAUGUUGGAGAAUUUCCAUAUUUUGUUCAUUUUAUUCAGCAUAUAAUUAGCUAGAGUGUUUACCCUAAAGCCUUAAAGUCAGCGUCACAGCUGAUGCGUCUGUAUCUGUAAUGUAAUUAACGCCUGGAUGUAACAACCUUAAAUCUUUUGGGAUUCUGGGCACAUGUUGUCCAGGCCCCUUUAAUUGAAGGAUUUGCUCUUUUAUAAGACAUUUAAUGGACAAAUUAUACAGCGAUGUAAUGAGAGUCUGCAAUCAGAGGUUAAAUUUAUGUGCUUUUCUCCCCAUCUGUGAGUGAGGGACGGCCACCUAUCACAAGCUGUCCUUGUGUCUGUAUGUGUGUGUGUAUGUGUGUUAAAGAUUUAGGGUCUCUGUGGGACACUGAAGGGAGGACUUGGCACGUGGCAGCAAGAGGUCAGCAGUGACAGACGCAGACCUCAGAGCAGAUGUUGGAGGAAGGGGAGAUGAGCCAGAGGGGGUUGGUGGUGUAAGGAUUGGCAGUGGAAAAAAUUGUGGGAGGAGUGGAGGUGCUGGAUUGAUGGAUGGAUGAACAGAUAUAGAAGAAAUGAGGAGUAAAGAGAGAGGGAGAAGAGGAGGAAGAGGAGGAGAGAGAUGAAGGGCUGGAGGGAGGUUAAAAGCGGACAGGAUACGGAGAUGAAAAGGAGACAUUUGGUUAAAGGAAAAGAGCAAGAUGAUGGACAAACGUAGCUGAAAUAGAUGGGAAACACAAGUUUUGAGAUGAUUCUGAAAUGUGGAUGUGAUGUAAACAGGAAAUGCUGACAUAUGCUAGUCUUGUGAUCUUAGCUAUUUAUUGAUAUGUGGCACUUUUGUAGGAAAUCUAAUUUGCCGACACUUUUAGUUAUCCCACUUAUAAAAAAACAACAACCAUAAAAAAGAAAACGUCCAGUACAGGUUUGUGGAAUUUGGUCAAAGUUCUGGCCUGAAGCGUAAAACUGCUGCAUAAUCGCUUAAAAACCCCAGACUUGAAAGAGUCAGUCAGACAAUGGCAGAGCAGAUGGAGCAGUUAGCACAGUUGACUCGCGGCUUUCAGAUGUGUCUGCUUUAUUGAAGACAUGGCCUUUCAUGAAAUAGAAAACUAUGUGUUGUACAAAGAGCGAGGGGCAGACAUGAUACCCAGCGACAGUGUAAUUGAGCAGCCUGAAAGAGACGGGGACGCGGCAUGUGUGCUUUGUGCCGCACAAAGUGAGACUGUGACUCACUCAGAAAGCUUUGCUAUAAUGGAACAAGACAUGUAAAGGUUGUGUUUUAAUGGACAGAGAUAGAAGGAGAGAGAUAGAGUAAGUGGGAAAUGAAAGCAACAGAUCCCUGUCCGUCCCUCCUGCUGCCUCCAUUUACUGUCAUUGAUUGUGCAGCCAGGCUGAAUUAAUGCAUACCUGCUUUACUCUGAUGGCCAGCAUCUGCCUCGAUGAGAGUGUUUGUAAGUGUGUGUGUGUGUGUUUCAGUGAGCCUUUUGUGUUUACAAAGAAUGAGGGCUGAAUGUUGGUGUCCUUGUUGUCUUAUUGAUGCCUUCACAGGUAAAGGACAGUCCUCUGACAUGAGGACGUUUCAGCAGCUGUUGGUUCUUUAAAGGGCUGUUAAGGAGAGAGAAGGGUGGUGUGGUGUGGUGUUUCAGUAAUCUCUAAGUCCCCAGAGUGACAGUGGAAAGAAAAUAAAGGGAUCAGUGGGAUUUGAAGGAAGUAAUGAAAUGUCUGUAUGCUAUUCAGGGGUGUGUCCAGACAUUUUGACUCUGGUGGCCCAGGUGUCUUAGGGGUGACCUGAAGUGUGUGGGCUUACACACAUACAGAUGAAAAGGUUUAUAUAUCAUCUAGGGUUGUCACAAUACUAAAAUUUCAAACUGGAUGUCAAUACUCAGGAAAAUACUCAAUACCAUUUUCGAUACUGCGUGGACAAAAAAUGAUAAAUACUUUAAAAAGUAUAAAAAAUAUUUUUAUUAACAUGAAAAAUACAAUGUAAAUGGGUAAUUGGUCCUCACAGAUAUACUCUGCUACAACUCUGUUUAUUUUGACAACUUCAGGAGACUUUGGGUCAUACUUUCUCUUUUUUUUUUUUAAAUAGCAGUGGAAGAGUAGGCUGUGGUUUCAUCGGUUCAGUUGCAGGUCGACUUCUCUUUGCUUCAGUCUGCAUCUUUAAGAGAAGAAAACACUUUUGCGUCACGUUAGCAAGCUAAAGGCUGCUAGCCGCUAGCCCGCUGCUAAAGGCUAAUAACAAAACAAACAACAUUCUCUAAGCAUAAAGCUAACCGCGGCUACUGCAGACUAUAGUGGAGCGCUAGCCACAGCUAAUCACAAAACAACUAACAUUCACUGAGCCGAUAGCUAACCAUGGCUGCUGCGGAUUAAUGCUGGCCAAGUAUCGAUACUUUUCAAAGUAUCAAUACUUUUGACAACCCUACUAUCCUCUCUGUCUCCACUCACUUUAUUCACUUAGAGCUCCUGUAUGGAGUUUUCUGAUUUUAAUUACAUAGACUGAAAUUCACACUGAUGCCUUUAAAGAUGUACAGAAGCAAACAGGACCACUGGCUAAAACAUUAACAAUUUUUACAAUUUUAUACUGUGCUUUUCGAUGCCUCAAACCAGUGCAAAGGGAGUAGAUGUCAGCUGAACAACUAAAAACAGCUACAUGACAUAUGAGGUUUGCAAGAUGACAUGAAAAUAAAAUAUUCCAUCAAUAAGACAAACAUUAGGGAAAGACAAAUGCUAAAUCAGCUAAGCAGUUGAAAAAAUUGUACAAAUCGCAUUAUAUGGUAUCCCGAUACUCACUGUAUCGCAAAAUGUUAAACAUCGCAGUAAUAUUGAAUUGUGACCCAAGUAUUGUGAUAAUAUCCUAUCAUGGGGCCACUAGUGAUUCCCACCCAUAGGUUUUUUUAACAUGAAACCUUCUUAUGUGUUUUCCAACCACACACGAACAAGACUCUAAGUAAUAUUCUUACUGGGAUGUGGUUUCUCACUUUCAGUGCAAAAGUAAAAAGUCUCUCAAAGUUCAUCCAAAUUUGAAAUAAGUCUUUAGGUCAGGCUAGAAAACCUCUCCAGAAUUAUACAUGUCUGAUAUUUUAUCCGAGUGUGAAAACAGCAGCUGAUGGUUAAAGCACUAAAACCCUGUCUGUGUUGUUUAUCAUCCCUUUUUUUCUCCAUCACUUCAUCCUGACAGGCCGUGCCCCUGCCGCUCUUUCUCUCAGCCAUCUGCACUCAGUAAUUCUACCCUCUACUGUUUCUCUUUUUUUAACUCUGCUACUCUUUCACUCCCACACUGUCCUCACUCUUCACCCUGAGGCUGCACGAUUCAGACCCCUGUUCCUCCCACUUCUUCCCUUCUGCUCCCCUGUUCUUCCAUCCAUCUAUCUCCCCUCCCCUUCCUCUGUCAACCUCUCUCCCCUGGGCUGUAUGGACAGUUGGAUGGCUUUGUGUUUGACACGUGUGUUGGCAGAGGGCAGCACACACACACACACACACACACACACACACACACACACACACACACACACACACACACACACACACACACACACACACACACACACACACACACACACACACCUUCAGUUCUAUUGUCAGUAAGCUGCUCAGCUGUGAGGCCCCUAGCCCUAAUUUUGAGUGUGUGUGGUGAGGACAGGCCCCCAUUGUCCUGCAGAUUAACUCUCUCUCCCUGGCACACACACACACACACAAGCGCACACACACAAACACACACUCUCACCAAAGACCCCAUGGGGUCCCUUAAGUGUGAAUGUGCCUUGAGGCAGAAAAUCAGGGGGCAAUUUACGGCAGGGUCCAGCAGAGAAGAUGGGGGGUGAAUCUGCAGUUUGAAGCUUUCAUGACAAGCUUUAUCUGUGUUUUGUCAAUUCAGGGUGACAGGAGUGAUUCCGAAUCCCUUUUUUACCCAGGAAAAAGCUGAAAAUGAACAGGAAGAGACUGAUUUUUCUGAAAACACUUCUGCUCUUACUGAUGCACCGACACUGAUGCUCAGUUGGAGACAGCGCAGAAAGAAUAAUGAAAACCUGUCACUUUUUCCACAUGUGGACACGUGCUUCAACAAUUUACAUUUACAAUUUGAAAAGAGACAACACUUUAAUUUUUGUGAUCACUGGUUUGAAGCAAAGCCUCUAAAACUAAAACCCAGAAAAGCCUCUAAUCCAGUAGAAUUAGGAGGCUGACUUUAUGGAUUUGAAUUUUAAAUGCAAAUUAGAAGUAUAAAUUAGCAGCAGUAAAAUAAUGACUAUAAACGCUUUAGACAUUCAGACAGAUCUUCUUUUACUAUCAGUGCAGCAUCUCCAGGUCAUGUCUCCUGGUGAUAUCACAGCACUUAAUUGGCCUUUUUGAACAGUUGAUGCACUCCAACAGAAAACAGGAUUAAAAGCAGAGCCAGUGGGAUUAAAGCAAUUUGUCCAAACAACAACUACCAUAAAUUUAAAUGCACAUUUAAUACUGCUGCCUUUAACACUAAUAAUGAAUCUUUGAUAAUGAAUACUUUAAGCAAGUAUUUAUUUUACUGGAAAAGUCAUCAGACACAAUAAAAAAACCUGAACUUGGCCCUUUAGGUCUUAUCUGCAGACAUUUGAGAAAAUGCAGGUUUAUAUCUGUGGUUUGGCUCAAAACCUCAGGUAAACAGAGCUUUAGGUUACUGACUGUGAAAGUUUAAAAAAAUACCUUCAAUGUGGAGCUUUAAAACUCUGUGUUGUUGUUUUCAUGUCAACAGCAACAGAGUUUAUUGUCUUUUUUAUAUGUUUUGUAUGUUUUGUGAAUGCCUCAAGUAGGGAUGGAUGAUAAAUUAUCGUUCAUUAUAUAUCCUCAGAAACAUCCUCCACGAUAAAUAUUUGCCAUCUCAUGAUAAAUACGAUAAAUGCAAAUUGAUGACAUAAGCGUGAGUGAUGGACUUGCAGCCAUAACCCACACACAGCAGAAUAAGAAACAAACAUGGCCGAAGGUAAUGAAGAUGUUUCUGAGAAGCUCGUUACUGAACGAGGCUCCACAUGAGGGAUUUCCUUCAAGAGUGGGGCUUAGAUGAGCACUAUCAGGUAUGCCUGACAUCGAACAGAGGAUCUGCUGCUGUUCACUCAGUGCAAUCAGAGUUUUCAACAAAUGUUGAAAAUGUUUUCACAUUUGAGACUUGUUUGAUAUCAUUAGUUUUCUCUAUAACCUACCACUUAAACUUGUGGUCAAGGAUCUUAUUUGACUACUCAAACUGGUGUUCUCAAGACAAAAUGAGUCAAAAAUUUAGAUUGGAGUUAUAAUAUUUUUUAUCUGGACUUUUAUCGUUAUCGCCAGGAUGGCAAAUCUUAACGUGUCAAAUUUUUUAGCCCAUAUCGCCCAUCCCUAGCCUCAAGUUGAUGGGCUACUGUUUACUGUUAAUGAGACAGGCUCGUGUAUGCAUGAUCACCACCUACAGGUCUGGCUGCACACUGUGAGCAUUUUCAACUGUUUCUGCAUUUUUAUGGGGACAGAAUAAUCCAAAAACACCUCUAAUGUGGGCAGAAACAUUUGGAAGAGUGACGGAAAAAUACUACUUUUAUACCCGCAAACAUGUGGGUGUUUAGAUUCAGUGUGAUUUUCCAGCCACAGAUUCUUCGAAGGCUCCCUGACCUCCCUUCAGAGCCCCCUCCUCCUUUUCCUCCUCCUGCUCCCGCUUACCUGUGUGUAUUAUGUUAAGCCUAUAGAAACUGCUUACAUAGAAAACCAUUGACCUACAUCGGCUGCUGGUGAGAAAAACGGCUGCACAGUUAGGACGUUGGUGUGUGUGCACAUGUAUCCAUGUACUGCUGUCUGUGUGAAUGCAGGGUAGAGGUCAAGUGUCUCACCCAUAUGUCUACUUCAGGUGAUCCGUAGCCGCCUGUGUGUGUUUGUACAGAUUUGAACAUUUCCUCUUCUCCACCUCUGCGUCUGAAUGAGGCCACUUCACUGGAUUCCACAUGUGCACUUCAAUGUGUGUGCCUUUGUUCCUGUGCGUGAACAUUUGUGUGAGAUUAUAGCUACUACAUGACUCCACACAAACACUCUUGAGAAUUUUUUAACAUACCCAAACGUUUUUAAACAAUUCAACAAGUGCAUAAGCUUGAGAUGAAAUUAAUUUAAAGCAAAGUGUCACAGGCAUUAGGUUUACCUGAGUGUUUAUUGGAUGCUUGUCUUUGUAAAUUGUUGAUGCCUGAGAACAGAAUUCAGACAAAAGCAUCGUAUCGCGUCCUUAUCUUGCUGUGAGCUGCUUUCAACACCUCUGCAGACGUGUGAUGUGAUGAUAAAGUAGCCAAACAUCGUAGGAGUGGUGGUGUCGUGGGGAGUUUGGUUCCCUGGUGGUCGCUGCGGCCCUGGGAAAAGGAAGUCCACACAGGAAGUGAGCCGGCUGGGUCUCAGUCCUGCAUGACUGCAAACACUGUAGUCUGCUUUUCCACUUUACAUGUGUGUUUGUAUGAAAAAUAUGUAUGCACAUGCUCAGGCACCAGGGAAUACUCCUGCACAAGCUUCGAUGUUAGUACCAGUGAAAUGGCAUGAGCAUGUUGGCGUGACUUGUUUUUACAUGCCUGGUCAGCUUUCAAGCAAAAUGUCUUGGAUUUUUGUAAACAUUCAUGUGAUUUACCAAACUCUUUCUUCACUUCCCAGCCUUUGUGAAUGACUGAUGAAGAGUGGAUGUGGGAAAAGGCCGGUAAAUGAAAUUAGUCAUCACAUCACCUCAGAGCCAAGUUACGCAGAGAUGCGGGCAGAAGUACAACAUGACGACAGGACAGAACAGAGAACAUAAACAGAGCAGAUCAUCACCCAGACACAGAGGCAUGUGAUGUGUUUACUGCACAGCUUUAAAACAGGAAAAAGAGACUUUGUUCAACAACUGUGAAACACUUUAAUAGAGCCAUUUUUCUCUCUGAAAGAUCCUCAUUAAACUUCACGUACUUCACCUCACAUAAACUCUCGUCCACCCUGACUUGACUGGCGUGUUUCCCCUUGAUCCCUUAAACGUGCACAUGCUCCACUCGUGCCGUGUUUUUGCUGCACGUGUAGGUGUGUGUGUACGUAAACAUGUGUGCCGGUGUGUGUGGAGGCGGGGGUUGGUGUGGUUGGUUGGCUCCGUGAGAGCUCUUUGUAAGUAGGGGGAGAGUCAGGACAGGGAGGGGGCAUGCUCUCAGCUGCCUGCCGGUCUGGUUGCUGUUGGUAACUUUGCUUGAUGAGAUCAGAGGGGAUCGGCUUUCAGUGUUUCAUGUCUCUCUCUCUCUGUCUCUCUCUCUCUCUCUCUGUAUCUCUCUCUCUCUCUUGUGGGGAAAGGCUGAAGUGGAACUGAAACUGGAGUGUGGCUGAAAGUCUGUCGUGACAGCGCUGCCUUGGAAACACUCUUUGGAGUUGGUGCGCAGUGUGUUUGGGGGGAAGAAGAGAAGUGAGAGCCUCGGGACAGAUAAGCUCCAGGGAAGGGAAAAAGAGGGAGGGAACAAGGGAGGAGGCAGAGGUGGGCAGCUCUCUGAGGAAAGAGGGAGUCUCUUCUCUCUCUCUCUCUCUCUCUCAGACAGACUCGCCGGCUGCUGCUCUCUUCCUCUUCUUCUUCCACCACCAGUCUUCUGGGGUUUUCUCUCUCUGUGUGCCGGAGGCUGACUGGAGGAGUUUUGCUGUGUUUUGUCUGGAUCUGAACAUGGACUCAGGCUGAGGGGCUUCACGCUGCGAGACAUGAGAAGAGCCACUGGAGAUUCACUGUAAGGAGCUUGCUGUGUGGUGCUGUCUACACGGUGGAGCGUGGGGAGUGUGUGAGUAAGAGAUUGUUGCUAUUUCAGGAGUGUGUGUGUGUAUUUGUGGAAGAAAUAACAAUGUGAUGCAGCUUGGCAAUUCAUACAGCUAUUAGAUACAAAACUGGGAUUAAAAGUAGCAGCAAGUUUUCAUUGACAGAGAUGAGCGAACCCUCUUCUUGUGCUGUUAACCUCUCAAACCUUUUUCAACAUUUUCCUCCUCUUCUGUUGAUGCUAUUGUGCACUCACCCUCUCCUCCUCCUCCUCCCUCCCCUCCCCUCCUCUCUUAUCUUCUGUCGCCUUUAAUUCUCCUAAUGGUCCCAAGGCCCCAGCUGGCCAGAUGGGAUACCCCUCUGCCUGCCUGUGUGUGUGUGUGUGUGUGUCUGUGUGUGUAUGUGCUUUUGUUGGGGUGAGAUAGAGCAGUGAGAGUUGUUGAAUAAGCUAAACCAGGAUUGCCCCUGCUCACAUACAAUAAUAGAAUAGAUCCUGCUUUCUAUUUUUAAACACACUUUUGGUCUAUAUGUCACUUACACCUCUCUAAUCUGUCAGCUCGCCCUGUGCUGCCUACAGUAGUGUUUCUAACAGGGUGUGUGUCUUUGUGUGUUUGGUGUCUGGAUAGGAGUGGGAAGGGGUGUUUGUGUGGUCCAUCCUGGGAUAGAGAGAUAGCGGCUCUCUUUUCUGACUUUAUCCUUUGUUUUGUCAGCUGCUGACCUCUGUUUCUCUCUCUCUCCCUCGACGUCUUUGCUAUUGUUUGUGUUUGCUUUCUUUCUAAACCAAUCUAUACUGCUACAGCCUUCCUCUACCACAGUCCCUGCCUCUUUUGAAUACUAACUGGGGUCCAAAUCCACUCUUUUUUUCGGCACAAUUUUCAAUGCCCCUCCUUUGUUUACUUGAGUGUGUGUUUGUGUGGUUGCGCUCUGUGAUGAUUAGUUCAUGACAACAUCUUAAUUGUUGUUUAAACACUAUAUAUGAUGAUGCUAUUAAGUAUGUCACUUAUUUUGCAUGAACCAAUCAAAACAUACCUUAACAAUUUGCACAUGUUCACUGAAUAUUUCCCCGUUCGAGUUACCUCAGAAGUCAGAUGUCAGACCAAGUCGUAAAAAAGCAAAUUAGGAGGCGGAAACAAGAUGGAUACAUCUUUGAAAGUUAUUUUAGCGCUUGCCUAAUAUUUGGACAAGGCAAGCACUAGAAUAACUUUCAUAGAUGUAGCCAUCUUGUUUCCGCCUCCGAUUUUGCUUUUUUCCAACUUGGUAACUGAAAUGCUGGUAACUCAGGUUUGACGUCAUUUUCAGCUUGGACCUCUGACUUCUGAGAUAACUCGAACGCAGUAUAAGAUUAAGCUGAGUCGGCAUUGAGAACACAUGAAUCACAACAGGCUAAGCUAGCGUAGCUGCCUGCAUGGUUGUAGUUAAAAGUUAGCGAACAAACACCACCAGCCUCAGAAUUAACACUGAUAGAUUUACGGGGAACAUCAUCUUUUUUCAUGGAGGUGGUCUGGCUCUGAAAAGAUGGAAGUAACCAAUCUCGAUACAGAGCUGGAGAGUUGUUGUUUUUAAUGACAGCUCAACGACUAAUUUGUUUCACCAUCGGGGAGGAAUAAUAAAAAAGCUUCAGGGGUCAGCGGUCUAAGAUGCUGGCAAAACAAAAACACACUCAGCGAAGUUUUGUAAGGUCAUUCUUGUUUGCAGCUUAUAUACAAUUAUUGACAUAACGUCUUUAUUAUGAUGUGAAAUAUUGAUAUCGGGCUUAAAAUAGAAAACUGUCAUAUGCCUUUCCUUUAUGCCACUGACUGACUGUUUUCAAUUUUAAGCUUGAUGAUGUUUAAAAAAGGAAAAGUGUCAGCAGUUCUUGAAGUGAUUCGUUCAUACUUGCAGUGUUUGGACUCAGCUCUUGCCCUGUUGGUUUCACUUUUUUUUGUAUAUACUUGAAUGAGUUUGAAGUUUUCAUAAAUAAGACCUGAUUUUCAUUGAUUUUUAAUUUUUUUUUUGUAAUUAUCAUCAACAACACCUGAUGUAUCUGUUUUAAAAAAGUAAGCAAGUACAGACUUCUACAAACAUGUUUUUUGCAUUACAUAGUUUUUUCCUCAAAGUUUUAAGGGAAGCAGAUCAUCAUCAGUUGUUGUUUUCACCCAAAUCCCCCCAAAUAUCAAGACUUUAUUCCUGUGAAUAUCUCCCAUCCCUACUGUGUGGAUGAGAUGGGAUGUACUUUCCCCUGUCAAAUGCUCUGGCACAGUACGUCCUUGUUACUCCGCACAGAGCGAUUUUGGAGGACACUAUGACAAGAGAGACAAACGUCUCAGCCAUUAGACAGCUGUGUGAGUGUGCAUGUGUGUGUUUAUGUCAGAGCAAAGGCUACAAUUAUUCUCAUUAUCAGUCAAUCACUGCUUGGUUUAUGGAUGAAAAGCUUUGUCUAGAAAAGACCAGAGGAUUGUCAAAAAAGUCACUCGGAAUGAUGUCUUUAUUUUUCUGUUGAGUUUUGUUGACUCACCAAAUUUAAGAUAUAAAACUGAAAACAAAGUUGAGGAGCUUGAAACUGUUUUUUAUUAUAUACAGUAUAUUUUAGAUGUACAGCCAGAGCACUGCCGGCAGAUCUGCAUCUUUAAGUCAGACUAAAAUAUCUCAAUAACUAUUGAAUACAUCCACAUGAUAUAUUGUACAGAAAGUCAUGAGCCCCAUCCCACAGCAAAGAUGUUGUUUUUCAGUGUCUUGACUUGAGAAUAGUUCACUCUGGUACAUGGAAAACUUCCUGCACUUUGAGGUAAGGUAACAUCGUUGUUACAUCACUUGUUAAAUGUUAGCAUAUUAGCAUUGUUACCAUGGAUUUGCUAACUAUAUUCACUCCACCAUUUUGUACUUCUGUCUCGUAUAUCAUUAGUGCUCUUUACCUUUUAUAAUGGAUUCUAGUUCUCUUACACAUGUGCACAGAACUUAUGAAAACAAGCCUAGAUAUUUUUCUAGCCUAGUUGUACAACAAUUCCCACAAGAAUUCAGGCUGAAACAAGGGGUGUGAACACAGCAGGUAAACAUCAGGAAAAGCCACUGCAAGCCAGUCUGUGAAGUGAUGACGACAUCGUUGAGCUGACUUUUGUCAGCCUGGUUGGUGUUAUGUUAGAUUCUGUUAUUUUUUGUACUGUGGACACAUCCUCAUACACGCUGCAGGCAGUGAUAUAAACACAAAAUCUGUCACCAUUGUGAAAGACUUCUCUCUCCCCUCUUCUUCUGGUGUGAAUCAAACAAAGUAAAAUUUGUUUGAGUGUGUCUGACUAAGAAAUUUACCCACUCUGAGGUACAUGUAUGAACAACAGGUUUCUAUAUAAUGAGGGCUUAAAUGUCCUUAAAUAAUUCAGAAAUGAUCAACAAUCUCACUUAUUAGCAUUAGCAUGAAACUAGCGUUAAAAGCAGUGGGCUAGUUGAAAUGAAAGUAUAAAGAACAAGAAAGUAAUGAAGAUUUUUUUCAGACCAAAUGGCUCAGUUAGUACAAAGUGACAGUAGAAAGUUUUAAACAUAAAAAUCCGUAAAGUAAUGAUUGGAGAGUGAAUGAUUUUGGUAUUAGCCUGUUAAGUGGAAAGCAUGCUAAUGUUAGUGUCAAGUGAAAUUCUGUAUUUUUUUUUGUUGCUAAAAAUGAAACAAUUAAUGGGUACGCUGAUAUUGACAAACUCCAAACUGUGUCCUAAACCAUCCUUGGGAGUAAAUGGGAAUUCCCCUCAGACUCUAUUUAAAUUGUGAUUACUUCAUCAGCGUAAUUCCAGAGGAAAAAAAACUCCUAGGUUGUUCGUCUGACUCGGCGUGGGUGUGACAUUUAUCAUCACACUGUUGAGCAAGCAGUUUGGAUGUUAAACGAGCGAAGCAGCAGUAGCAGUGCGUCAUAUUCACACUUUGAUUCAGUUUCAUUACUGCUGGGGUUGUGAAUCUGCCACCUGAAUCUGCCGCCACCCUGCAGAGCUUAAUGGAUUGUGCUGCCAAGGCCUUCUGUGUGUAUUUGUGUGUGUGAGAGAGAGAGUAUGUGUGUGUGAGAGGAGGAGAUGAAUAGGCUUUGCAUAGGUGUCUGUAAAGGAGUGCUCAAUCACUGUUGCACUUACAGUCUUCCCUGAGGGUAUCAUGGAUUUAAGGGUGUCACAGCAGGAAAAAGACAAUACAGAGUGUGUGCAUGUGUUUCUGUGAUUUUAUUUCCUCUGUGUAUAAAUUCGUCUAAACACACCGCAGUUUUCUGUUGGGGAACUUUUAAGUUUCAGUUUCUAAGAUCAUCAUGAUGCAAGUUGGGUAUUUAAGAAAAAGGGUUAGGGAGUUUUGGGAGUUUUUUUUAAUUUCUAGAGAAGAGAAAAUGAAGGUGAACAGAGGAGGAUGGUGUGGGAGAGAAGACAUGAUUCAUUAGGGAGUGAAUUCUGCUGGAGUGAAGAGCUCAGACGAUGACGGAAGACAGAAGAGGACAUGCUCUGCUUUCAUGCUAGGAUACAGUAAAAGUGCUGUAUCAGGGGAAAUUCUCCAAACUCUGGGAUGAAGGUCGUGUCUCUCACAUCCCAUGCAUAGUCAAUUCCCUGCUGAGUUAGAACGAGGUUUUGUGCUUAUCAUGGUUCAUGUGCGCUUGUAUAUGCAGCUAUGUGUGUGACUUUGCUAGUGUUGGGUGUUUUGCAGAGCCUGCUUGCAGGCGUGCUGAGCUCACAUUGAUUGCCGCAUGGUGAAUGCUGGGGCAUUUGGUGGCAGGCCUGAGAUAAUUUGUACCAAUUGAAAGGAUGUCAGCUCUGCUCUUGUCUCCAUGGAUUUAGAGGUACAGUGCAACAGAGAGACAGAAACAGAGACAAAUGAGAAGGACAGUCUAGAAAACAUGAAAAAAAAUGAAGAAUGGGGGUAAAUGGUAAAAGUAGAAGACACUGUGAAAGAGGGAGUAUGAUUAAAUAAAAUAAAAUAAAAGCUACUUCACAGUUGCUCAAGUAAGUCAAGAAGUGUUCACACAAACACAACACUGCCUGUCUGUAUUUAAGGUCCCUGUCUGUAUUCUGACAGUCUGAUAGCAGCCAGAUGCUACAGUUUAUGUCUACUUUUAGCAUCCUCUAACUCACAGGAGUCCCUCAGAAAAAUUGAGUUUCAGCCAAGCUGAGUAAAGUGCUGUUAUAAAUGGUUCAAUUCAUAAAGUAAAAAUUUUAAAUUUAUACUUCAAUGUGGAACCAAGUGGCGACAGAUCUUAAUAAAAGGUGUUUGAUGUGUCAAAAACUGCAGUUCCUAGACUAGUGUGUCCAUGUGAUGCUGGAUGCAAAAGCAGCAAAAGCACACAUUCAAAAGUCAACCAUUAAAGCAGAAAUAAACACGUUUAAACUUGGCACAACAACUGUUUUGGUCUGAAAAGAAUUUUUUGUCACUCAAUAGUUUUGAAAACAUCAAAGUUUUGCAUGAUAAGAGGCACAGCUGACUUGACUGACAGACAGAAGCUAAAGGCCCACCUCAACUGUCCCCUUCUGCCCGUUGCUAUGUGAUUGAAAAUGAGGUUCAAUCAGCAUUUCCAGCAUGAUGUCUACCAGUUAGGCUUCAAAACUCUAACUCUACUGAGUCUAUGUCCAUGUUUUUUUUUGGUCUAUGUUUGAAACCAAGCCUGACAAAAAACACUGACAUCCCAGCAUUUCCUGCUAAGUACCAAUUGGCUGUCCUUUGCAAACCCAACUGACACACAAAGCCAACAUGAAAACAUUACCUGCCAAAUUUAAGCACAGCAGACAUACUCUCUCUCUUAUGUGACUAACUGUUUAAAGUUUACUUGAGGCUCCAGCACACUGUUCACUCAGCGUUAGAGAAGUAUUAGUUUGGUUCUAUCUCUGGAUAUAUUUUCAUGUUGCUUUUCCGCACAAUUAUCAUGUGGUGUGUUGUUAUUCUCCGAUAUUAGCUGACAUUGCUUACAACAACAUGAGCUUCUGGUAGAACAACUUGUCAGCUGGGAAGCAGCCAAUGUGGAUGUGACAUGUGACAUUUGACGUCUGACUUUUGAAGUUAGUGACACACAUACUGUAAACCAGCCUCUUGCUAGAAAAACAUCAAAACAUGGUGUGCUUGAGUUAUUCUUUACAGCAAGUCAGUAAUGUCUCAAAAGUGUUUGAUAUUGAACUAUGAGAUUCUCCUGAACACCCUGCGCGAAUAGAAAGCUUGUUCAUCAAAAAACAAACAAACAAACAAACAAACAAACAAACAAACAAAUGUAUUUGAACAGGCUUUAGCUGGGCUUAGCCAACGCUACCACAAGGGCUGAAUACAGCAGACUGGAAACAAUAAACAGGGCGCACCCCUCAACACAUCAUAAAACAUUCCCAGUAAAAAGCUAAUUGGAAUAUGUUACAACUAGGCUGCAAGGGGUAGUUGGUGUUAAAUGAUGCUGCUACAUUAGCAUGUUAGCAUUGUCACUUUAGGUGUGUUCUACAUCAACAAACAACUAUUUACUGUAAUUUUUAGCUUGCUGUUUUGUAGCAGUUAAAUCAAGAGUUGUUUUUUUUAUUUUUUCAGACAGGGUUUCCAUUGGGUAACACUCUUUCAUGCUGAGUGAGUUACGUAGGUAAAUAUUUUGGACAUUUCUUGGGCAGUUUGGCUAAUGUUAGCAUGUAGCUCAAAGCAUAAUUUCCUGAUAAAUACAGCCUCAUAGAGCUGCUAGCAUGUUGUUGCCUGAGUCUUGUUGCCAAGAGAGUGAUUCAGUUUGGUAAUCUUUCACCAGAAUUGCUGUUCAGUACUUUCAGUUUUUAGUACAUAUGACUGAAAUGAACUUAAGCUGAACUCCAUAGGCUGUACAUGACCUGGAUGCUAUUUCAGUGGCGUCAAACAUAGGUUUCUGGAAGAACAUAAACACUGGCAGUUGAUUUAUUGCAAAUGCUAAUUUAACCAGAAAUUUAAGCCAAUCUGGUAAUUGGCACAAUGGUGGAGGGGGUCAUUAACCUUUUAGCAAACAGCUGCAGUGUACCCAGCUAUCAUUCAUUUCAGUCGUGUCCUGCAUUAUGCAAGUUUAUGUUAAACUCCUGGCUCAGUCAAAAUAGAUUUUGACUCUGGUGUAGUGCAUGCUCAUACAUUUUUGAGCCUAUGAGCUACCACAGUGUUAGUUUCUGCUGUAAAAAUGGACAGUUCAACAUGGGUGUUAGUAUGCACCAAGCCUCAAGAGGACCCCAGGGAACUGCUGUCUUAUUCACUUCUGCUAUGGCUUCAUUUUCAAGACCAGAGAUUGCUGCUUGCUCUACUGAGAACUUUUUGCCUCUAAGUGUCCCUCUCUUGAGUGUUAAGUACAAGUGACACAAAUGAAACUUUGCUUUUAUUACUAAAAAGACUCUUUUCCCUAUGAGUGAAUCCACCUUUCAUACCUUCUUUUUCAUAUCGUUUGUUUCUGCCUGUGUCUCCAUGCUAUGACGUGCCACACUGCUGCUUCUCAUCACCAGCAAGAUAAGCCCAAGUCUGUAUUUUGACAUUCUGUUUGCAGCCAGACGCUACAGUUUAUGUCUACCUCUGGCAUCCUCAGACUCACAGGGAUUCCCUCAGUAGGUAUGAAUGUCAGCAAUGCAGAGCGAAUGGUAGUUUGUUUAAUCUAGUGGGUACAGCUGUCGCUAUGCAGAGUUAUAAUAUAAAUGUGGGUGUCUGUUUUCCCCUCUGUGUUUGUGUUUGCAUGCCAGCUCUGUUUUAAAUCACUGUGAUGCCCUCAAGUCCCAUUUAGGAGAAGAGAGCAGAAGAAAUGACCAUUUUAUGAUUCAUUUUUCAGACUUCAUAGGAAUGAGGGCAAAGCCGGAGUAAGUCAGUGUGACGGAUAAGGUUCAAAUCAGGUUGGAGUGGUUUAGCAUCGGUCAUGAGGUAAUGGUAAAAAAUGAUAUAACACUUUUAAAUGAGCACACUUUCUCGACUCUUAAAUCUGAGAGAGACUUCAGAAAGACUUGGAGUAAUUUGAGUGCACCCACCCUUGAAAAGUAAGUCAAGUCCAUUUUGCUGACACAUUUUUAUUACAGAUGUACAGCUGUGCCCUUAGAUAAAAAGUAAACUGAAUAUUUUAGGUUGAAGCUGCUGAAUUUCUCAUGUGAAACAGGAAAUGCUUUAGUGCAGUUCAUUUCAUGUUUAAUAAUUAGUGGACUGCCUCUCCGGAUGAAUGUCCCUCAUGUUUCAGUGAUCAGGGGGACUGUCAAAUUUUAACUCAGGCUAAAAUAGAGUUCUGCUUUGGCAAACUUGGUAACUUCUUUCUGUAAGAUUAAUAAACUGUUCUAUCAAAACAUAUUGACACUUUAAGUGAAACACCACUUUACUGUUCUUUCAAAACGGAGAAAGAAAACGAUGGUAUCUUCCAACAGUGCUAGCAGGCAGUUUGAACAGAGACAUAUAAAACCUGACCUUGUCAUGGUUUAAUUCUUUGUAAAAGCGUGAAUGUGUUUCACCCCCACUGCUCCUUCAAGAGCUCAGAGCUCCAUCUCAGAGCUCUUUUGAGACAGUUGAGUUCAUGUGACUGGCUUACUAAGAUCAUUGUUAUAUUAGCUCUGCAGCAGUUCCUUCUUAUGUCACAGAGCCUGCAGGUGGUUCAGAGAAGUGGAACAGCUGAUACAGGAUGCAGCAUGCAAACAUGUGGGAAUACCUUCUCUCAGGCCAGACAUUUAUACUUGAACACCAAAACAGGAAGCAUGAAUUACUGUCCAACUAUUAGCUCUGCAGCCCUGUGGGUCACCGACCUUGUCUGAACCUCUCAGACACAAACAACCAGUCACACACUACGUUACAUCCUGACCUGCUCUAUUUAAUACACUUUGAAAACUUGGUUUGUCUUAGUCAUAUGUCUACAUUCAUCUUUCUGCUUUGGAUCCUCUGGAGAGAUUUUUUUGUGGAAAAGCCCAGAGACGUAACUCGUCUGGUCUCUGAGGGUGGUGCAGGAUGACUGAGAGGUUCCUCAACAGUCUCCUCUUGCUCUCUCUCUCAGUCAGAGCAUGUUGGACAGAUUCAGAUGAGGCGCACACACACACACACACACACACACACACACACACACACACACACACACACACACACACACACACACACACACACACACACACACAGACAGACUCACAUAUACACACAUACUAUGUCCUUAAAAGCUUUUUGGUGACUGGAGCUUGUUCGCCGUAAAACAGGAAGAGUCGGCCCACCCAUCAGGUCAAACUCUGUCUCUUGUUUUUUUUUCUGCUUCUCCUUAUUUCCUUAUUUUGAAAUAAUUUAUUUGACUUUUAUGCUUUUUAAUUAAACAAACUGAUCCUUCCAGUUUCAUCUGAUAUUAACUGAUCUUUUAGUGUCACUUCUUACUUACAUUUUCUGAGAUUUCUUGAUCUUUUCUCUCUUUAAUUGAGUCUUUCUCUUCUUCUCCCUCCUGGCUGUACCUCCAGGGUCCUGCUUAUGUAUUCAUUAUAAUUCAUUCCCAGUAGAGCUUACUUGUGUGAAGUUUUAUGUUAAAAUUUACAGCAAAUAGGUGACUACAUCAUUUAAAGCUCUGAUGAAGAGUGUUUUGACGUUAAUAAUGUAGACCUUAGUUCAUACUGUUGUCUUUUCAAGAAAUAUAAAAGUUAACAAAACCAUCAGCAACAAGUCUGAUGGAUUUUAUUUUUUAAUUUUUUGAUGCUUAAAACUGUUUUUACUAUCAAAGACUAUCAAAAGUCGGCAGGGUGAGAUUUUUUUUAAUCUCAAAAUUGCUAUCAUCAGACAACUUCAGCUUUUGGUUUCUUUCUGUGAUCUUUAAUUCAAGGAUGCACUCACUCAAUCUGCAGAUAUUGCCUGGAUAUCAGGACAGGAUCUAGCUCCACUUUUUUUCCUAUCAAAAUGGUUGAAGCCCAGUCACUCGUCAGGCUGCUUCCACAUCUGAGCUCGCUAACUCAUCAUCUCAUCAUAUCAGUCAAAGACUAAAAUGGGUGUUAACAAACCUGACGCUAAUAGCAACUAAUGUUUUUGCCACAGUGUCUACAGGCUGAGGUAAAGCGUGCGUCUUUCAAGCAAAUUGAUUUGAAAUAGUGUGCUUGUGAUCAGGUUGUUCCUGGUGUCACUUUUGAUGUUGAGAAUUAAUAAGUGAGCAAUUAUCAAACCCUAACUCAAUACAUACCUAAAACCCUUUUCUGAUUCAUCAGCAAAUUGUUUGUAAAAACAUUAUUUGCUAAAUAUUUAGACAAACACCUAAUUUGAAGUCACUUACACUGAAGUUUGAAGAUGACUGGUUGUUUUAGUAAACUUUUGUUGUAAGGUGAAAAGAAGAAUCUGCUGUAUGCUUUUCAAAAUCUAUGCCUUUUAAUCCAUCCAUGUCUUUCCAUUAGCCAGUCAUUAAAAAAUGACAAAGAAUAACAUUACUAAUUAGUUUGAACUCUGAAUCACUCUCUGAACUUAUGUUCGUGUUUUCUGAUGUAUAACCAUGUGAUCGUGUGUCCCCACUGUAACUGUCUGACCGAGCUGACAGUAGAGAUGAAGGGAGGAGAGACGAGUGUGGUCGCUGUCUGAAUGAGUUGGCUGCAGAUAUAAAAAGAGAAGGAGGGAGAUAGAGGAAAAGUAAACAACAGAUGGCUGAAACAUGUUGCCUCUUUUUGCAGCAGCAGACGCUGUGCCAGCCCUCUACCAGCCUCCUGAGGGGUUACUAUGCAACAGUGACCGUGACGACACAGGGUCGCAGGUCAAGUGCCUCCUAAAUGACAACUCAUGAUGCCCGAUUAUCGUCUGCAUACUGUACCAGACACACAUACACACACAAACAGUGACAGUUUGUGAGUCUCUAAUAGUAUUUUUUGGCUGAAGUUUGUUGGAAAUACCCCUGAAAUCUUCCAAACACCAUCCAUCCUUCACCCACCUGCCAGCUGUGGUGACACACAUUGAGGCAGCUGUCUGUGUGUAUGUGUUAGCUCUGAUGUGUGUGUGUGUGUGUGUGUGUGUGUGUGUGUGUGUGUGUGUGUGUGUGUGUGUGUGUGUGUGUGUGUGUGUGUGUGUGUGUGUGUGUGUGUGUGUGUGUGUGUGUGUGUGUCCGAGCAUUGAACCCUCUCAUGCUGAGGAGUGAGUUGAGUGGUGGCAAACAUUGGCCGCCAGCUGCCAUGACCUCAUUCUCAGCGAGAGAGACAGAGAAUGGGGAAAAAGCAAGAGGCCAAAAUUAGAGAGGGGUGUGUGUAUGUGUGUGUUUUGUGCGUGUGUGUGGCCAGUAUGGAUAUUUCACACACUAUGACCUCACUCCGUGGUCCGCUUGCAGACAGGCUUGGUGGGAAUAUUUGUGUUUGUAUAAUGAGUAUUUGAUUAAAAGGAAGACCAAAAUUGUACUUUUAUAUUUACAAACUCUGCUGCACUUAAUAACCAAAGGAAACACAAACGAUGGCUCUUAUUAAUAAAAUGUGGGUCAAAAUAAAAAAUACAUCAGACAAUGUAAAGAAACACUGACACAUUAGAUAUGUAAAACUAUCGUUUAGCUUUAACAGUUAUGUUUCACACUCACACAGCUGAGGUGUAAAUAAGCCGUGCAUCACUCCCUUUGAGGUGUGAGACGCUCUUACCAGAAGUCUCAGCUGAGUGUACACACAAAAAUAAACCGGUACUCUGUGGUUAGUGGUAGCAAUGUAAAGACGAGCAGCAGAGAGAUGAGACACAUUCAGGGUUGUGUCAUCCACUUCCCUGUCUGCGCGAGGUGUGACUGACUGUUUUGCCUGUGAACAGGAUGCAGCAGCUGUGAUUCCUGGAAGAGAUUACUACGUCAUUUUUACCACACUGGACAUUUUGAAUAUGUGUGUAUUUAUAUCUGUAUACGUGUUCAUGCUUUUUUUGGACAUUUAUAGAGUUUUUUAGAGACUAAUUCCUGUCAGUGUUUACUAGGGCUGAAGAAUAAAUAAAUCUUGAUAGUUGGGGAGAUUUCUACAGCUAUGCAUCCCUCAAAAACAUGUAGAGAACAAAAAACUCAAAGAAGACUGUUGUAGUCUUGUAUUGUACUAGCUCACCAUUGUUUAAGUGUUUUAGUCCAACAAACCAGAGAUAUUUAGUGUCACUAAAAACCGAAAACCUUGGAACAGUCACUCUAUGAUAUAUCAGAGGGGUAACACAACACAUCCAAAGAACAAUAAAAAAGCAUCACAGCAGCAUGUCAUAAAAACCCCACAUUAAACUUAGACCGCACUGAUUCACUCAAUGGACUGAAUAGACCCCGACAGGAAGAGUGACGUCUUUUAUGAGAUACCCUGCCUUUCCUGUCAUAAAGCAUACAUACAAGAACAAUCACAACAACACCUGGAAGAGAGAAACACACGUGCAACAAGACAAAGACCAGACCAAGAAAACUUCAAAUCAGACAUCUCAGACCCCUGUAGGAGAAUAAUCAGGGAGCUCAGAGAAUGGUGAACCAGGAUGAGGGGGCUACUGGCUGUCCUUAGACAGUCAGACAGUGUGGGUCAUGGUUGUCCAGCUGUUUCAGAGAGGAUGACCAAACCUCUAUAAAUGAUCUGACAGACAACGUCACAAAAUCAAGAGUCGACUGAGAAAGACUGCAGUAAGUUUGUAGUUGAAACAUUUUGAGGAAAAAAAGAAACACUGUUCUAGAUAAAAUAAAUAUUAACCCCUUUUAGAUGUUGUUAAAGCUGCUGUUAUGAAAUUUUUGUUUGUGCCCCUCCCUGUGGACAAAGUGAUUUUUUAAAUUUAACUUUCAUUCAAUCAGGAAGUCCCAUUGAGAGUUAAAAGUCUCUUGUGCAAGAGAGACCUGGUGAUACAUCUUAUCUCUCAUUCUUAACAUGUGACUGUAGUGUUGUCAGACAAAAACCUUAUCUUGAUGUCUUUUAAAAGUGAACUCUAUCACUCACUGUGAAUAGGUGCUAUGUGAAAAAAAAAUGAAGAAGGCUGUGUGAUCAUCCUGCUCUUAGUCAUCUGGUCUGACGCCAACCCCCUAUUAGUGGUUUCAGGAAUAAAAAAUGACAUCCGUGAAAUGAUCAGCCUCGUAGAUGAUAAUCUCAUUUAGUUUUGAGGGUCACAGAGAGGCUCCAGUAUCACUUUCCGUCUGUUUCUUAACCAGUUAAAAACUACUUAAAAGAUGUAAAUAAAAAUGUAUGAAAGAAAAUCAAGUCUUAUUUAUAAACUCAAACCUGAUUCAUGUAGGUGAAAGUAAAACACUGAGAUCACCAACGUAAGUAUUUGUAUCAAACUAGAGUCAGUGAAGGGCAGUUUUGUCAAUACAGCACUUCCUUUUGACUAACUAGAUGCAGUAAUAACACUCAGCUCUUCUGGUUAAAACUAAAAUACGUUUCUUUUUGAAGUUGUUGUCGUAAAAAGAGGUAAUAAAAAAAAAAGUUGAACAUCAGUCAGAACUACGGAUGGGCGAUAAAUUAUUGUUCAUGAUUUAUCGUCAGAAAGAUCCUCCAUGAUAAAUAUUUGCCAUCUCAUGAUAAAUACGAUAAAUGCAAGUUGAUGACGGAAGCGCAAGUGACGGACUCACAGCCAUAGCUCACACAAAGCAGAAUAACAAACAAACAUGGCUGAAGAUAAUGAAGAAGAUGUUUCUGAGCAGCUCGUUUGCUGAACGAGGCUCAACAUGUGGGAUUUCCUUCAAGAUUGGGGCUCAGAUGAGUGAAAUCAGUUAUGCCUGACAUUGAACAGAGGAUCUGCUGCUGCUGUUCACUCUGCGCAAUAUGAGUUGAAAAUGUUUUCACAUUUGAGACUUGUUUGGUGUCAUUAGUUUUCUCUAUAACCUACCACUCAAACUUGUGGUUGAGUAUCUUAUUUGCCUAAUCCAACUGUGGUUUUUCAAAACAAAAUGAGUCAAAAAUUUAGAUUGGAAAUAAAAUAUUUUUUAUCAGGAUUUUUAUCAUUAUAGUCAGAAUGGCAAAUCUUAUUGUGAUGAUUUUUUUAGUCCAUAUCGCCCAUCCCUAGUCAGAACCUAUUUGCCCUCUCUGGUUAUCUUCAUAUUCAGUCAUCGUCCUUCUAGUCUGCCAGGACACGAGCCUGCCUGCUGUGGCACACAUUUUGAUUUUCUAUUUUUAAAGUGUGAGGUUAAGCUUAAGUCAGAUUGACUUUUUCAACUUUGUCUCACAAAGGACUGGAUAUGAAUUAUUACCUGCUGUUACUGUUUCCUCCCCGGUGUCUUCAUGGUGUUGCAGACUCAGGCAACACUCAUUAAAAUUACAUCACCUAAAUGAGAGCAUGCAGCUUCAAAUCGGAGUGGUGUUACACAACUAGGGAAUGGUUGCUGCGUUGCAUACGUGUUUUGGUUCAAGCAUGUGACUAUUGGGAGGAUGCAGGAUGAGUCAGAGGAAAUGAGUGCCAGUGUGUGUGUAUAAGCUUUUUCAUCUUGCUCAUUUUUGUUUUUAUUAAAACAGAGACACAUGCAAUCUUUUAGUCGGAAUACUUUCAAAGGUUGUUUUGAGGCCUCCUCAGCUUCUCCUGAACGGAGAAGUCAAGAGUUGCGUGAAGCUUGCACACUUUGUGAAGCAGAUUGAAAGCUGCUUUCACCUGUGUCUUUCUUUUUCUUAUUUUGUGCUUGGAUUUGGAUCAUUUCAGAGUGGUUAGUCAUUGAAAAACAGAUUUAAAAGCACUGCCUUGAAUAUACUUGUACUGAUGUAUAGUUCUCUCUCUUUUUUUUCAUCAGGAUUGGCAGCAGAAGCUCUGUCCCUCUGAAGACAUCUGUGGCAUGAUACCAGGCUGUUUACAUCUAUCCUUCAUCACCUCUCACCUCUCCCUGGUCAGGGACUCUCAUCUCAGCUCCACCGCAUUGAUGAGGUAACGUCAAGCAGCACCCACCUGCACAGAUACCUUCCUCUCCUCCCCUUUUUCCUCCCCCAACCCCUCCCAUCUCAGCCAUGGGACAGAAGAUCUCCAGUGGCAUCAAAUCUGUAGACAGUCGCGGGGAAACUGGCGGCUCCCCGUCAUACCGGCCCUUGGCUCACAGGCGGCAGCACCCAGAACUUAGGGACCCUGAUUUCUCCAAACCUCCCCGGCUGGACCUCUUGCUGGACAUGCCUUGUUCAGGACCGGAGACCCAGCUCCGACACGCAUGGAACCCUGAUGACCGCUCGCUCAACAUCUUCAUCAAAGAGGAAGAUAAAUUGACAUUUCAUCGCCAUCCGGUUGCUCAGAGCACGGACUGCAUCCGGGGGCGAGUUGGAUACACGCGGGGUCUUCAUGUGUGGAGGAUCCACUGGCCUUCCAGACAGCGUGGCACCCAUGCUGUGGUUGGAGUCGCAACUUCUGAGGCUCCUUUACAUUCAGUGGGGUACACAGCGUUAGUGGGGUCAGACUGUGAGUCCUGGGGCUGGGAUCUGGGACGUAAUAGACUCUACCAUGAUAGUAAAAACAGGGCGCACAGCUCGCUGCCCACGUACCCGUGUUUCUUAGAGCCGGAGGAAUCAUUUACCCUGCCGGACUCGCUCUUAGUGAUUCUGGACAUGGAUGAGGGGACGCUGAGCUUUAUGGUGGAUGGACAGUAUCUCGGAGUGGCUUUUAGAGGACUGAAGGGCAAGAAGCUGUACCCCAUCGUCAGCGCUGUGUGGGGACAUUGUGAGAUCUCCAUGAAGUACAUCAACGGCUUGGAUCGUAAGUACCAUAUGUUACUCUUACAAUGACAUUUGAGCAUCGUCAAAGGGGAUACUCAUGGUGCAUCUUUGAUGAUUCUUAUGUGCUUGAGUCUGCAAAUAUGAAGAAAAGAGCAGCAGAUUUUUCCCCCCUUGUAACAAAAAAAAUGUGUCAGCUAAAAAGCUUGAGAAAAGUCUGAGCUGUGGGUCACUGGCUGCUAUAACCAUCAACAGUGGUGGCUUUGGGUAUGGUGAACUUGCAGUUUGUUAUGCAAGUUAGAAAAAUCCACACCUUCAGCAAUAUUGAAGGCCAACCCUCUGUUUUUGGAGGAAAAUGUGACUCAGUAGUUAAGCUGCUAAUCAUGUGUCACCAUCUAAUAGCAGGCAUUAGUAUUUACAGGUCCGUUUUUACUGGGCCAUUUCUUAAGUUCAACCUGAACAGUAAAAUUUAGAAAAUGAGUAUUUGUUCUCACGAAUUCAGAUUCUCUGCUUAGUUAGUUGAGAAUACAAAUAUGUUUCUUUCAGAUGUUUUGGUUUCUCUGGUGGAUGUUAUUGGAGGCAUUGCUCUCCCAUGGGAAAAGGACAGGUUUUUUCAUGGUAAUACCUUAUAUCUGUUUGGAGUGAAGCACCUUUUAGAGCACCAACAGGGACUUUUUGGCUGUAAAGUUCUUGUUUUGGGUUGCUAUUAUGUCUGGAAGAGUUCGCUCUGCACUAAAUUUAUCCUAACUGAAGCAACACUUCACAAACAGGUAAAGAGGUUGUUGUGUCUGUGCUUAACAGCUGUGUUUUUGAGUGAUAUAAGAGAGAGAGAUGAGCUGGCUCAGGUGUUUGAAUAUGGUAUGUUUUGUUCCCCAGAGGCUCUGCCUCCCGUUUGACUCCCACUGUCUGUCUCCAUGUUUGAGUUAUAUGAGAGGAGAGACAGGCUUUCACUCCUCAUCACAGUCUAAACAGUGACUCUUUGAACUGCCUGUUUGAAGAGCUCUUAGAUACACAUCAUAAACACCUACACACUUGGAUACACACACACACACACUAUCCAGGAAGUGAAAGUGUGUUAUGAAAACAUGCUUAUGAUCCGACUCCAGCCGCCCCCCUAUGCACACCUCCCAGGUCUUGUUUGAUGUUACAACAGGGUGUGUUUUUGCCCGUCGAGUUGCUGAAAGCUGACAGCAAACCGUUUCUCUCUGUAGUUUGUCACAUCUGAUUUGGUUUUUUAUUUUCCCAGCCCUCCCAAAUUCCAUAAAUUUUCUUGAAGUUUUCUGGUCAAAGGGUUGAGAUGACUUCAGGUGCCUGUUUUCUACUGGUUAUAAAGAGGUCACCAGCCUCAUCGUGGCUGUAAACAGGAUGUUUCGGUGUGGUCAAAUAGAAUAUGUAUCAGAGACAAACACAAAGUACUUGGCUGAACGUUAAGCCUUGAAUUUCUUAACCUCCACUUUAAGUCCUGCCUCACUGUUUGUGUGAUGUCUGGUAAUCUCUCACAUUCAGGCUUAGUUCAAAGUACAUACUUUGACUGUUGAAAGCACCUAGCUUCAGCCGUUUCCUAUUUAUGGAGCCAUCUGCUGGAUUUCAUGGCAAAUUCAUGCGUGUGAUGGGCCAUCUAGGAGAAUAUGCAGAAUAUCAAGUCUAUUCAAAGACCUCACUUCUACAAGCACAUGCUGUGAAAUGAAGUUUGACUGUAGCAAAUGUGCACAGCUUAAUGUAGGGAGGAGAGUGAAGGUUGAAAGGCUCAUCCUGCUAGGUGUGUCAUAUGGGAUUGGAAAAGAUGGAGUGGGUGGAGAAAGGCCACUAGCAGGGGGUAAUCAGGGGUGUGUUCAGACUGUUUUGGCUUGGGUGGCCCACCUAGGGCACUGAGUUAUGCAGGGGUGGCAUGAAAUAUGUCUGCACACACAAAUGAAUAUAAAUGUGUAGGAGUUUGCAUUCAUAUUUUGGAUAGACUGAGUCCUCUCCUGGCCAAGUACUUGAAUUAUGAAACAGCAGGGUUAUGUAUUUUUCUGUGCUUCAAAGAGCCAACAAAAACAACCGUGUAACACCUGACACGAAAAAAUACACAAGUCCUGCUUCUGACUAAACAAAUAACCCAACACAGUAAAAAAAAGUUUUUGGUGACCCCAGAGGUGGCCAAUCAGACCCUGAGGAGGGCCCAUCUAGACAUGCACUGAUCCAUUUUUUUCCAUCCAAUCCGAUACCGAUACCUGGGCUGAGUGUUUAGGCCGAUAUCUGACACUGAUCCAAUACUACUAUUGAAUGAAUGAACUGUAUACCUUGCCCUGUGAGGCAUCAGACUUUAAAUUAGCCUUGUUAAUACAAAAGUAAAUAUAAAUUUACUUAAUGUUAUUUAUUAACAAAUAACAAAUUGCUUAUUAGCACACAUCAAAAAGAAGUAAGACUUCCAUGGAAAAAUUUAGUGCAAUAUAGAUAGACAUACAUAGAAUAUAGAGCGAACAGAAUCGCUGUGUUGCUGUGUUUGAUAUUAAUUAAAAGAAAAAAAUAUGGAUCGGAACACUGGAUCGGCGUCAUUCAUCAGAUAUCCGAUCCAGUUAAUUUGUCAAUAUCGGAGCUGUUAUCCAAUCCAAAUGUCGGAUCAGUGCAUCCCUAGGCCCAUCCAACCUCUGGCUAACUAUCUGCUGAGGUUCAGCAUUUGCAUCAUGAUGACGGCCAUCACUGAGCUUUAGAUACCAUUAGUGAUGCCUCUGAUGCUGUGUCCAUGUUUUUUAAUCAAAGCGUCUCCAGAAGUUCUUUCUCUUUUCUUUUACAUUAAGAUGACAUCUCUCUCCUCGCACGUUGUUCAAAGGAAUCUUUCAAAGGAAAUUUCAGUGGAUGAACUCAAAGUGAAUAAUUACUUCUCAUAGAUUGGUGAUACAUGACUCACUGGGAUAGAGUUGAUGAAAUACUGAAGCUGCCUGGUGAGCUGAUUACUUCACAAUCACAAGCUGUGGGCAUAGUGCGUUAAACAGUCAUUAAGCUUUCUCUCAUGUUUAGUUUAUUUACUCCAUAACUCUUGGAUUGUGUUAUUUUUUGUUGGUAGCAGAAUCAAUAAAAAUGUCCACCCCUGUAAAUGGUGGUGGUGCAGGGACUCAUAGUUAUAGAUUUAGCUGUAACCGUGCCAGCAAGCUAUCAGCACAAUAUAGUCUUAAAAGCUACAUCAGCUCCCUCAUGUUCUGUAUGUUUUUCUUGUACUAAGCUAUUUUGUCUCCCUGUAUUCAUUGAACUAUAAAACAUAAGAUUCAGCGAAGGUUUUUGUUGUUGCUGAGCGAACCACAUUAGAUUUCUGUAGGUCACAGAGUUUAUUCAAAAGACGAAGGUCUAUUUCUCUUAUUACUCUUUGAAAACUAUUUCUUUUUGUUUUUUUUAAGUCCCUUUUAUUCAUGAUAAAGAAUGAGCAAUUGAGAGUCAAUGGUAAAACAGGUCAUAAGCUACCUUACUUUGGCUUGAAGCUACCUCUAAAAGUCAGACUCGCUGUCCUUCAGUCCUUGAUAUUCAUUUUCAGACCAGGCUCUGAUCCUGUGUCUUGAAAUCUGAUUCUGAAAGAGGUUUCUUUUUACACAACUUUGCCCUCUUAAACUCAUAAAUAUAGGUAAUCAAAUCAUCUGUUUGUCUGCACAGACAGGCGAAACAAAGGGUUACUCAAGAGUUGGGCCACAGGUAGGGGAAAUCCACUCAGACUACCAAAUCCAAAACAAUAGUUCUGGUUUCUCUUUUCCAUUCAGACACAACCGCACUCAUAACUCUGAGUUCUUUUUGGGUUAUUAGUGCCACAGUCUUUGCUCUGAAUGUGAAACAAAGACCACAAUGAGAAGUCAUAUCCCAGGAUUUCAUUCAGAGGUGGAGCAAACAGCCUCAGGGAGCUGCUGUCUUUGUUUCAGAGGUUACAAACAGGAUAUGAUUACAGCCUUUGUAGCAGCUUCAUUCAAUAUCACUCCUGAGUUGAAUCAGUUUUUCUGCCCUUCAGAUGACUGGGAUAGUAAGGAUGAGAUCAUAAUUACUGUCUGUCUGUGGGAGGAAAACCUUCAGUGUGUGGUCAGCCAGACAACAGACAUGGUGUUAUAGCAUACCUAUCAUACUGCCUCCUCACUUCAAAUUGUUUUAUGAAUCAUUUUCAGUACUUGUGUGAGUUUUAACUUCAAUACAACUGACAUAUAAUUAUCAUCGGUGCAUUAAAGAGUGUGUCUGCUCAUGAAAAUCCUCUUCGCAGCUGUGUAAUGACUGAAAUCCAACAAGUGUUCCCAUGAGAGCCAAAGAUCGGAUUGUUUGUGAAUUACUGUUGUGAUGGGAAACAACACGACUGCAGGGCAUCAAAAAGAGAUUUGCAGAAGUGGCGUCUGCUCGCCACAAACUGUUUGUUUUUCUCAUCACUCCGUGACUCAGACCUCGCUGCAUCAUGAGCCAUCAGUUGAUCAUCAGUUUGCUCCACCUGAGAUCACUAUUUGCGUUUCUGCAGUAAAACCUCAGAGACAUAAAUCCAACACAGCUCCAGACUGAUGGUUGUUUUUAAGCUCAGAUAAAGCAAUCAGGGCAGGGUAAGUGUGUGUAAUAUAAGCUUUAUUGCACAGAAAUGCUGAGCCAGGCUUUAACUGCAUUAUCCUGUAAAUGUGAUGUAAAUUAUUCAUCCUCCUAGCACUCUGACUUCAGAGAGUAUCUCCUCCCUUCGCAUGAGAGAUGAACAGACCUCUAUCUCUGAUAUGUAUAUUCAUUAAAGUGUAUAAAACUAUAUGUGUAAAUUAUUUUCUACCUUGAAGCACACUCUUCUGUCAAAUAUUAGUGUGCUUUACCCCCCAAACACUCUCACGCAAACAUAUAAAGCUUUGUAUUCUCUCUCGUCCUGUCCCUUUAAUUGCAGCAAUUAGCAGCACUUUGAUUCACUACAAUGGGAGCUGUCUUUAGCUUCAAAUUUAAUGUGCCCCUGCCUCCUUCUUUUUCUCCUUUUUGUCCUCUUCUCUCAACGUGAAAUAAUCACUCUGACGCCACAAAAUCCUGCAGUUCAAUGUGGCUUCUUUAUCAGGUAAUGUACAGACUUCAAAUUCAGACGUCUUUGAACCACGACAAGCCACAUCCUCAGCUGAAAACCCAAAUGAAGAUGUUUCAUUUCAGUAGGAAGACAAAAAAACCUCAAAAUCAACACCUAACUUUGGUUCAUACCAGCAAAAAAAAAAGAGUUCAUGCCCCUGUUGUGAUAUGAUUCAGCAGCACAAACCAGCGGUGUGUCUGUCAGAGAUGCAUAGCAAGGAGAUAACAAGACAGGAACAGGACUAGCUCAAAAGAGGAAAGAUCUGUGAAAAAUAUGAGGGAGAAAGUGAUGAAAUUGUAGCAAAAAAAGCAGAGAGAAGAGUUGCAACUGUGAGGAGCAAAAAAAAGGAGUUCAAGACCUGCUUAGAUUUAAAGUAGCACAGAGUGUACAGUAGUUUUAUAAGGAGAAAAACAGAGUACUUAAUCGGGGAGGAGGAGAUACGGAAAGCGAGCAGAGCCGAGGAGCAGUUGUGUGGGAUGAUGACUAAUAAUCUUCCUGAGCUGACUUGUGAUAAAAACGAUCACAUUUCAAAGGAGUUUCAAGACGUCAUUGUAUCACACUCAAAACUUUGCAUCAUCACUUUGUCUAUUUUAACUCCACAGUGUGAGAGAUGAGUCACUUAGAGAAACCUGCAGUAGACUUCCUCUUCAAAUGGAAGAAAUGUGCGGAUACAAACAUUGACACUGGUCUUUUUGUUGGCAGAGAGAAUUCAUACUUCAUAGUUAAAAUCACAAUCACAGGCUUAUUCUGGCGUCACAUUCCUGCAGUCCGUCUAUUAACGGCUACCCACUGCUUGUUUGUUUAAGCUCCCUGAUACUCUGACCUCCUUCCUUUUGCUGCUCUUCAGUCUUAGCUCAGAAACUUAACACCACCCACCCACAUUGCUACUGCAUGCACCAAAGUCAGAGACAAGCUACAUCCAUGCAAGAGCAGCUAGUUUACAUGAAACCCAAAGUACCUGAGGGGGUCACAUUCAGUGUAAAGCCUUGGUCCAAUCAGAUAUGGCCAAUUUGUAAUUCCAACAUGGAUUGUUUGCCGACACAGCAGAUAUGCUGUGGUAACAUGAUAUCUCAACAUGACAUGUUACAUGAUGUGUAAAAUGAACAGUGUCAGGCUGAUCCUUGACGAAGAAUGUCUCCAUACCAAAUUGUCUUCUCCUUCGUCUCCCUUUUUUUUUCUUGUCCUACUUCUUCUUCUUCUUUCUUUUUUUUUUUUUUUCUUCUUCUUCUUCUUCUUCGGCCCAAUCCUAAACCGCCCCCUACACACUCGCCCUUCACUACCGAGUGUCACUCCUAAUGAAGUUACACUCACAGCUGUGGAGUGCACCUCAAUUUAAAUGGGAGGGUAUAAACAAGACAGGCGGGUAUGGGACGCCCUCCUCAGUCCACCAGAAAACGGAAAGAUUCAUCGCCAUAGUGACACAAAGACGCGUCCUGUGCAAGGCAGCAUUUAUUUUCUUAGUAAAUGGACAUCAUGUACAGUUCUGAGCCACACUGCACUGAGCUGCCUCGUUUCUUCAUCCUCUCAGUGAAAUCAUAAAUCCAGUAACUAUUAGAGUGACAGCAGCUACAUUAUACUUCCGAUUGUUAGUGAUUCCACACGUCUUUGAACCCCUUUACUAUUUGAGAUGUGCCUGCAAAAUCAAAUCAAACCUCAGCACAGAGUAAGAUUUCCAACUUCCAUUUGAUCUUUCCAAACCACGUCUUUUUUGAUUUUUUUUUGUCAGGAAGACAAAGGUGGACACAUACGGAACUUAUAUUUCUACGUUGUUUCCCCCUCCUCCAUUUUUGCCGGCGCACUACCUGCAAAUCCUGCCGUAAGUGUGCAUCGGUACAGACUCGCUAUUGAAGGGCUGGACAGUCCACUCGCCCUCCGCACUCUGUGGUUUGGGACUGCGGGGACGCGCAAACGGAGGGAGAUUGUGUAGGGCGAGUGUGUAGGGGGCGGUUUGGGAUUUGGUCUUCUUCUUCUUCUUCUUCUUCUUCUUCUUCUUCUUCUUCUUCUUCUUCUUCUUCUUCUUCUUCUUCUUCUUCUUCUUCUUCUUCUUCUUCUUCUUCUUCUUCUUCUUCUUCUUCUUCUUCUUCUUCUUCUUCUUCUUCUUCUUCUUCUUCUUCUUCUUCUUCUUCUUCUUCUUCUUCUUCUUCUUCUUCUUCUUCUUCUUCUUCUUCUUCUUCUUCUUCUUCUUCUUCUUCUUCUUCUUCUUCUUUUCUUGUUCUUCUUCUUCUUCUUCUUCUUCUUCUUCUUCUUCUUCUUCUUCUUCUUCUUCUUCUUCUUCUUCUUCUUUUCUUCUUCUUCUUCUUCUUCUUCUUCUUCUUCUUCUUCUUCUUCUUCUUCUUCUUCUUCUUCUUCUCUUGUUCUUGUUCUUGUUCUUCUUGUUCUUCUUCUUUUCUUUUUCUUCUUCUUCUUCUUCUUUUUUCUUCUUCUUCUUCUUCUUCUUCUUCUUCUUCUUCUUCUUCUUCUUCUUCUUCUUCUUCUUCUCUCUUCUUCUUCUUCUUCUUCUUCUUCUUCAGAUUCUUUAUUAAAGGUUGUGUCUGAUUAUGGAUGUUUUCUGAGGGUUUUCAUGACCUUUUUGCUAGUUGUACUUCCGACUGUCAGGAUACCAAAUUUUCACCUCAGUAUCAUAGUCAUAACAUAUCACAAUUGUAAUAAGAGUCUGAUAUAGAAAUUCUGAAAUGAAACAAGCAAUCAAAAUGAGGAAGGUCAAUACAAGACAACUUUUGAACUUCAGCAAGUCGUCUUGACCACGUCGACAUGCCUUAAUGCUUUGAGUCGCUGCCAUGGGAUUAACUGAUUAGCUAUUUGCGUUAACAAACAAUUGAACAGGUGUACCUAAUACAGUGGCUGGUGGGUAUAGAUCAACCUGUGUGACCCAUCUUUGGGAAAACUCUUGUCUGACAUAAUGAUCCAAAGUUUAUCUCAGAUUAUCUACAGAUAUGAGUCAUCUCAAAUCCAGACUGUCAUCAUGUUUAGAUGACAACAAGAAAAAAGAAAUCUUUCUCUUGGAUCCUUUUUAUAAAUGUUUGCUGCUUCCUCCCCUAAAGGUCAGGUUUACCCUCUUGGCCCUCUUCUUUUUUCACUCUGCCCUGUGACACAUUUGUUUGUCACUCUUUGAAUAAUAAAUCUUCCUGCUGGAUGCAGUGACUUAUCUUUCCAGUCAAAGGCUGGUUUUUCAGCACGCUAGCACUCAAAGCCUCUCACUAUCUGCUAGCUGAGUGAAAUGUGGGUCAGUGGGUUAUUGCUUUAGCUUUAACUGAACUGUUUGCUGCAGGCUUAAUGGUGUGCAUGCUGUUUUUUCUGGUCUUCUGAUCCGUCUCUCUGCCUCUACUUCUUACUUUCAGAUCUGCAUGUUUGUCCCUGUGUUUCCUGUUUUGCCUUAAGUGUUCCCUGCUUUACAUUGAGGCGAGACAUCAGGAGCUUCUUGGCAGAUCUCGCCAAUCAUGCAGACACACGAAGACAUUCAGUGGUGGUUUUCUAAUCUAGCAUUUAUUUUAAAGCCUCUUAGCUAAACAUUUUGUGCAGUUAAUUCCAGGUUUGAUUGGUGAUAUAUUUAAUAAACUUGUGCUUUGGGGUCUCUAAAGCCAAGUAAGCUAGUUGUGUUAUCACCUGCUCUGUAAACCUCACAAAAGUGCCUACACAGUUUCCUAAUGGCCAUCUUGGUGAAACAAGAAUAAACAUAUUCUCAGAGUUUAAAGUCCUUUUGUCAAGUAUGACUUUAUCGUUGGAGCCAUGUUUUGUCUCCUUGCUCUUGUAGACACUCGAACAAAAGUAUCUUAUGCAACUGUGUUAGAAGGUUUUUUACCAAAGAAAAUGCUCUGAUCUGUGGAUAGAAGUGUCUGUGUUUCUCUCUUCAUCCUACACUCUAAGAUCCAAGUACUCUCGACUACAGCAGGGAACAGCAGUGUCAUAUCAGUGCGCUGGUUAUCAAAUAUUGAACAGCAGAGAUGAAGAGAUGAGAAGGAAAAAGAAGCAAACAAAAAACACACAAAACUCACACGAGACAAAAAAAGGAGAACAGUUGCAGCAGAGAUGUGUGACGUGUGAAAUGGAAAAGUCAAACAGGGAUGCAUGCAUAAAGCAGAAGUUUAAAAAAUGAAAGUCAUGAUGAUAAUAAACAUUUUCAGGAAAGAAUCCUACUGCAGACAAGAGGGUUUAGAAAAAAGUGCAAGUGUGUGAAAAAAAGAGACACAAAGCCAUCACAGAUCAAAGUGUGGCAGCGAGAAUGAAGAGUGACAGACAGGAUAAUAAAAGACAGACAGAGGGGAGACGUCACAGAUGAAGUUGAUGAGAGGUGUUAAGAAUGAGCGAGGUUCAAACUAAAAGUCUUGGCAGGUGACAAGUGUCGGAUCUGAGGAGAUCGAACGAGCUGAUAAGUGAUGAAAAAGAAGAGAGGACAGAGGGGACAUGCUGAUGAAGGGCUGCAGUGAUGGUUUUAACACCUAUAACUAUUAUGGCUACUCAGAACCGAAACUUGGGUCAAUGUGUAGGAGUCCUGGAAAUCAUCGGUAACAGAAGUUAUCACAAGAGGCAGAUUUUGUAGAUUCUGAUUGAUGUCUAUGUAUAUAUAAUCAAAAGGGGAUAACAAGUGAACAUUAGCACACUGAAAGGCAGGUAAGGGACAAAUGUACUAAUGUCAGGUCACCUGAAGUUUGGCAUAUACCUUUUUUUUUCUACUCAUCUUCAUUUUGUAGAGUCAAAAUAGUGAGCCAUACAAACCACUGCAGUUUUUUGUACCAGGCUGUAAUUUUUUUCUCGAUGGCGCCCUUCAUUAAUCUGUUAUUAUCUGGGGGCCAAACAUCUCUGUUUUUAGUCUCUGUUUUUCCCCUCAUUAGUUUCAACACAUUUAACAGCUUUCAGUGGUUAAUGCCAGCUCUUAGGAGCAUUUUGUGGUCUGGGUCAUGUGCACAUGCUCACACUGAUGGGGAAACACAAGCUCUGCAACUUAAUUAAAGUAUUAACAAUGAGUAUGAUUUAAAAAAAAAGUGUUUACCUCCUACUUUAGAAAGAAAAUUGAUUGGUUUACUUUCGGGAAAUUGCAGAAUUGAAUACCCUGGUGACCAAUCAGAAUCAAAUAUCUGUAAUACUUGUUGGAUCAGAACAUGACUAGAAUUUCUAACUUUCGAUGCACAUUUGUAGAGAAAUUUUUCGAAAUUAGUUUCAUACAAUGAUGUGAAAAUUAUAAUACAACUAGUUUGUAAUGUGGUGUUUGUAUGUCUUUGUUGUUUUUCUACCUAUUACAGUUCUCUAAAGACUUGCUCCUCUAGCACUGGUACAUAUUCUCCAAAAUUAUGAUGAGGUGUCCACCUCCCAAAUGAAGGGAGAGAUCUGUGUUCUGGUACUUAAAGCUCCUUUGAGGAUAUUAAGGUUUGUUGCAGUGUUAGCACCCCCUGUGGACAUAACAGUCUCUGCUUACUCUGUCUCUCUUAUGUGGAAAUAAAACUGGGUUGUUUCUUGAGCUUCUCAGCUAACACCUACCCGCUCGCUCCAGUUUCAAACAUUAAAAAUGUGGAUAUAAAAAUUGGUCAAACUUGUUUGCGAUGGCCUUGUUUACUUUUUGAUAGCAUAACAGUGAAUUAAUAUUAAUUUAGUCUAUUUCAUAAAAGUGAAAAAGUCCUCACAGGAGCUUUAAGGGUCAUUGUAAUAUUGUUAAUUUUCAUUUUGUUGUUUCCUGAAAUAAGUGACUGUUGUAUUUUCUGACCCUAAGUCUUAUUCUCUCUAGCAUGGUGCGAUACAGUACUGUUGUCAUACUGACUCCAUGAUAGUCUCUCUGUGUGUUAUCAAUAUCAGCAGAAAUUCUUAAAAAUUCAGUAUCUUCACCUCCCUCAGACAAACCCCUCUGAUACAGCAGGCUGAGAAGAUGGUGUUUAAAUGAUGUGCCACAGGCUAUCACCACAACAGAUGAUAUCAUCAUUUUGUAUUUAUUUCUCUGCAGUAGUCUUUGUAUGAAGACGGUUGGAAAAAGGAUUUGUUUCUGUAAAUGUAAAGCUAGAAAAUAUUGGCGUUUUGGAUAUUGUUUCAAACUUCUUGCAGUGUAGCAAACAUUAUAGUUACAGAUUUGUCUAUAAAACACUUCAUAUAGUGAAUUCCAACUUUAUCCUAAUCUCACAAAUGUGUUCGGAUUGUUCUAUGUUGAUAAGAUUUAAAAUGCAGUGCUGCUGUUUUGAGGUAUUCACACUAACAGAGGAUACAUUUUGCUGCAAAAAGUCAGUCCAGAGUCAGUAUUACCUGUCACAUCUCUCAGACAUAAUGUAUGCAAAGACAAUUACAGUUCAUAAAAUAUUUCAAAUACAACAAAAUCAAACACUUCCUUUGCAACAGCUGAGCUCCUCAGAUGUAUUUUGUGUGUUUUUGUUUGUCUCUCCAUACAAACUCUUUUCUCUAACUCUCAGGGGAGUCCAUGUGCAAAACUGUUUGUUUUCUGCCAGGCUGCCAGCCAACAACAAGCUAUUGACAGGCACAUUUAGUUUAGCUUAGUACCAACUGUCAAGUGAAUUUUUUUUUUACCCAAGAUUGUUGAAUUUUGAGCAGAAAGUAAAAAAUUUCAUAACACACUCAUAUGAAAACAAUAUUCAUACACAACAUAAUUUCAUUCACUUAUUUUUGCUGACUUUUCAUUGAGCCUCUAAUCUUUAAUUCAUAUUGAGGCACUUGCAGCAAACCUGGGACACAGAGAGGCAGAAAGGAGGAAGUGUGUAAAAUGAUGAAGCAGAUGGAAGAGCAAUAACUGAUGGAAUAGAUGAGACUCCAGAGGAGGGUCAGAGGUGUAAAAAUGGACUAAAGAGCCACAGUGGGAGAAGAAAACAGUGAGAAAGACUGAAUGCUGAUGCUUCUCUGGGAGAAGUCACAUACCUGUGGGAGCUGAGCAGUUUACACUCCACUGGUGAACCACCAGCGUGCGUGUUAGAGCCCAGGGAGAUUAGUCCAAUCAGUUUUGUGUAUAACAGAAAUGGCAGAGAGGAGAAACCAACUGACUUACAACAGAAAGGAAAAUCAGGGUGAUUUCACACAUGAUUAUCUCCCAAUUUAUCGUGUUCUACUGUCGGGACCAAUCCUUAUCUUCGCAUCUCUCCCCCAGUUUGUGGUAUGUGUGUGUGUGAGUGUGUGUGCUAAAUACUCAGUGAGAGAGCAUCUAUUCAGACAUAACUAUUAGAAGAAGGAUAUGCUUUACUAUUAAAAAAAAAACAAAAAACUAAACUGUUGUGUAAUAUUCGGGAGCAGACCUGUCUGCAAGAGACUCAUUUGAAUCCAAUUAACAUCCAGAAAUACACUUUAAACAAUAAAAGCCUUUGAUGCUUCAGUUUUGCCUCACAGCAAUCACAGAUUCAGAGAAAUUUAUGCAAAAACAAAAGCGCCUAAAAGCUGGAAUCAGUAAUAAAAGCUUAGCUGUUGCCUUUUUUUUUUUCUUUUAACAAAGUCAUAAAUCCCCCAUGUAACACCAACACUGGCUAGACUGUGUUUGUGUAAUCAGAUGGGACAAAAGUGAGAUGAAUAUUCAGUGAACGUACGUUCAGUAUGCUCUAAUAGCAUGGAUUUGAUAAAAGUGACAAUUUUACCAAAGCGUCAAAUGAUUAUCAGACUGAAACAAACAGCAAAAUAAACACAGAAAAACAGGUGAUUAAUAGUUUUAUGUACAUGAAAGUGAAUGAAAGUUCAUUUUGUAGUGUGUGUGUGAAAGAUUGUUACAAGGUGCUGUUACGUGUCUUUAAGGUUGAUGUUGUUUCAGUGUCUCUGUGUGUUUGUUUUGUGUUGAGCGUGGGUGUGUGCAUGUGCGUGUGUUACCUUCACCUGUCCAACAUGCACUGGAGAAAACACGGUGAACAUGGCGGGUUUUCCUCGCAGAGUAAAUCCAAAAUCCAAAACAAAACUCAAUUACAAGAUCGUCCUCAAGUGUCUGUGACCUUUCAUUUGGAGCGCCUUUUGUUCAAUGCUUAAAUACACAUGCACACUUUCCGACACACAUGCACACACACACAUGCAGGUCCAGUAUCAUUAACAAGGUGAUCCAAUCACGCUCCAUCUCUGUCAUGAAUGAGAACAGUAAUGAAUGAGAGCAAGAUAAUCCUCCCCGAUCUAUGCCUCCUUGGGUCUUUGUCCAGGAAGCUGUUUGCUCAGACGCUCAUCAACACUUCAAUUUGGCCCCUGACAUUUCCAAUUCUCUGACACGCUGCUUUCCUUUGUGUGCUCACAGAUUUAGUUCUAUUUUAAGGUCCCUCAGCCUGCUCUCCCUCUCUUAAGCUUUCUUUUGUCCGGUAGGGCAAACUCUUGCAAUUAAUUCAACUGUAACUCCAUUUAUCAGUUCCCUGAAUCUGAAGUGUCUUUAGAUUUAUCGCUGUGAUGUUUACGCUGUUAGAGUUCAGUGAAAGCUACCUGUAGCUUGUAGACUCUGUAUAGAAACACUCCACUGUCCGUGCACUUACGCUGAGUUCUAUUCACCUGCUGCUGUUGUGAAGUUAUGUCGCUGCCAUGGCAACUCUUCUUAAUGUUUACUAUUAGCACGUCUCUGUGAGCAUGAUGUCAUGACUGGAGUCAGGUGAAAGGGUUGGCCCUGGUACUUAGAAAUCCUGAGGAGAAACAAGGAUGUUGUGAAAUGUGUCCAUUCAAACUUCCCCUCGACUUUUGAUCACCGAGAGUUGGUGCUUGAUCAUUCAUGGCAUUUUUUUUAAAUCACAGUUUCCCACAUUCCCCAAUAGAGUGGUCCUCUACUUUCUGUAGCUCUACAAAAAAGUUUCAACCUUUUUAAUUUAUACACAGUAAGUUUGUCUGUGUUAGUGUGCACCAAAGACACCAUGUUACUUAGUACAAUUAGAUUUUGGCAGGUAAAAACAGACACAUCUUUAUAAAACAAUGAUGAUUUUUCUUAACCUUGUGUUUUUUGAUUGUGCCUCAGUCCAGGGGUGUGCCUAGACUGUUUUGUAUGGGGAGGCUGUAAUGGGGUACCAUCAUCUAAUGCAGAGGGUUUAUGAAGUUAUACAGCCCUAAAUCUUCCAGGCUUACAUUUUGAAAUGCUCAAAAAGUAGUUAAGAUGAUUUAAAGAGGCAUAAUAGUUGAUUUUAACACAAGUUUUGUCUCUGAUUAGGUAAAUUAAUAAUUCUUAUAAAGGAUUAUUAAAAUUAAAAAAGGGAUUUUGGGGUGGCCAUUUGGUUUUCAGGGGGGGCCCAUGUAUCCCCUGUCCCUUCUCACACCUCUGUCUUUCUCCCAACUUUUAACUGUUUUUUUUGACUGUUUGUAAGUGUACCUAAAGGUACGUCAAGUAUGUUGAUCAUUAUCAAGUAUCUAACUACGGUGGAAGAUGUCCAAAAUUAGGCAAUUAAAGGGAUAUUCCGGCGUAAAAUUAUGUUCGGGUCAAACACACUGUAACACCAAGUUAGACACCCCCUCAAGAGAUGAAUGUUGCCGACCGCUUGCUUCUCUAGUUAUACCAACUUUAGUAAAGACCGCACGAUAGCAAUACACAGCGGUCUCAAGAGCCACACACAAACCUCAACCAAAAAGCCACUCUAUAGCCACAACUAAUGCUCAGAACAGCACCUAACUUCAUCAACAGUACAUAUAGGGUCCCAGCCACAGCACUAGCCACCAAACAUCUUUUUAACUUUGCCUAAUUUCUUUAGCAAAGAGACUAAACACAACUCACCCACUCUCUUCCAGCAGCCGCUUGUUUGUAGCGAGACCUCAGACGAGUCCAUCACCGACUGCAGUGGGGUGACGCAGCUCAAGGAAGAACAUUUAAGACCAUUUCUUUAUUAUUUCCUUGAAGCAAUUAUCAUCAUAUUAAUCAUUUUGCACUGCAUAUGCGGUAGUUCUUCUGCCUUAGCGUCUCGGUCUGAUUGCAUUUCCAUGAAGAAAUGAUCAAUGAGCUAUAGUGUGGUCGUUACUUAAGUUGGCAUAACUAGAGAAGCAAACAGUCGGCAACAUUCAUCUCUUGAGGGGGUGUCUAACUCAGUGUUACGGUGUGUUUGACCCUUAAUUAAUUUUACGCCGGAAUAUCCCUUUAAGUCCAGGUUAUUUUGAAACAUGAUUAUGCUAUUUAAGUUUCUCAAACCUUAAGUAUAUAUGCUACAAACUGCAUAUAUAUGCAAUGGUAGUGUGACCUUUGAUGACUCACACACACCUGCUGCUGUGGAAAUGUAGAUACACCUAAUGAAGACAGGAUGUGAUGCUGAUCUUUCGCUUCAGUGUUUUUCUUGUAAUCGUGAAUACAAUCGAGAAAACCAAACAUCUGUGACUCAUUGUGCAGCUGCUGAACAUUUUCCUCUCACACUGGUUUCUCUGUGUUUUGAAAGCUUAAUAAAUAAGCUUUGUCCUGGCAGGAUUCUUUUGAUACUAAUGUUGUAUAAUUAGUGUCAGUAUUUCUCUGUUUGCUCCUACAGCUGUUGUGUGGAGAUUGGUGACUCUGAGCAGGUCUGGACUUUUCCCUUUUUCACAUUUCCCUCAAAAAUGGCCUGGUCUGGCCUUUUGAUGGAAAACAACAAUGGAGACUUUCUGUUCAGAUCAAAAUAUGACAGUUUCUUUUUGUUUGUCAGUCCUUUCACAACUGAUCAGACCUUUCACAAUUAAUGAAACACAGAGUCACGGUUUUGUUGUUCAUAACUUCCUGUGCUUUUGACCCACAUUAUUGAAACUUAUUGAGAAAUCAGGCAUGGCUGAAGUCACGUUGUUCAGUCACCUCCUGACUCUUUUCAUCACUCUUUUUAUUUCUGAGAGUGUGGACAAAUGAAAUGCUCCAAACUCAUUUUUGUCUGAUUUGAUUCCACCCAUGUACUUGGGCUAAAAUCUAACAUUAAUAUUCAAAAUGAAUUAAUAGAGGUAUAAUUACAUACUUAUGGAAACCAUGACCUGUCACACACUGUAAUGUGAUCGGAUGUUAGAGCCAGUGAACAGCAGGGGGCAAAUGUUGUCUCCAUUUCUUAGUCAACUGCUGCCACUCUCACAAUACUGCUUGUUUUUAAGUAAAGUAAGGUGUUUUUAGCAUGAAAAGAGUUUCUUAAUGUGGAAAACAUUGCAGUGUGAUUUAUCUUUCCUCACAGUCCUGGAUAGAUGUGGCAUCUAUCUGUCACUUUUAAAAAUCUUGUCAUGAAAAAUCUAUUUGUAGGUUGUCUUUAACUACUUUUUGCUAAGGCUGUUUGUAUCACUCUGAUGCAGUUUUACAUUCAAACUCAUCCUUUUUUUCCACUUUUACCUCUAAAGUUUCAGUCACUCUCUUUUUCACUCUGCUGCCCCCUGCAGUGUGUCCGUCCCUCCUGCUGCACGUCCUCUGUUUUUUUCAGUAUAUCACUCUGCCUCUAGUUGUCCUUAAAUUUAUCUCUGUCUCUAUCUAAUUCACACUGGCCCUCUGUCCUCUCAGCCUCUGCUGGGCUGAGUGCCCGGACAGCUACUGUAGCUGCUGCAGACCAGACACACACUGCUGUCCGUCCUCUGUCACAUGCUGACUGCUGGAGAAGAGAAAAGUUGAGCUCAGACUUUCUAAAGAAUAGUGUAGAGUUGUUCAUUGCAGCUGUUCAAGUUGAUAUGAUCAGUCAUUACUCUGCCUUAAAUGCUCUCAUUCGCUGCACGGUGCACUUUGACUUCAUAAAGACUCACUUUUCCACAUGUGCUGAUAGUGACAAAGCCUUAUCAGUGUGCUGUCAUCUGCUGUGUGUGUUUGUGUGUGGUGAAAGUGUCGUAAAGCAAGGACAUAUAGUCAAGAAAGUCAACUUGUAGUGAAUCAUUACAGACAGACUAUGUAUCUACAUUGUAGGUCAUUGUAUAUAUUUAUGAGCCUUGAGGCUGACAAGGUGAGUGACUAAUUGGAGGUAUUUCUUAGAAUUUUUUUUACGGUGUGUUGUAAAACUCUCUCAUCUUACACAAAGAAACACCUCCAACAAAUCAGUCUUUGAACACAUCAGCUGCCCUCUGACAAACAUACAUGCCUCUAAAUAGGAUAACUUUUCAGGAAAGUUGAGUUGAGCUAGAGUUAAAGCUUGAUUAGUUUCUGCUGUCUUCUGCUGUCCUUGGCGAGAAUCGAUUUAUUGAUUAAAGUAUGUCCUCCUCCGCUAUACUACUUGGUGAUGUGGCCUCCUUUUUGACUUAAUGCCUGUGGACCUUGCCCUUGUUGACCUUUCACACACCAAAACAAUCUAAACACGGACCAACUUCGUACUGUUAAAUGUACAGCCUUAAUAACUUCAAUAUAUAUAACAAUAACCUGCAGCUUACACUCCUUCCUUUUCGGUUUAAGCACUUUGUUUGGAUAGUCAUGUCCUUUGCACACACACACUGAAAACAUUCAAAAUGACCGGUUCAUGGUCCGUCCAAAACAAACUCUUUUCCCUCUUUCUCUUUUUAACUCUCAGUGGUCACUGAUUUGAGCCGUAGCUGUUUUUAUGUGAACCUGAAACAACAGUUGAACCUUUGAAACUUCACGGUGGUCUCACAGACCUGGUUUACUGGGUCACUGAGUCACUGGGCCAUGUUGUUGUACAAAACUUGGUUUUUCAAUAGAUGUGGUCAAUGUCCUGUCACAGUGCAUGCUGGGACCAAACCCAACAACAAAGAACUCUAACAUUAACCCAUGUGAAAACAUCAGGGUUAUUGUUUUUAGCUAUUUGGUGCCACAUUUACUGAUGUUUGGUUUUAAAGGGUAAUGCUAAGAAACACUGAGCUGGGGAAAAAAAGAUCCAUUAGCAUUUAGGAAGUUUCUUUUAUUGUCCUUUCAGAGACACACUGAGCCUGCUGCAAAUAUGGCACAGACACACUUAUGACAUUUUAGUAAUGACUGCAGCAAAAAGAUGUUAUAAAACAAAAACUGCAUUAACUUUUACUUAUUUUGUUUAUAUUUCAUUCUGAUUGUAGCGUGCGUUUUCUCUGGAGCUGAAGAGCAAAAGUGAAGUAGUUUUAUUAUUGGGUAGUUGAUUAAUCUGACUUCACUUGGUGGUUAAAUACAGACACUCAGAAACUGGCUGGUAAAUGUUCACUCUGAGAUAACCUCGAGUGAGAAAAGAGCAACAGAAAGAGUGAAGCUGCAUUAGUGUUCAGAUCACUGACCUCUUUUUCAUUGCACUUGUCCCCUGUAAAUAUAUAUUGUAUGUUUUCCAUCUCUCGUGUGAAUAAGAGCAUUUCUUUCAGUCAGAAAAAGCUCAAUGCUCAAAGUUAAAAUCUUUCAGCUUUUAGCCAAGGAUGACUGCGUUAACGGGCUGUCUGUUGUCUCAUAGCAACAGCGGCAGCCAUGACUGAUCCUCCCACAAACAGCUGUUUCAUCACUGCCAGGGAGAUAAAAGGAGCCUCUAAAUCCAGGAGCUAAAGUUGUUUUCAGCUUCAUGUCACAGUUUUCUCUGCACUGUUAGCCUGGUGUUCCUCCUAUUUAACAAGUUUAUUGCUUGAGGCUUUCAUUUUUACAGAGAUAUGUGGACUCCUGACCAGAAGUGAUCUUUGAUAUUGUGACAGACAGCUGGAAAACAAGUUUUUUAAUCCAGCUGAUAUAAACAUUGUGCAAGGCAUAAACAUUUUGUACCCUGUAUGUGUCACAAGUUUGAUCUGUUCUUUCAUGAAGACAUAAAGCUGAUACCUGCACUACUACCCAACCAUGUUCUAGGACAACAAAGCACAAUAAAACUCAUGACAUGAUAUCACAUGACAGUUGAUUCACAGAAACUGUGAGUGUGGAAACCUUAACGAAAAAACUCAUUUAUCAUUCAGUUCAGCUACAAGGAUGGAGGCUAUAUUAAAAAAAAUCAAGUAAAUGCUUCAAUUUUCUUUUUUUCAUCCAAGUUUGACUGGAAACUUUUUCGAGUCCAGAAAUCUCUAAAAUGUCAAAUAUUCUUGAUAUCACAUGAUCACAUCGACAGAAAUGACUUCUUAAAAAUGAUAGAUUAUCCAUCAAUUAGCUGACAUAGUUUUUCAUAACAACGACAUAACAGACUUAAACACUUUAAAAGAGUAAGGCUGUCAGGAAAUGAAUGAAAUUUAUUGUAAUAGGACUCAGAUUGUGUCACUGUUAGAUCAGAUAGAAGUGUUAUACUUAUGGCUCCUGCUAAAGUAACUUCCAAACCUGUGUUUUUAUUCUUGCAGGACAUUUUUGUCAGAUUACGCAGCCUCUGCUGGAGCCUCAAAGUACACUAGGCACCUUUUAUUUUACACUCCUCUAGACCUGUAAACACUUCUCGAUUUGUAAAUUUAUCAGCUACCUUUUUAAUGCUCAAAAACUCAGAGAAUCUCAGCAAAAAACAAACAAACAUUAAACCACAGUAAGUUUUAAAGGAGUAGUUCAGUUUUUUUUAUAAGAUUUGGUUGUGUGAGGUACUUGUCCAUGAGAAUCCUGGUGAACUUGCCCCCUCUUUCUGAAAUAUGGGCCCAAGAACUGGAGCAGCAGCUAGGCCUUCAACCUCGGCAGACUGGGUCAGUCGAACAAUGUAAUUUAGCAAAUAGGUGAGAGAGCACGUGUGUGUUGCAACCACAAAAAGCAAAUAUGCUCAAACAAAUAUUCUUUCACCCUGAUACUAUUGUUGAGCAGUAAAAUUGACCCAGUCUGCAGAGGCUGUGAGCUUCUGAGGUGGUUCUCUGGUUGGUCUCUCAAUAAAGGACAUAAAAUGACACCAUGAGGAGGGUUGAAAGCAGAAAACAAGGUAGUAAAUAUAUAAAGAUGAUAGUAAUAAUAAUAAUGAUAAAAUAAUAACAAAAUAAUAAUGAUAAUAUUAGUAAUGAUAAAAUAGAAUAACAAAAAUUAGCAAGAAAAAAAACAAUAAAAUCAAUAAAAGGCUCAACAGGUUAAAUAAGAAAAGAUUAGUAUAACAAACAUAGAACUCUUAAUGCACAAAAUGUGAAAUAGUUUUUCUUUCUAGCAGAUAGCUGUGGUUGUGUUCAUCCAGGACCACCACAGAGAUAAGAGGUUUUUAAGGCCUUCUUCCACUCAAAAUAGUUAUAUUGACAUAGUUAGACUUGGGCAUCAAACUGUCAUUACUGCACAUGCUAUUUCAAGAUGAGUCUGCAGGCUUUGGUCCCAGCCAAACACACUUGAAAAAAUAUUCAGUGCAAACUCACACGUGCUUAACACUGAUAGCAUCUGGUGAAGUGUUUGGUUGUAAUUAAACCCUUUUAGUUUAUCACUCAGUGUCACAUUUUUGAAGAGGAACAAGAGGACUCUUUCGGUCAAAUUAGAGAGAAAACAGCUUCUUAAACCUAAUGAAUGACGCAGUUAAUGUCACAGAUAUCUGAUGUAGCUGACAAAUGAAUGGAUUUGAAAGUAUUUUAACUAAUAUGAAAACCACUGACCUCAUGCUUUGGAUGUUUGAACCAUUGAGCGAGGCUUUGUUUAAUAACUAUGUAGAGUUUGGACAAAGUGAACCAGUUCCAGUGUGAGGGAUGAAGUUAUUAUUUAAUCUGCUUUUAUGCAUUUGAAAUAGGAUUCUGUGACCUCGAUGGUUACAACACGGCUGACCUUGCAUGGCAUUGUGACUGUGAGCCAGAGAUGAGGAUUAACUGUCUGUGUCAACGGAGAAGGGAGACGGCAAUGCCCCCGAAGCCAACGGAUGAUUUGUUCAGAUGUAAUGAAACGGCUGGUUGGCUGCAGGCCCCUCCAUUCUGCCAUCAAAAAACCUGCGUGAAGCCACAAUGAUUGCCUCAUUUCUGCAGAUUGAAAAAGUAAAAAAAAAUAAAAAAAUAAAAGUAAUCAAAAAUAGAUGUUCUGGUUUAUUACAGUUUAUUUGACAACUUUUUCAACAGUAACAGCUUCUUUUUUAUACAUUUGUGCUGCAUGAGCAAGAAAAUUGAAAUUCAAUCAUCGUAGUUUGACAGAAUAAUGCAGAUUUUCAGGCUCCAUCAGCCGCUUUAGUGUUUUAUAAUGAACUGUACAUAAUUAUGGAGAGAGCAGAGGUUCGGAGUCACAGUGUCUGUCAUUCUUGAUGCAUAACUGCAACAAAAGACAUCCAAUUUAACUCAACUGAUACUCACCAUGCAUCUAACAAUGGAGCCGCAAUGAAGCAGAUGUAGAGUUUGACAUAUAUAAAGGCACUUUAUGUUUAUCACAGUAUUACACAUUUUACAGGGUUAGCAGCACAUGUUUGAAAAGCCUUAAAAACACAACACGACUUUACAAAGUAUAUUUUUAGUUAUUACUGUCUCAUUUGUGCUUAUGAGAAGGUUACUAACUUACAAAUCAUGGUUUGUCAAAAAAAAAGAGAUGUACUGAUGACACAAAGCAGUUUUAUAGCUGGUUAGUUAGUCUCUGUUGGACACAAGCACCUCCUGGAGUCUUGAUGUCAACAUCAGGUUGCCACAUGGAUUAUAUCAUCGGACUGAGUCAUGCCAACUUUUUCACAAGUGAGCCAACAGGCUGUAAUGUCACACUUAUAGUGCCUACUCUGUGUUCUUAAGUGUCAAGCGAACGUGUGCAGUUGUCUCGGUGAAGCAGGUAACAUCAUGACAUCCUCAAGAUUAUCAAAAACGGACUUUUAAACCAUGCAGGAGGAUCUUAAGCUGUUUAUUCAAUUUGACAGCAUGAUGGGAGUUUAUGACGGUCGUUGUGAUCCUGGUUUCUUCAGGCAAGCCUUCUGAUUGGACUAAAGGCUAACCUUUGACCCUCAUUUGACAGAAAAGGAGCAUUGAGUUGUCUGAACCUGUAUCCCACUCUUCCUCCUCACUGCUCAGCUCCACUCUCACCCCCUCAUCUUCAUCCUCCUCUCUCUUCAUCCUCUUCUCCUCCAUCUUCUCUUGCUCUUUCCUCAGGCUGUCUCUCCCUACUUCUUCUUCUGACCUUUGCUCCUUGUUGAUCUUUGUUUCUGCUGUUUGAUUUCUCUUCUUGAUUUCCACAUCUGUCCCCGCCCUCAGUAGAGCUCUCAGUUUCAGCUCUCUGCGGCACCACUCCUCCUCCAUCCUCUGGUACAUGUGAAGGGAGAAGUGCCAUCCUCCGUUCUCUUGCAGCAGGUCCUCCACUUUACCCAGCAGCUCUCUCACCUGUUCCUGCUGUCCAAGCUUCCUCCCUUCUGCCUCACCCUCUCUGCUCUUUCUCUUCCCACCUUUGUCAUUUUUCACCUCCUGUUGCCUUCUCUCUUGCUUGGCAGUCGCCGUCUUGUUGUCAAACACGUGGUACCUGUAGCGACAUUUCUCCAUCAGCCACUGUAAAGCGGGGCCUCCUGACCGGAUGUGUUCCUCAGCACUCAGCCCUCUACUUCCAAGUAGAUCUCCACAUGUGAACAACACCAUCGUGUGUCUCCAGACUGACGGGGUCAACAUCUCCAUCCUCCUCUCUAGUGCCCUCCUCUCGGGCUCAGUGAAGUCCAGCAGAGGGAUCACUAAGAGUAUAACAUGAGGACCUCCAGGUCCACAGAGAGACAAAGAGUGCAUCAGUCCAAUUUUCUCCUCUCGGGGCACAAACUCCUCAGAUGAGCUCCAUCCUUGGGAAUCCACAACAGUGACAUGACGUCCAGCAACAAUAGCACUGGCAGCUGUGUUGGCCCCGCCCCCUCUAGUGUUAAAAACCUGCCCCUGGCCCAGCAGGGUGUUACCGGUAGAGCUUUUACCGGUCCUGGAGUGGCCGACCAGCAGAAUAUUCAAAUCACGUGGAGCUAAAUGAAAAAGAAAAAUGAGAAGAGUGAAGAAGAUUCUUCUCUGCAGCUGUGAGCUUGUUUGUUUCUAGACUUGUAAACACUGUGUUUAGUGUUAUCUGCUGAACUCAUAAUACCUGAAUUAGUUAUUGUUGCAUUAAAGAAGAGAAAAACUUUUAUGACAGCGUUAAAGAGGGGAGAAAAUCUGUCCCAUUAACUGGCAGAGAUCUGCUUUAUUUCCUGACAUUUUCAAAUUCACAGUCAUUUAGGCUAAGCUACUUUAUAUGCAUGACUUUUGAGAAACUUCAUGCUCUCUGAUGGAUGGUUCUGUAUUUGAUCAGGUACCAUCAGUGAGCAACAAGCACAUAGUCAGUAUGGACUCUGAUGCAGAGUGAAGAUGAUGACUAUGUACAGAUCGAUGCACCAGAUUUUCAUCAAGUUGCAUCGAUCUGCAUAAAUGUAGCUUCAACAUUUGAUAAAAAUUACAACAAAAUUGUAUCUCAGACUCAGAAAUCUGCAUACCAGUUAAUCCUGUUGGAUACCAGCUUCCCAUGAUGACAGUCUCUCCUUCUUUCUUGAUGCCUAGAAGCUGCAGGAGUGAAGUCCCUCCAAAAUAAAAGCAGCACUACAUGAAGGAUCCCUGUGAACGGACUUUGCAGGCUAAAAAAACAAUAAGUCUUUGAUCACCGUCUGCCCGCCUCUUCACCGGCUCUGUACCUGAUGGCCUGGCAUGCACUCCCCUCUUAUAAACACUUCAGCCUAGAAACACUUCAGCUGAAGCACCUCCCACUUUUUACUGCUGACUCUGCAUUCUUGAGGAACAUAAAUCCAAUCUUUAAAAGUUUCCCAACCAACAUUUCUUCCACCUUGAGGAAGUCUCUCUUUGAGUUCUGUUUUAUAGACAAUAACAAGAAGUUUGGCAACAUCUGACAUGGUUUUACUGGUGCUGUUGACUGUUGAGCAACAUUUGAUGAGAAAUGUGCUGCUUGUUUACGCGAGAAGGACCUUAAGAAGCCUUUUUAUAAGGAAACUGUUUGUUGCAUGACAGGAGAGAGGAUUCACUGAAUCAGAGUUGCGUUAUAAAACUAAAAAAGGUUCCUUUCUUUGCUUCACACUGUUGGUCAAUGGUAGAGUCUCAUUUGCAAGGUGGAGGUUUAAAUCCCACUUGCUGCUGUGCUGUGCUGUGCACAGGCUCAAGUGUUCCCUGGGUAACACACUUAAACCCAAACUGUUGUCGUUGGCUGCAGCUAUGGGUGCGUUAAUGGGAUUAAUUAAUACUAAUGGGCUCUCUGCCAUCAGUGUGUAAGUGUGGUGUGAUAUGUUACGUAAAAGUGCUUUAAGUGAUCAGAAUACUAGAGUAAGUACUACUAAAUGUAGUUCAAAUACAGUUUUAUCUUCACAGUAUGUUGUCAUGACGACUCAAUAUAAGAUGUAAAGUCAGCUGCUUUCAACAAACCCAUCCACUGUGGGUUAUCGAGGUCUUAAUUUUUUCCAUCUUCAUUGUAGUUUUUGCAAGCUGCAUGGUGGUUGUACUUUUUUAACUCUUAUUGACAGGUCAGCUUUAAACUUACUUACUAAUCAAGAUCAUCUGAAGUGGACUCGGCUUUAUCGUGUUUUUAAAUCUAGAAUAAAAAGAGAGUGGAAAAAAAUAAACUUGAUGCUUUGUAUGAGCAUUUAAGACAUUUUACAUCCUGAAAACCUUUUACAUCGAUGAAGAAGUAGUGUCAUUUAAUCACAGACAUCUGCACAAACAGACUUGAUCUUGCAAGCAGUGGAGUCGCCCCCUACUGGCCUGAAAAGAAAACAGGCUUUAGGCACAAGUAGUUUGAAGGCAACUUGUGCAUUUCUGCCACAAGUAAAAUGAUGAAUCAUAUUUGUUUUGCCGGCUGACUCUUAACUGCAAAAACAAUCACAUUAAAAAUAGGAAUAUGUGCCACAUUUGAACCACUAUGGUUUUAAAAGAUUAACUUAUUUGACAGGAUGAUCUAGUCUAUGAUAUGCAUGCAUGUUUCAAGUUAACAUGACAUCCUUUGAUAUGAACCGCUGACUGCUAGAUGUCAAAGUAUAACAUAAUAAUUAAGAAUAAUCCUUGAAUGACCUGAAUUUAGACUCUUUUCCAUUGUGCAGAAAUGUAGGGAUGCAGUAUAACACACACCCAUCACCUGACUGACUGUUUACACCAUGUGAAAGUGUGUUGAAACCCUGUUGUUCACAGUGACCUUGUGCCGCUUGUUUCCUCCACCAUCAGUGUUUUACAGGCAUCAUAACUACCCGACAGUUUAGCCUAUUUUUAGAGCAGUGGACCGCUCACAUUUUAUAGUUUGAAGACUCUUUCACAUGAUCUUUCAUCUGCAGCUUCUAACUAGAUCUCGUGCUUCAAGGAUAAUACUUUGUGGAUCACGAGGCUUUGAAUACAUACAACCUUUCUGUUGAUAUGCAUAACAUGUAUAAUACAUACAUGCGUGCAUGUUAUGCAUAUUGCAUAAACUGAGUGUAGGAACCUGUGUACUCAAAGCCUGUUGCACACUAAUGAGAAAAAGUCAGAAUAUGUCACCUUCUGCAACACUGAUUUUGGUUUUUAUAGCAAACAAGUUGUCCCAAUAAAGUUUAUUUCCUCACAUGAGGAUGUAAAAGUAAAAGGAUGAAACUCCACUAGUCCAAAAGUUUUGUGUAGAGAUUCUGCAGCAGACAAAUAAACAGGUCAGACUCAUCUGGUGACAGGAGUACCUGCAGCAAGCAAUGCUUGGACUGUUUUAUCAAAAGUGUUUCUCCUCCUCACUUUCCCGCAGCUGUCUGUAGCAAAUACUCGUGCAUUGGUUAAGAAUUUAUGAUUGCAUGAAAUAUUCUUAAAUGAAGUCUGAGUACUUUUGCAUGAUGCUGUCCCAGCAAAAAUCAAGAUCGAAUCAGUCAUAUCAGCCUGCAAAAAGACUUCAUCCACCCUGAUACUGGUAAUUGCUUCAUUUGUUUUUCUCAUAUCAAUAUAAAAAAAUGUCUGAAUAUGAAUACAAUCAGGAUCAUUAGUUGUCUCAAAAGCCUGGUCAGGUUGUAGGUUAGAGUCAUGUGAUCAAAAGCCUGGUACCUGUAUGUGAAUGAUGAAAUGCUGUAUUGUAGCGCUUUGUAUCCACCAGUCUCAGGGUUACCUGAGCUUGUGAUUCAUGACAUUCUCAGAGUGCAGUUGUGCUGUUUCCUUUCAUUGAGGACAAACUUGUUGAAUAAGCUGCUUGUUGCACAGAAUGACAUGAAAUGUCAAGUUUGAUUCUUCACCAGAGUAAAGCUUUUCUAUGUAUUUUAUCAAAGGUCAGAUGGUUUUCAAUUUGUCUCUCACCUCUCUCUUUCUCCAUUUGCUGCUCUGAUCUUUUCAUGCUGCAUCAGUGUGUUUGGUGUUUGUGUGCUACUUUGUAUGUGUGUGUGUGCAAACAUGCACUCAGAUAGACACGCUCUGACCUGGCAGGUGAGGCCAGUGAAGGAUCAGCGGGGAUCUUAUCUCGGUCUGGCUCGGUCAGGUCAACAUGAGAGCCCAUGUGUGCACGUGAGUGAGCGUGUUAAAGCCCGUGCUUCUCUUCGUGUUAAUGCACGUGUGUGAGUGUGUUUUUCUCACCUUCAUUCAGGCUGCACAUAAUCCACCGGAGAUGCAGCAGUAGCAGCAGAAGUUCCACCGCGUGUCUCUGCUCUCUUUGUGUUUUUUUUCCUGUUUUGUUUUUUUCCCCUUGAUCACGUUCACUUUCCCACACUUGCUCCCAGUUCUAUCUCACAUCAAACCAAAAAAAACUACCUUUUGCCUUAAAACAGCAACAAAAAUGCCUCCUGAAAUCCUUCAUUCAGGUCUCCUCUCUCCCUCUUACUCUGACGAUGAGAUGGGCCUUGUGCUCCCAUCAGACCAGGGCCCUAACUUACCAGUCAGACUCUUCUCCUCUGUUGUCCUCUGAUGGUGGAAUGAAUUGCCAAAUUUUGUCCAACCUGGAGACUCCCUGUCUACCUUUAUGAAAAAAAAGCUCAAGACCUCGCUCCUUUAGAAACACCAUCUUUACCAGCUGAGUGUUAUGUACAGUCCAAAGUAACGUUGCAGAAGAUUCAUUUCACUUAAGAGCACUUUUCCUAAAGAGUGUUUCUGUAGUGUGGUUUCUCAUGCCUGAUUUCCUGUGAAAAGCCUAAUGGCUGACAAGGAGUAAAUGAUAAUGUACAAUGAGAACAUUACGAGGAACACUGACAGGGUGAGAUAAGACUCCCCCGGUAAAGGGGAUUUAUACAUCCCCAAAGAAUAUUGAGCAGAGAACUCACUGCAGACACCAUACUGCUUGUAAAAUCACCUUCAUUUCCAUAUCUCUGUAAAUUUCCUUUUUUUACACUUUGCUUUGUUAUUAAGACAUUUAGACUUAACAAAAACAGUCAAGAUUAGCAUAAAGAAGCUAACAUGCUGUAUAACCCAAGGGAGCUGAGUUGAGUUUUUUGGGUUUCUUCCAUUUGACUGAUCAUGUUAAGCAUUACUUAGAUCAGUGGUUCUCACGUCCAGUCCUUGAGGGCUACUGUCCUGCAUGUUUUGGAUGUUUCCCUGCUUCAACACACCUGAUUCAAAUGAUCAGCUCGUUAUUAAGCCAUUACAGAGAUGAUAACGAGCUGAUCAUUUGAAUCAGGUGUGUUGGAGCAGGGAAACAUCCAAAACAUGCAGGACAGUGGGCCUCGAGGACUGGACUUGAGAACCACGAAAAAGUUAUUAAAUGUGUCUGCAGCUUUUGCAAAAUGCUAAUUCAAAAAUUGCCUCAGCAGUAUUUUCCCCUCAGAUUGCACAGUGAUUAAAGAUAUUUUAUGGUAUUGUUAAACCUGCACGUAGGCAGGAUAUUAAUCAAAAGUGUGCUUUGAAAAUUGAACUAUGCUCACAGAUUUUUUUUUUCUGAUAUUGAUAUUUUUAUGAACAGUCAAGGAUAUGUGAGGGUCGGACAGUCUGGCUGUGCUCCCCUCCUCUCCUAUUAAUCAUCCUCCUUCCCCUUUAUGCCCGUUACCGUCUCUCAUCUCAUGACCUCCACCAUCUUUUUGCUCUCCCCUCCUCUUUACUUCCUCCUCUACCUCCCUCCGUUUCCUUUAUUUUCCCAUCUUUCCUUCCUCCGGUUCCUCUUCUCACCUUGCCUCUCUUCCCGGAGGAGACGGUGUGCUGUGGACUUACAGUAAAGCAGGAUGGCAAAAAGAGAGAGCAGGGCUUUAAAAAGAAACCCUGGCAUGGCUUGUAUUACCACCAACUCUCCUCCAAUAGCCAGUUUCUUCCCACAGCUCCCAUCUUUCCUGUGUGACUCUCAUAUGGAUGGUGAGAUAUGACUCAUACCACAGGAUCCCAAAGAAAGUUUGCUUGGGCCAAAUACCUUAAAAUUGCUCAAGCAGGAUAAAAAAUAAAGAAAAGGAUUUUCAGCCCCUGCUCUCCUAAAUCUGUGUGGGAUAGACUCAGUACCACUCUGUUUUAGGCUAUUAGUCCUCCCACCCUGUGGCUGCAGCCUUAUUUUAGCACAAAAGAGUUUGCUAACAAAUCCUUCCUGUAUUGUAACAGCAUUACAGCAUCAGUUCUGCAGAGCUUGUUACUUAAGCGCUUUUUUGUGUGUGAUUGUCCUAAAAACUGGUGCUGACCUAGAGGAUUCAGGGCACAGAGAGGUACAGCUUAUUAGUUAUGGAUAACACCAACACUUGAGAGAUUUUCUGGGAGUGCAGUGAGCUAAGAAAGGAGGACAUGGUACCAAAGAGGGAAGCAAUGACUCCUGCUAGUCUUUGCUUUUGUACAGCUGUUUACUUUGUGUUGUCUUUCUCUGUUGUCACAUGAUAAACAGCCCAAACAGUCUUGUCUUUUUCCUUAGUAGACCUGCAAACUAGCCCAUAUAUUUUUUAUACACUUACCUAUUGCCCUAGUUAUAAAAUCAUAACCAAGAGCUAUCUGGAUUUAAGGCAGUAGGCUGAAGUCCCACUGAAUCACGCAGUGGAGUUAUGGUCCUUAGUAAUAUUUUAAAAGGAUAUGUUUAAGAGCCAGUGGGACACGUGUAUUCAGGGGCGCCCUAAAGGGGGUUCAAAAGAGAAGGAUUCAAGGGGCCAUGAAUUAUAGCAAAGUGCUAAUUUUUCACAAUGCCUCAAAAAUUUGGCAGCUAAAAAUUAAAGGAAAAAAAAAGCUCAGACAUGUGAAUGAAGCAAAGGGUUGACAGUAUGUCACCCAAUUUUUUUUACAGGUAAACGUUGGUCUGUUAGUGGUUCAUCUUCAAGUAACUGUCAUGGAAUUCUUUUCACAAAUAUGGGAAUGAUAGUCAAAAAUAUCAUGAAAAUGCAGUUUUAUGAAAAAUAGUACUAACAUUUUCCACAGGCCAUACAGACAAACCAACACAAUGGGAAGUCAUCAUCAUAGAUCGGCCAUUGGCUGACCUCUCUCACAUAAUUGGUAUUGGCAUUUCCAUGGCCUUGACGGUAUUCCUCUUAGCUUACUUAGUGAUUGAAUUACACUAAAAUUUAUAUUUUCAUUCAACAUUAGGUCCAAAAAUGAUCCUCCUUUACUGUCAUAAAUCACAUUCUUAUUCGCUUUGUCAUUCACAUUACAGUCACAACAUUAGCCUUUAUUCAUGGUCAUUCUGAACAUAUCGCAUAUUUAAUGACGACAGAUCAAUAUGAAUGAACUUUUUAUGUCUGCUGUCUAGACAUCACUGGCAUGGUGGGCUAUGAGUCAGUUGGACUGUUGACUCUGAUCUAAGAGCCUGCUGUCCACAUGCUGAAGUGUCCUUGGGCAUGACUAUUGGCCCCAACAUUGCUCCUGCUGUGUAGCUGUGUGGAUUGGAUUGUGUACAAACAGGUCCAUACAUGGCAACGUCUGCUGUCAAUUUUCUCAAUGUGGUGAGAAUGGGGGAUUGAAAGGUGUGUUGUAAAAGCAUUUUAAGGUUGGCCUUCCUUUGGCUAGCUUUUGCUUAUCGUUUUAAGUUUUUUAAAAUUAUUUUUUAAUAAAAUUUACCUUAAGAUAACUUUACUUCAAUAGAUGAAAUGUACCUGUUGAGCUGGCUUUGAUCGGAUUUAGAUGUUUGUGUUUGCCAGUUUGAUUUCCUCUAUUCAUGACCGUGCGCUUGAGCUCCCUGCGUCUGUUUUUUUAAUCCAUAUGAGACAGGUUUGUGGAUUUCCUUUCAGGUAAAUGUUUGAUCUUCAUGUGUUCACAAAAAAAAAACCUGCUGUGGAUCAAUAUGACAACUUAAGAGCAGGAGAAAAAAAGCUCUGCUGUGCUGUGAGGUCAUGUUAUUGAGCUGCUGCUCUUUAACCUUUCACUGAUUUCUUUCUGUGUUCAUACGUUUUUAUGGUAAAGCUCAUUUGAUCACUGUUUUCUUAAAGAAGCCUCAUUAUAGCAGUUUACUCAUUCCCUUAUUAUAUUGGGUUUAAUUAAAGGAUUAAAGGAUUACAUGCUCCUCUGAAUUCAUCAACCUCUGAGGCUUUACGCACUUUCAAAUCCAACGGGAUAAAACUGCAUUGUUAUCGAGCCAAACACACACCUGUUUCUGUCCCUUGUUGCAGUGUCAAAGAUAAUACCGUGAUGAUUUGUAAUGUGCCACGGAAGAAAACAAACUCCCUGAGGGGAAUAAAGAGAGUAAAGAAAAAAAAAAAGAGAGAGAGAGAGAGUGGAUCUGUAUGAAGAGCGGUGGAGUCAAGGAGAAAGCAUGCAGAGUAGUGGCGCUGCAGUGCUGCAGGACAGAGGAGGGUGGUGUAGUGUUUCAGGGAAGAUGGAGCUGUGGAGGAAAAGAGGGAGAUAGACGUAACAGGGCGAAAGAGGAGAGGCUCAUAUAUCCAGAAAAACCUCUAUUCCAGUAGAACCUGUGUGUUUCCAUCUCCACUUAACAAACUCUAAAACAACCCACUGAAGUGAAAGGCUGUUAUUUUCCCUGAGAAGUCCAUGUACCCUUACGUAACUAAUCUACUCACAACCAUAUCCCCUCAUUAAACCGGUCUGUUGGCUCUUACCUCUCUCAUUAUCCAAAAAACUUUGAUUUUUCUCUCUUUUUUUCUUUUUUUUUUUACAGCCUAAUGACAGCAAAACUAAAGCUGUACUUUUGGACCCUUAGGAUGCCACUAAACUGGUUUAUAAUAACUUGGCUCAUCUGUUUGCAUACAUCAAACAUCACUUAAAAGCCUUGCAGUUUCUUGUAGCUCAGAACCGUCCCAAAGGUAAAACCCAUCCUGUCUUUUAACAACCCUGAAAAAAUAUUUCAUACUUUCUUGCUUUUCUUUCAACCUGGCUCCACAAGGAUCAGCCUAUCCCCCCUGUCUUGCCUGCAGCUGGUCAAAAAUGCAGUGACCAGGCUUCUGACUGGUUCCAGGAGGAGAGAUCACAUCAGUCCCACCCUAGAAUUUAAUCACUGGCUUCCAGUUCACUUUAGGAUUUAUUCUGAGGCUCUGCCAUUUGUUUCCAAAGCCCUGAAUGGCCUGGUCCCUAGCUCUUAUACAACCUGCAGGCUGCUCAAAUCCUCUGACAUGGGUCUCCUGGAGGUCCUCAAUCUAAUUUGAAACUCGGGGUGACUGUGCUUUGGCUGUUUGGCCCCCUCCAUCCUCCAUUAGGUCUACCUCCUUUGUUGAUUUUUCCAGGUUUUGCUUGAAAACUCAUUAUUAUAACAUUGAUGAUUUAGUCCCCUUGUCUGUUUUUUUUUUUUGUGUUGUUUGUUGUUUGCCUUCUCUUAUUUUUUCGAUGUGACUGCUUUAGUUCUCAAAUUUUGUGAAAUAUCGUCUCAGCGUUUACUUUCCUUACAUCUUGCAACAUCACCUUUUAAACACCUCUCCUGCAGUAUUCAAUUUUUAAAUUCUUUACUGCGUUUCCAAUACUUUAACAUCAUGUCAAUCAUUAUAUUUUGUAUCUUAGCUGUCCAAAAUAAUUCAUCUUUUAAAGCACCUGUAAAAAACUUGCCCUUCACUUCAGUGGAUUUUAACAACAACAACAACAAUACCUUUAAAAACUAUAAAUUGUAAAUUCCUACCCCUCACAUGAAUUUCAGGAAUGAAAGAAAACCAUAUACAAUUAAUCAAUCUUGUCAGUGAUGAUGUUUUCUUUUGAAUAUCACAAAAAGCAAUAAUAUCAAUUUCAGACUAUUACACAAAUGUCGAGAAACUCUUCAAAGUUUUGUUUUAAUUUGCAUCAGUAUUCACUCGUUCUACAUUUGUUACUUAUAUGCAGUAUUUGGAAGCUAUAUGUAAGUAUUGCUUUCACAAUUUACAUGCAGACACCCGUUGACAGAGAUUAAUUUAAUCCAAAUCAAAAGUAGAUGAAUGCACACAGCACAUAACUCAUAAAGGACUAAACAGCACUUUUAUUAUCAUCUAAAAGUUAGACUAAAAGUUGAGCCCUCUUCUUGACUCUUCUUCUACUUUUUCUUUGAAACUCUGUGAUCAUCUGUCAGGCUUUAUUUAGCUCCCGGCCCCCUCGCAGGUCACUUUUCACAUCUGUCAUAAAAGUGACGCUGCUGUUGCCACUUUCACCCUCUCUUCCAUUAUCAGCGUCUAUAGACAAUAAAUCCUGCUCUGCUGUGCCCUGCAUCUCAUUACAGGCGUCAUGUCACAUCGUGUGCCCUUAUUACUGCUCGUUCCUGUCGCAGUAGACUCCAGGUCAUGAUUCAUAUCCAUAUAAAAUGUCUCAUCAGGAAAAAUCUGCAUAGACUGGAAUCGUUUCAUAUGUGGUAUCAAUCUGAUGGUGUCUAGUCGUUCCCAUCAGUACAACCCUCUCAUGACAGGUCUGCACCUUCAUGCAAAUGAGGGGAUACAAACAGCAGAUUGGGCACGGCUAAUUUUUUCCACAGGUUCAUUCAGGACUGUCUCCCAUUUAAACUUACAAAUUAAAACAGAAAUGAUCUAUCAUCAGAAAACAAAAAUGUUGUUUUUUUAAUCAGCUGGAGGGUGUUUUUAAGUAUUUGUAAUCUGAUUAGUGAGCUGAAGGUAAAGAUUCCCUCACAAUGAUGACAUUCAGUCCUGCAGCAUUUUGAGUGUUGUUCUUCUUAAUGCGCUUAAUGUCUAAUGAUGUUCAGGUUUAUGAUCUGAUGCUGAUCGUCCUGACUUUCUCUCCUCAUCAGUAUCUCUCUCACCACCACUAGAGGAGAAGCUGAGAGCGUAAAACAUGAUAGAAAUGUGUUAGUGCAUUAACGGUUAGAUUAACUCCUACUGAGUAUUGCAGUAGAAGUUGUUAAGCCCAGCUAAUUAUUUUUAUGGUGCAAUGAAAGGCCUUAAUAGACACCUUGGGGUUUAUAAUGAUGAUUUAAGUUGAAGUUAUCACUACCUACAGUGAAAUAGCACUGAUUAACCUUGAGACAGAUCAUUAUGAUACUUCCUCUCAAUCCCCCCACUUUUAAAUCAUGUUGAGAAGUGAAGAGAAUAUGAUUUUACUACUCCAAAUUACCAACAAUUUUUGUUGCUCCUACUACAGUAAAAAGAUCAGAGGGUAUGCACAGAGCAAUAGCACAUGCAUGGUUUUAUUAUUAGAGAUGCUUUGAAGCUGUUUAAACAGAAAUCUGAUGAGCCAACUUGUCUGAAAGUCAGAAGACACCCAAAAAGUAGUCACAUUAUGGAGCAAUUAUUUAACACAGUGUAGCCCAGGAUCACAGGUUUUGCAGGUAAACAAAAUAUAAUUAACUUGCAGAGUAUGGGUAAACUAAUCUGAGGCAGUACCAUCAGUCACCACAGGCUAAGGCGUGUGGAUGUUCGCCUCAAAACCCCCUGAUUUCUUCAUAACUUUAUAUUUUACAAUAAACCCAAAAGUCAGAAUUUGUUACGUUUAAUAUGUUGGUCUUCCUGCCACAGACAAUUUCCAGUCUUAACUCUUGUUUACAUUUUUCGUAAGUGUCACAGUAUGUCAUACUUCUCGGGCCUGAAAGAUAAUAUGUUUUCACAUUCAAACCUGUCCAAAGAACGUUGAGUUAACACUUUAUCUGAAUCCACCUCUUAUAAAACAUCAUAAUCACAUUUCUAAAGCAGUAAAAAUCCUUUACAACAACCAUUAAGAAUGUGAAGACGCCAGGCUGACUCAUGAGAGACUGUGAUGAGAGUUUUGAAUAUCGUUAUAAAGAAUAAAGGUAGUGUAAGCAUAAGCUUAUUAUACUUUGAAUGGUUAUUAAAUGAGCGUUGUCCUUUGAGACAAAAAUGACUCGUGUGAGUCAUUUGUCUGCAGCACACUGAACCGGUUGUUUGUGUCACUCAGCCCCCACACAACAGCCUUCAUGUUCUGUAAACAUCCUAUUAACGCUGUGAAAACUACUCUUAAAAUAGAGCGAUAACCGAGAGUCAAGAAAAGGCUGGAAAUUGUCUCAUUGUUACCGUGGAAGUUUGGUGUUUCUCUGUGGACGUGACCGUCACACCUCAAGGACACACACAUGUUGAGCAGGAGUGUAAGUGUGAGUGUGUAAGGUUGUGCAGGAGCUAGGUCGUCUUUUAUCCCGCUGGUUUAACCUUGGACACUGACACAGACGCACUCAAACACAUGCACGUGCACCGGCAGUGCAUCCACAGAAACAGGUGGUGGAGUCUGACCAGCAUGCUAACAGGUGAUGUGGAUGUGUGUUUUAUGUAUGAACACAAACAGCAGGUAGAGACAGAUGCUUGAUGUCACUCGGGGUCCUCACACUUUUGAAAUAAGACUUGCAUGAGUAAUUAUUUACGCCUGUUGAGAGAAGCAAGGCCAGAGCUAAGGACAGUGUUUUCAAUCAAACUAUCUCCCAAUCGCUUCAGACAAAAGCACCUGCUAAAUGACUGUGUAACACCAGAAAUGUUGAACAAGGCUGUUUCCUCAGCAAGCAAUGAUUUAGUCCUUUUAACACCAACCCAUCACUGGUGGUUACAAGCAUUAAACAUCACUAUAUAAGCGUCCUUGCCGACAGCCUGGUUUGCUUUUGUUAGUCACAUAAAGAGUUCAGCAUCAAUUUUAAUCUAUUUCAAUACGAGUUUAAACUCCUCACUGGAGAUUUCAGCUUUAAGCCUGUACAUUAAAAAUAAAUAUCAUGAAACAAGGUUUAUCUGUCCAGAAUGAUUUCUUUAAAUGUUCGUUGUUUUCCAACCAACAAUCCCGUUUUCUAAGACACUGAAUUUGCUGUUUCAAGUGCUCAAAAAGUGGCCAAUUCUCACUCCUUCUCAACUUAAAAAGCCGAAAACAGUUCAUGUGUGGCAUACCAUACUUAAAAAAAUUACAAAAACUGUAUAUAAAUUAUCAAAAUAUUCCUGAAUUGAUCUUCUUUAAACCAGCUGGUUUUGGUUAUCCAUUGAUAAAUGCAGCAGGGUCUUUUGUAUUUUGAAUCUUAACACAUUUCCUCGUCUUGCCCAUUCCAACCUGCAAAUCUUCUCCUGUCUGACAUUGAAUGUGUCUUUUUUUCCUCUCUACUCUUCCAACUGAGUGACCUCCAUUGUUGUUCUUCUGCCUCACUUCCCUACAGUUUCUCCCACUCGGUGUUUUGUGAUUGGGUGCCUUUGUGUUGGUGGAGGUCACUCGGUUCUGAGGCUUUUGCAUAUAAAGUGCAGUUCAGUAGGCCAAGUCUAUGUGUGUCAGUGCAUGUGUGUCAGUGCAGUUACAGUAAUGCCUGUCCCUGUGACUUCUUCCUGGAGUGAGGUGUUUGGAUCAGAGAUUGCAUUAUAUAUCACAAAUGUCCUUAUUAAUAAUACAUUUACAUUAUUGGCCCCUCCCACCCUGCUUUGCACUGGGAUUAAGAUCAAUUAAUCGGAUGGGGACAUAACAAUUAAUUGAAAUCAAUGAUAAUGUCUAUGUGAAUAUUAUGAAGACAAGUUGUUUGCACUCAAUGAGAAUAAAUCAGAGUUAAAUCCAGCACGUGAACAGAUCUACUGCACACUCCCUUAUAAUUUAAGAGUCAUCAAGUUAUCCUCAGGUCUUUAUUUCCACUAGACUUCAGCCAUUUCCUUCUCCUGUCUUCCUCAUAGUUGACCCAGACAGAAGUACUUUUAAACUUUUAUUGCUGGAUUUAAUGAAAGUUAUUUUUUUUCUAUGAUCCCACUGUCACCUGUAAGCUUUAGAAAAUAUUUUUAGAGCUCUGUUUUGAACCAGAACCCUAAUCAAAAACUAAACAAUGUUUAAGAGGAGGAAAAAACCUGAAUGUUACGAUGUUUGAAACACUUAAAAUGAAUGUUUUGAAUUCUUUGUGGUGACUAAUCUCUGCAGCGGUUAAUUUGUGUUGAAGUUACUGCAAAUAUUACAAAUCUGCUUUCUUUCAAACAUACGAUGUUUCUGGAAGAUCUCCACAUAGUUGGAGUUUUUUGGCAUGUAACCGAUCUGAAAUCCGUUUUUGUUGUGUGAAACAAACAUUUUGAGUGACAGUUUAAUUAAUGCGCCAAACUCAUCUCACAUGAGGCGAGUGACAGAGGAGAUGAGAUGUUAAUUAGAUGUGACACUAUGAAAAGACAGCUGCAGUAUCCUCAUAAAAGCUGAAGGUCUGAGCUCAAAACUGUAGACUGAGCAUGCCUGAAACUGACAUGAGGGGAUCAGGAUGAGAAUUUUAUCACCAUGUCGCAUUAGACACAGUAUUUUUUAUUUUUCUAGGAUGAUCUGUGGUCUGGAAUUAACACGAGUGCAUUACAGAUGGUGGAUCAGGAUGUUAAAGACAGGUUCUUCCUAAAGCUCCUCCCCUCCAUCUCCACUCUCACAUGCCUGUGUCUAUAGCCCCCACACUGCAGCCACAUGUAUCAGUUCCCUCUUUAACCCUUGCGUGAAAAUAAAUCAGGGGCAUCACAGAUAUUCAACAAAAAGAAGAGCUAGUUAUCUUAGUUUAAUCUGUGCCAAGUUAUCUGUAGAAGGGGAAGAAAGUCAGGAUGACAGAUGGCGUUUGUGUUGAGAUGGACUCAAACUGUUACAAGCACUGACUGUAAAAAGACGUUUUUUUAAAGGGAGCGAAAUUAUCACCCACCUAGCCUCAAAUAAAGGACAAUUUCCCACAACUUGGCAGGUAAUGUUUGUAUUGCUUUAACUUUGUAAAGCAAGUGGACUUUAAAGCUUCUGUGAGGAAUUUUCAGUUUGAGUUGACUUUGGCGCCCUCCUGUGGACCAACAGUCUUGUCCCCUAUAUUAAAAAAAAUAUACAAAUGAGGUUCUUACUUUAGCAGCUACUACUUCCUCACACCCAUUUCAGGCAAUUGAAACGAGGAUAUAAGAAUUGUUAAUGCUGUUUUUUUUUGUCUUGUUUGUUUUUGUUUGUCAUAAAAAUCCUGUGAGACCUCUCCUGCAGCUGCAGUUGGAGAGCUCAAGAUCGCUGAGUUUAUCUUUGAGGAAGCUUUGAUGUUGUCUCACUUUUUACACAGAAUAUUCAUACAAACAGGUCUCAUUGUGUGGGGAUAGUUUGUGCACAAGAACAAAAUGCGACACUUGAACUCUUGUACGUCUUUCAUAAAUCCACAAGAAGUGUUUACAUGUUUUGUGCAAGUUUUAAAGGCAAGUGUGUAAGUACAAACUUUUAAUCAAUCCGAUCUAUCUCUGUCCCUCUCUCCUCAGCUGAGCCCCUCCCUCUUAUGGACCUGUGUCGGCGUGCAGCCCGCCUGGCGUUGGGUCGUGAACGUCUGCAGGAGAUCGAGCGCCUCCCUCUACCCCAGUCCCUAAAAAAUUACCUCCAAUAUCAGUGACUGACACCAGCAGAGCACACUGGGGACACAUGGACACACGGCUAACCACCUGAGAGUCUGAAGAAAGGAAUGAAAUACAGAAGGCAGAAGUAAAGAGCAGAUGUUGAAGAGGUGGGAAGAUGAAGAGCACCACGGCUCUGCAACAGAUGGAUUGAUAGAAAGAUGGGAGAUGAUUAAAAAAGAAAAAAAAAAACAAGCCUUCAAAGUCAGAGCAGGACUGCACCAGCCUCCUUUUGAUCUCCAGCUGCUUUUUCAUCAAUUUUUGACUUGAAAUAAGUUAUCCACCCUGGUGGUAUCCCAUCCCCAAAUGCAAACCCAUGCUGCGAUGGCUCAGAGUGUGUUAGCAGUGACAGAAACUGGUGUUCAGACAAACACCGCCACCUAUUGAUAAGAGUAGAAACUGCAGCAAGAAAGCACACUAAUCCCUCCAUGGAGGCCUUUCUGACAUGCAGUCAGUGAUCAUAUCAAAACUGUGGGACACUUAAGUUUGUAUUUAUAGUCUCCUGAAACACAGGUGACAGGCUACUGCAGUGUUUGAGCACUAGUUGUGUUUUUAUCUGGUUGACUCGGGGCCCAAGAUAACGCUCACAGAUCACACAGAGUGGAUGAAAAUAUGGAUGCAGAGUGAUUUCAUCUCCUCUGGCUUCAUGCAGACAUUCAAAGAGAGGAAAGCCCUUUUCAGACAUGGUAUAGGCCAUGAUCACUAGUUUGUCAAACAACACUUAAAGCAUUUGUAGUGCAGACAGGAAUAAAAACCUUUCCUGAAUUCUGAUUGGUGGAAAGAAAAACUUAUUUUUCAUGCAAGACCUUAUAAAUCAUUGUAAAAGUGCAAUUUUCAGGGGCUGUUCACGAGGAAGCACAAAAGCAUUUAAUCCCAAGAUGCGCAGCUUCUAUCUGCUGCAGUCUUAAUGUUCAUGAGGUUUGAUUCAGUUAAAACUUUUUCUGCGUGGGAAGAGUUAAGGGACUUUUUAAACCCCAUCAGGACUUUUACAAAAUGAUGCUGUGUGUCUGAAAAGGGCUUCAAGAAUGAGACAGACAACUGUUUAACAGGUUCAGGCUUUACAGAGAGGCAUUGCAUACCCAACAUUAAAUUAUGUAUUUUGAAGUCAGUUGGACCAAAGUGUUUCACAAUGUUGUGUGUGUGUGCGUUUGUGUGUGUGUGCGAGCUGUCACAACAUAACCAGUGCUUCUUUGCUGUUUUCAGUAAGAGGAGCCAAACUUGCUUCUGUAGCACCCUGCUGUAGCUCCUGACAGGAUCCAUCUGCUCCUGCACGACUGUCUUAAUAACCACAAAAAACAAACAAACAAACAAAUGAAUAAGGACUGGAGCAGGUUGAACCAGACCUGAAUAUAAGACUAAAGCCUGAUGUUGACAUCUGCUUUGACAGAUUUGUGUCCGGCUCAGAAAAUGACGCAGAUAACCAACACAUAUACACACACGGACAUACACACUCAUGCACACACACACACUGUAGACCAAUCAUGUUUUUUUCCUCAUUAAGGCUUGAGUCGUUUUUUUAACUCUUCAGUUCGUAUCUUACAUAAUUAGUAUAUCUUUGUGUGUGUGAAGUCUGAUGAGGAGGAGGGUGAUGAUGAUUAUUUAUCAGGAGCUUGUUCUUUGUACAUUUUUUUUGACUGAUCAUUGAUGGUUACAUUCAGGUCAAUAUUAAAACAAAGAUGCUGGUGAUGAAGGGAAAGACAUCACGAGUUGUUUCCUCAAUGCUGCUUUUUAUUAUUAUUUUAUUGUUAUUAUUAAUAAUAUUAUUAUUAUUAUUAUUAUUUGUGAUGGUGGUGUUCUAACCUCCUGUCUUCAUCAACUAGGAUGUCGAGAAAAGGAAGUUUCAGAAAAGUGGUAGAAUGUAUGGACAGAUGGUGAAGUCGAGUUGAAAUGUGAAUAAAAGCCAAGUGAAUUUGAAAAUGUCUCAGAGUGUCACUUGUGUUUCUUUUUCAUUCCCCUUAAUCCUGAAUUAUUUAAAGAUGAGAAACACAACACUGAUGCAGAAGCUGCUGAGAAUUGAACUAAGACUCACUUGUUUUUCAGCAGGUUUAAAUGUGCCGGAGGAGCCUUGAAUCCACAGAGAGUCCUUGGUAAAAAGACUGGGCUGUAGUUUUUGGCUGGGAGCUCUCCUCAGUGUCAAACGUAUAGUUUCCACUUCAGAGAAUAAAGUGUUGAUGCUCUGUUCAUCAGCCCCUGAAGCUGUUCAUAUUGUUUACACUCUGCUACCACCCAGGGAGAUAUCAACACAUUUAAAGACAUAAAGACCUGCAGGGGAUCAUGCAGCAGAAAAAACAACAUCAACGGAGGCCUGAUGUGGACACAGGGUUCUCCUCACCCACCAUACGAGACUGUCAAACACCUGAUUAUUUCUCAUAUAUGUCAGAAAAGAAGUGGAAAUAAGUACAAACUCAGUGAUUUAUGAUCUUAAACCUGUGUGGCCAUAUUCAACACAGCAGCUCUUUUUGACACCAAGUUUGUCAUCUAUGGUAAUCCCAAGAACUUUGAUUUCAUAAACUCUGAAAAAAUCUGAAAGUUUACUUGUGUAUGUAAUCCAUAAUCUCCAAUUAAUCUGUUUCUAACAAUGUUCUCAGCAGUCCUCCCUAGGAUUGUAGUUACCUGUUCUGAAUUAGACCAAGUGAUACACAAUAUUUUAACUUAUUUUCUCUACAGAAAAAAGUUGAGUUUUGAUUCUUCAAUAUUUUUAAACUGUAUGCCUCCAUUACUAACCUAAAACAGGAGAUUGUUUGAAACAUUUAGGUUGAGAAUAUAUUGAAUUUUCACUCUCUCUUAGAUAAAUGGUGAAAUGUAUUGAGCUUUAUUAGAUUUCUAAAACUGUGAGCUGCACCUGUACCUCAGUUUACGCCACUUGUUUCCAGUCCAGCUUGGACUCUGACUGCCAUCUGCUGGAGCCUUAAGUGUCCUGCAGCCCCUCAUUCAGCUCCAUGGGGGCAAAGUAGAGAAAAAUGCCCAGGUCAAAAUAAGGUUUAUGUUGUCUGUUGUAUAUUUUUGUGUUUUCAAAUUUUACUUUUCUACAGAAACUACAGCAGAAAACUUGUGGUUGAUUUCCUCCAUUGUGGUUAGGCUUUAUUUGCUUCUGUGUAAAGUUCACUGUCAACCUUGUACUUUGUUGGGUUUUCUGCCACAUGUUUGUUAGCUGCCUCUAGUAUAGUGACUUAAUGAUGUGAAGACUGAACAGGCAGUUAUUAUAUUAUAAUCCUGAUCUAAGAAAUGU